AUGAAUAUGAACGACACAAACGCACCAGAGGGGGGUCUUAAUGUCACAUUGACAAUACGGUUAUUAAUGCAUGGAAAGGUAAGUCAUUUAUGUGUUUUAUGUCAUAAUGCAUGUUUAGUUAACAUGCAAAAUAUCACUUUUCCAAAAUACAUAUUACAAUGUGUACAUUAUACUCGUUGUUUUUUAAUGGACCAAUACACUUCUCCCAGGCUAUCAAUUGAGUCAUAUAUUGACCCAUUCUUACAUUCUCAAGGUUCCAGAAAUGUUACCCUGCAGUCAUGUGACAAAUGGAUAGGGCACUAAUAGGCUGAAUACAUUUGUUUCCACAGAAACAGAAAAAAAAAAGGUUCUUAAAAGUUUCUGUUUUGGUUUUAUGGGUUUUAUAAAGCAGUAAGGGCAUUUUCUUGAAGUAACAUGCUGUGGCAAUCCUUUUAUGUGUUUUUUUUAAACAUAUGUGACAAUAUCUCUGUAGAUGGAUAUGCAUCAGAAGUAAAACUACAAGUAUAAGAUGAAAUGGUGGAUAUGCUUAUUAAUGAAAUGAGACUUGGCAAAUUAAUUGCAAAAACUUGUGUCAAAAUAGCCAAAUUCUUAUAGGGUAAGCUGGCAAAGUACCAAUGUUUAAACACAAAUCAUCAAGGUGCUAGGUAUUAUAAGGAGACAUGACAGGAAUUCUAGAACAGUGGUAAUAACAUCUAGAGUAUUCUGCACAGUUAACUCCAAUAGGGCACAAUGGAAACAGACUCAUAAAAUAAUGUUGUUUUAAUAAUGAAAUAGUUGGAAAGAAAAAAAAUAACCUUGAUAAAUAAGGAAAUGACUUAAGGAAAUAUAUGGUCAACACAUUAUAUUUAUUAUAUAUAAUAUCUGGUUAAAAAAAAGUUAUUAAAGUGCAGGAAGAAAAUAUAUUCUAGAGAUAUUCUAGAUCAAAAGGUCAACUGGAGGGUGACAUGCUUAAAGGACCACUAUAGUGCCAGGAAAACAUACUCGUUUUCCUGGCACUAUAGUGCCCUGAGGGAGCUCUCCUCCUCCGAUCCUCCUCCGUUCCUCCCCGUCGGCUGAAUGCGCACGCGCGGCAAGAGCUGCGCGCGCAUUCAGCCGGUCGCAUAGGAAAUCAUUAUCAAUGCUUUCCUAUGGACGCUUGCGUACUCUCACUGUGAUUUUCACAGUGAGAAUCACGCAAGCGCCUCUAGCGGCUGUCAAUGAGACAGCCACUAGAGGCUUUGGGGGAAGGCUUAACCCAUUCAUAAACAUAGCAGUUUCUUUAAAAACUGCUAUGUUUAUGAAAGAAUGGGUUAAGCCUAGCUGGACCUGGCACCCAGACCACUUCAUUAAGCUGAAGUGGUCUGGGUGCCUAGAGUGGUCCUUUAAUCUAGCAUCCUUGCCAUGAUUAUACCAUGUGCAAAAGAUCUGAUCUCAGGAGUCACUAAUAAAAAAUGAACAAAACAUUGUACUGUUAAAUGAAACUCUAGAGAGGAUUUUUUUAUAUCCACUCAUAAAAGUGGAAGGAAACUAGACACAGCCAUGAUUCAGUGAGAAAUCCCAUCUAUUUCCUAAUUUACAAACACUAAUUGGGCAGCAGAUAAUGGUGAUAUGUGGCAAACAGGGAACUUUAAAUGAUGAGCAUCGUUUAUAUUACAAUUUUAUAUUUUUUAUUUGUUAUGUCCACAAUAUCUAUCCAACAGAGUAUCUUGGGCACUGAUUAUCUAUCCAAGCUAUACUGUAUUCAAAGAAUUUAUAUAAAAGUUGCUGUUGCAUCAGAUUCCAUUUCUUGCAAGAUCUACAGAACGCCACAUAUAUUACCAAAUGAAGGAUAGCAUUUGGAUAUUAGCACAAGAAACCAUGCAGAUAACGUAUUCUAUAAUUUAAAUUAUACUUAGGGAUUUAGUCAUUUAAUAGUGACAGAGCUUGCUAAGGGGCAAAUCAUACACUUUUCCACACAUUAAACAAAUAUAUUUACCAAAGGACAUGAGCAGAUGUACUGUCCUUAAGGACACAGCAUAUGCCUAUAUUAAUCCUCCUUUCAGUCAACAUGAUUGUAGAUUAGCCCUUACGAACUAAGACCCAAUUACAGAAUAAUUUAAUCAUUGCAAUCUAGUCUUUUAUAAUCUUUCAUCAAAACGGAAUGUCCACUCAUUUAGCAACAGCAGGAAUGUGUAGAGAUGGCGAUGGUAAAUGGACCAGAUUGGGAUGAUAGUGAGAAACAUUAACAUUUAUUUCAACCUCCUACCGCACAAAAAUGUGUAUGCUUGUGUUUACUUCUGAAAAAAACUAAAUUUAGGCAUUAAAGGGACACUCCAGACCCCUAAAGUAAAUCAACAUGCUGAAGUGCUUUAUGUGUAAACAGUAUGUCGUCUUUUUUUUUUAUUUUUUUUAUUUUACAAAAAGUGCAGAUUGCAAUACAAAUUGGCACUUUUUGUAAAAUAGCAUUGUUACACCCCACUGGCUGUCAGGCAACCUGUCCUGUUACUUCCUGAAUGUUUAUCUCAGAGGCAGACAAUUGCUCAGAGCACCUGCUUAAUUGAACAGUCAGAAAGUCUAGGCUGAGUUUAAUCCCUUAAGGACCAAACUUCUGGAAUAAAAGGGAAUCAUGACAUGUCACACAUGUCAUGUGUCCUUAAGGGGUUAAAGGGGAGAGCUUGCAAAGGCUUCCAACAAAAGAUCUGCAGAUUUUAUAAGCUGUUUUUAGAUAUGCCAUCAGUGAAUAAAUAAAGUAAAGUAAAUCCAUGCAUUUUUUCUUUGGGGUAUAUCUACUAAACUAGUAUUUGCAUAUGGUGUAGUGUAGUUUCUCCUUAAGUCCAGUUAUGUUACACACUGCAAUCCCACCUCCCCCCGAAAAAAAGAACAAAAACCAUUACCUGUAUAUAGCCAACCCACUUCUAACACAAUCUAUGGCAGCUUCUGUAGGUAAAUUUAAUGGCAGCAUUUUGUCAGCCUGGGAAAUAGAAAAAUGGAUUGAGGGCUCUGAUCACAUUGAGAGCAGUACGGGGAUUAUUGUUGUAUGUGACUGUAUCAAUAACAUUGUGACAAUAUUCAUACAUUAUUUUUAUAUUAAAGGGACACUAUUAUCACCCAGACCACUUCAGAUCAAUGAAGUGGUCUGGGUGCAAUGUCCCUGAGGUUUUAACCCUCCAGGUGUAAACAUAGCAGUUUCAAUUGUAUGUUUACAUUUGGGGUUAAUCCAGCCUAGUCUUCUGGACAGCCACUAGAGGUGCAUCUGCGACGCUGGAGGCGAAUCUCGCCUCCAUCGCACAGAGCAUCCUUAGGAAAGCAUUGAGAAAAAAGUGCUUCAUUAGAAGGGUCUGCACUACACUAAGGGCGCUAGGACCAUGCAGAGAGUACUGAAACAGUGCUCCUUGCAUGGUCUGCUCUGAGAGUGAUUGGCAAGCUGCUUAGCAUGCAUUCAUGCCUGAGAGUGGCAUAUUGUACUAUUUAUAACUAUCAUACCCUUUACAUAAUAGCAAAUAUAUGAACAAAAUAGUUAAUGUGCCAUGUUUAUGAGUAUGCUGAUUUUGCUUUGACUAAUGUUUUGUGAAUCUAACUUCUCAAUGCUCUGAUGUUAUAAAAAUGUUGCUGUUAUGACUUAACAGGAAAACUAUUGAUAAUUACAUCUACUUGUUAAUACUGAGUUCUCAUUUGGCUUGAGAAUUUUUUCCAUUCCAGUCUAUCAGACAAUGUAAGUUAAAAUAUAAUGAGCACCUGCUAGUGAGCGUUAAUUGACAAUGACUUACAGCUUUCAUUUCUUUAUCAUGGACAUUAGUAAAUUAAGAUGCCAUUCCAGGAGACAACUAUAAUUCAACACUGCACAGGAAUAGCGCCAUCUACUAGAGGUCUCUUAGCUAAUCAGUAAGAUGUAGUCAAUUAGCAAGGCAAGGGUUUAUGGGAAAUGUAGGUCAGUGUACUGAUAUUUUUCUAUUUUGGUCAAAAGUUUACCUUUUUAGAACAAAUUACUUGUUAUUUUUUUUAUCAGAUUUAUCAGAUUUUUUUUAUCAAUUUGUUAAGCAACAUUUGAGAGAUGUGGAAGUAUUCAAACAGAACAUUUUUUCAUGCAGGGGUGUCAAAUCAGAAUUUGUAUUGUUUUUAAUUUGUUACUUGCAUUAUCCUAGAUUAUACAGCAUACGUAACUAUAAUGCAAGUCUGUUUGACUUAAUAAAAGUAUGCAUAAAUAUUAACAUAGAACAACUUUUCUUAUUUAAGCAAAUGCACAGAACAAAUUGUGAAAAUGGAACAUAUUAACAAUAUUAAAUGAGAUCCUUUACUCCUAACGUGCAUAUUUAUGCAUUGCAAGGCAAAACAACAUUUAACCCAUAAAGCCACCAUACCCAUUGCUUCUUUCACUGUGCAAAGACAUUACAUUUUCUACCAAUGUUUCAUUUCACCACAUCUCUCAUCUUCAAAUAAAUGGUAAGUAGCAGCCCCCUCUAUUUUCCACACUUUACAGUUACAUUUGUAGUCCAAACUAUAUGGCUGCAAUCUAACAGCCGGGAUGGGGUAGGGGGGAGAGCUCUGAGUGUGUGAGCUCACUAAAGGGAUUCUUUGUAGGCCCUAGCUGCUGUUUGUAAUGUCAUGUAAAUUACUAUUUUUUUGUGUAACUGUACUUACUGUAUGUGAGUGUUAUUCUAACAUACAGACUUCUUUACAUUGGGGUAUCUAUUUUGUCAUAUUUACUGCAUGUGACAAAAUGGUAUUCAGACUGUCUCUCAAACAUAGAAAGAUAGACUACUAUGUAAUCUGUAAAAUUUAUUAUCCCCUUAUAUUUCUGUAAAGGGUGUACACAUAAUUUAAAAUGUACAUUUAUAUAAUUUUAUGCUAGGAGAUCUACCUAAACUACUUUAUAUACAUUAAAAGUUGCUGUUGUGUAUAUAUGCAAUAAAAUACCUGGUUAUAUAUGCAAUAUUUCAAAUACAUGUUAAACAAUUUUUUCCAAAUAAGAAGAAUUCGAUUGAGAAGUGGUUACAUUUAUAAUUAUCUUAUAAUAUUUAAUUAUACGCUGCUUCAUAAUAAUGUGUCCUCAUUAAACUAAAAAAGACCACCAGAUAUGAAAUUUAUGAAGCAAAUGGGAAUUAGUUUAAAAUAAUGUUCCCAACACAUCAACUUUAUUAAUAGCAAUUUUAUCUAAACAUGCAAUAACACAUUUUAGUAAGUAUACAGUGAGAAUGUAAACUCAUUGAGCAGGGCCCUCCACCUCUCUGUUCCUGUACGUCCUGUUGUCUGGUUACAAUUACAUGUUUGUUAGUCCACCCAUUGUACAGCGAACAGAAUCUGAUGGCGCUAUAUAAAUAAUAAAAUAAUAAUAACAUUUCUGCUAUGAAAGUAUAUCAUUUUGGAGGUGGCCAUAUGAAUUUCAUCGCUGUAUUUAAAAACUAAUGGUCAUAUUUAUUUAAUUAUUUUAUUUAUUGAUUGAUUGAUUUAUGUUUAGCUGAUUAGCUCUUAGCAUUACACUGUGCAGAACACAGCUGAUUUGAUUAAUUUUUCCAGUUUGAUUCUUGUGGCAUUAAGGGAACACUGUAGAGUUAGGAAUACAUAUCUGUAAUCCUAACACUACAGUCCUUGUAAAUUGCAUGCGCACAUGACUUCACUGUAUGUUACAGUAUAAGAGUUGGGAAGUAAGAUUCCUGGCUCUUACACCCAGAGGGUUUGGAGGCGUGGCUUUAAGCUGCACUUUCAAUCCUUCUAAUUUGUUUAAAGGGACACUAUAGUCACCUGAACAACUUUAGCUUACUGAAGCAGUUUUGGUGUAUAGAACAUGCACCUGCAGCCUCACUGCUCAAUCCUCUGCCAUUUAGGAGUUAAAUCCCUUUGUUUAUGAAAUCUAGUCACACCUCCCUGCAUGUGACUUGCACAGCCUUCCAUAAACACUUCCUGUAAAGAGAGCCCUAUUUAGGCUUUCUUUAUUGCAAGUUCUGUUUAAUUAAGAUUUUCUUAUCCCCUGCUAUGUUAAUAGCUUGCUAGACCCUGCAAGAGCCUCCUGUAUGUGAUUAAAGUUCAAUUUAGAGAUUGAGAUACAAUUAUUUAAGGUAAAUUACAUCUGUUUGAAAGUGAAACCAGUUUUUUUUCAUGCAGGCUCUGUCAAUCAUAGCCAGGGGAGGUGUGGCUAGGGCUGCAUAAACAGAAACAAAGUGAUUUAACUCCUAAAUGACAAUGAAUUGAGCAGUGAAAUUGCAGGGGAAUGAUCUAUACACUAAAACUGCUUUAUUUAGCUAAAGUAAUUUAAGUGACUGUAGUGUUCCUUUAAUAUUGGGUUUUAGGGGUAGGACAGGGUGGUCAGCACUGAAGGCACUAUAACAACUUCAAUAAGAUGACAUUGUUAAAGUGCCUACAGUUAAAGGACCACUCUAGGCACCCAGACCACUUCAGCUUAAUGAAGUGGUCUCGGUGCCAGGUCCAGCUAGGGUUAACCCUUUUUUCUAUAAACAUAGCAGUUUCAGAGAAACUGCUAUGUUUAUAAAUGGGUUAAUCCAGCCUCCAGUGGCUGUCUCUUGACAGCCACUAGAGGCGCUUGCGUGCUUCUCACUGUGAUUUUCACAGUGAGAAGAUGCCAGCGUCCAUAGGAAAGCAUUCUGAAUGCUUUCCUAUGGACUGGCUGAGUGCGCGUGCAGCUCCUGCCGCACAUGCGCAUUCAGCCGAAGAGGAGGAGAGGAGGCAGAGAGGAGGAGAGCUCCCCGUCCGGUGCUGGAGAAAGAGGUAAGUUUAACCCCUUCCUCUCCCCAGAGCCCGGCGGGAGGGGGACCCUGAGGUUGGGGGCACCCUCAAGGCACCAUAGUGCCAGGAAACCGAGUAUGUUUUCCUGGCACUAUAGUGGUCCUUUAAGGCCUACAUUUAAUAUUGUUGCAUGAGCAUUUCAAAUGAUUUUUGGGUAAAUAUUUAAAAUUAUUUUUUGAAAUAUCAAAAAUAUAUUGUAUAUAAAAAAAUAAUAAUAGAAAAAAAGAUUAAAUUAUUCAAGAUGUAUCCAAAAAUAAUAAAUAGCUUUAAAAGCUUACCCAAAGAUAUUAAAUCGAGGCUUACAUUUGAUAUGGAUUGAAGCAGAUGUCACGAUAAUUGCAAAAUCUCAGCUGUACAAGAUUACUACCUAAACAUAACAUAGGGGAAUAUUGAUUUGUUAUAUUCAAAUCAUUCCAUAUUAUUACACAGUUUUACAAGGGUCCUUGUUAUGGCUCUAGAUCUGUUCCACAACUCCAGAAAGAGAGGUAUAAAUCUUAAUAUUUACCACUCUUGAGGAUUCACAAUGCUGUAAAAUCUAUAAAGUGUAGGAUGAUAGUAACAGCCUCAGAAAUAACACAACAGGGGCAAACUCACAUACCUUGCCUGUUAGAGAGGCCAGCAUUCAACAGUUAGAUCAUGAAAUAGCUGUAUAUUUUAUUGAUAUCAUUUCCAGAUUGGCAGGUCAAAAAUAGGAUUGUGCUAGCCUCAUAGCUGUUAGUUCAGUCUCUAAAAAGAUGGAUUGCAGUGAGGCAGUAUGUAAAGGUUAAAUCUUGAGGAUCAUAAGAGAGGGUAACAAACCUUGUUCAUAACUCUGACUUCGCAUGGAAUAAUUUACAGCAGUGGUUCCCAAACUUUUUAGGUUCAAGGUGCCCUAUUUCAAUAUUUUGUACAGUGCUGUGGCAUAUACUGGGCCCCAAAUCUUCGGAGUGGCACUGGAAGAUAAUUUAAAUAAACAACCCAGGCACAAUAACCAAUACAUUACGUUGUAGUGUUUGUGGUGCCAGUAGUGACCUCCCAAGGUAAGUAAGUAAUUUACCUAGGGUCUGCCAGGAUAGGGGCUGUAGUGUGUGUGUGUGUGUGGUGCAAUAUGUGUGUGUGUGAGGGGUGCAGUUUAGUGGUUUAUGUGGGGUAUACUUUUUUUGUUGUUAUUAAAAAUAAAAAUGAUGUCCCCCCCCCCCCUCUGCUUACCUUUGCCUGGAAGGGAGGGCAUUUCCUGUAAUCCCUGGUGGCCCGGUGAGGAAGCCCUGGUGGUCCCAGUCGGAAGAGUGAACUCUAGCAGCCUCAUGAGCUGCUAGAGUUCACUCUUGCAAGAUUCAGAGCAUUGCUGUUGUAACUGCGGCAAUGCUCUGAACUUGUGAGAGGACAACCCGGCAGAGCUGCAGGUUAGAGCUCCCCCCGGGUCCUCUCUCCCUCCCUCCCCUGCCAGCUGUCAGCAAAGUGCUAGCGGGCCGGAGAGGGAGAUCUCUGAUCUCCUCUCCGGUCCUGCAGAACCGGCAGGGGAGAGCACAGUUCCUGGUGCUAUCACCAUAGCACCGGGAAAAUAACUUGCGGCUCCCCUGUGUGCCCGUUUGGGAACCGCCUGAUUUACAGGACCAUUUAUUACACAAACCUGUAUUCCUAACGUUGUUAGAUUGUGUAAUGUUCCCCCAUGUAUAAUAAAAAUUAAAGAGACACUAUAGUCACUAGAACAACUACAGCUUAAUGUAGUUGUUCUGGUGAGUAUAGUCAAUCCCUGCAAGCUUUUUAAUGUAAACACUGCUUUUCAGAGAAAAGGCAGUGUUUACAUUACAGCUUAGGGACACCUCCAGUGGCCACUCCCAGAGACAGCCACUAGAGGUGCUUUAUGUCAAUGCAGCACAGUGUGCAGCACUGACAUUCAGCAUGGAGAUGCUGAACUUUUCCCAUAAAGAUGCAUUGAUUCUAAGGGAAAGCAUUGUGAUUGGCUGAGAUAAUCAAGGAGGUGCAUCGGUACACAGAGCGCGGUGCUGGAAAAAUGUGAGUAAAUCGCCUUAUUUAAGGGGAGAAAAGGGGGGCUGAUAAUCUAAACGGUGGUUUUAGAACUAUAUUAUCAGGACUACAUGUAUGUGUUCCUGGCACUAUAAUGCCCCUUUAAGAAAAUAUAGGUUUCACUUAACUUUUUCCAGCACUGAGGCUCCCUCAGCAUUUAUUUUCCUCUCUGCUUCCUGCAACGUCAUUGCGGAAGCAUAGGAACAUUGAGGACCCGAGGCACAUGCAUGACAAGAGCACAUUCAAUGUUUCUCAUAAGCAAUCAGUCAAUUCAAUGUUUACCUAUGAGAAGCCAGAUUACAUUUACUCUGUCAAUGCAGCAAAAGAGUCUUUAGUGGCUGUCUGGAAGAUAGCGAUUAGAUGUGUGUUUAACCCAGCAAUGUUGCUACAAUACUGCACGGUUUAUGACAUGAUCACUGCAUUGAGAGGAAGUGGUCUUGGUAACUGUUCCUUUAAAUAGAAAACACAUUUUGUAUCUAUUGCUCUGUCAGUUUGCAAGGAAAAUCUUACUUGAUACAUAGUUAUAAAUAUAUUUUUAUUUUGCAUAUAGUUCAUUGAUUGAACUGUCUGUCUUAAGUCUGUUGAGGAUUCCUUACACCUUCUCAUUAUUCAUAGUUUAUUCAAAUUCAUUUUCCAUGGUGCAUCACAAUCCUGAGCCAAUUUAUGUUAACGUCUGUAGUUGGAAAGCAUUUUUUAAACUGGAACAAGGAUACUUUUUGUAUGUUGUGUGGGAAAAAAAGACUGUAUAUGUAAUACUUUAACGUUACACUUCUCUGCUUGGAUUCAAAGGGACACUCCAGGGAGGAUUUACCAUUCAUUUCUUUUGUGUGUACACAUGAAUAAAUCUAAGCCUGGAGCAGUACAAUAGAGGGGCAGCCGAGUUUUAAAAUAUAAAAAAAUGUUUUUUUAAUAAAAUUACAUUUUGUGCUGCUACUACUAACCCUAUUGCUGCCCUUCGCUCCCCCAGGCUUACCCAGCAGUUCCUAAGCACUUAAACAGUUUCUGCAACACAUUUACAGCUUGCUACCCAGAACUUGGUUUAAAUGCUACUUUCAGUGUAGUGAAAGUCUGGUAUAUUGCAGCUAGUUUGAGGCACUAUGUGCCUCUCAAUCAGCACCUCUCCCCUCCCCAUCCAUUAGUGGUCCCCUCCUUUCCCUGUCCAUUAGUGUUCCUCUCCCCUCCCCCCUCUUUUUCCUGUCCCUUGGUGUUUCUGUCCCCUCCCCUCCCUGUCCCUUGGUGCACCCCAGACCCCCUUAGUGGUCACACUCCCCCUCCUGGUGUGCCUCCUACCUCUCUUGUAGCGUUGCCAAGCGGAGCAGAUCCCCUACAGGAGCUUCAGUUUUCUGUACCCAUCUGGACUGACAGGAAGUGCUCUCUCAGUGAGCACCUUCUGGCAGUCUGGCCAGGUACAGGAAACAGAAGCUCCUGUACCGCGCUCCGCCACGCUUCACUCAGUGGUGUAUACAAACUGACAGUCACACACACUCAAUGACAAACUGUCAGGUUACCUCUGGUGUCUACCUCGGAGGAGGUUAGACACCUAGACGUCCAUCCUCCUAGGGGGGCUGACUCACCCGAUCCUCGCAGUCCUCCCGGCCGUUUACACGCCGGCCGCAAUAGCUCCGCCUCCUUUUAUGACGCGGCGCUCAGUAGCCGACGUCAUGACGGCAAUCACGUUCCGACCCGUCAAUCACGGCAACCAAGUGCCGAACAACGAAUCAGGACUCGUUGGGGGCGGGGUCUACAGUUAAAGAGCCAAGGUAUAAAAGAGGAUUUUGUGGAAUGAUUCAUUGCCCUGUCGUGGUUCUAGCUAGUCUGUUCACUCAGUGCUCUUAUCUCUAUUGUCUUUUGGUUCCUGACUCGGCUUGUAUUUUUUGACCCUGCUUUCCUCUCUUGUCCUUUUGACUCGGCUUGUCUCUCGCUUACCUACUCUCUCGUUCCCUCGACCUCGGCUUGUCUCUGACCAUUCUUUGCUUUCUCCUUACGUUAGUCCGGCCAUUCUAAGGUCCGGUAUACGUACCUAUCUCCUGUUUGUAUUCUGCGUGUUGGAUCCCUGUCACGAUCCUGACACAAACACACAGACGUCACUGACAGACACAGACUCACUGAUCUGACACACACUCAUUCAUUGACAGACACACAAACACACACACUGACAGACACACACUGAUUGACACUCAUUGACAGACACACUGAUAGUCAUACACAGACUCAAUGACAAACAUACUCUCACUGAUAUGACAGACACAAACAAACACUGACAGACACACUCAUACACUGACAAACACACUCAUACAGUAACAAACACACUCAUACACUGACAGACACACUCAUACACUCACAUGCACACUUAUACACUCACAUGCACACACACUCAUACAAUCCCUCACAGACAGACACACACUCACUGACUCAUAGACACACUUACAGACACAUACACUCAGUCACUCACAGACACAUAUACACUCACACACACACACUCACUCACUGAAACACUCACUCACAGACAAACAUACACUCACUCACUCACUGACACACUCACUCCCAGACACAUACAUACACUCACACACAGACAUACACUCACUAAUUAUUAUUUUUAUAAUUAAACAUUUUCCACCCAGCCUCCCUACCUGGAGAGGCGUGUGGCUGUGGUAUAAUCAUAGGCGGCAAGGGAGCUCUAAUCUCUCUGCUCUGCUCCCUCACGGGCUGUCUAGUGAUGCCGGGAAACUAAAUAUGACGUCAUAUUCCGGCUCCCGCAGGAUCAGCAAACAGUGUGCGAGGGACCAGAGCAGAGAGAUUAGAGCUUCCUCGCCACCUCUGAAUACACCACAGCCGUGCCGGGGGGUCUAGAAGGUGGCCUGGAAGGAGGGAGCACUUCCCUCCUGCCGGUUAAUGAAAUAUAGCUCCCCCCUCAGAGCCGGUGCGCCCUAAGGUGGCUAGGUGUGCCGCCUUAUGGACCCGCCAGCCCUGGUGUGAUUGUGUUUCUCUGUGCAGUGGCGGACCUAAUGUAGAGAGAGCUCUGGUGCAAGAAACUUUUUUGGUCCUCCACUCUAAUGUAAGAGAGUGGCAAAAAGGCAAAUCCCCAUCUUUCAUAAAACUCCACCAAUGCUAUAUCAGCUGGGGAUCUGCCAUUUACCCAUUCUUGCAGGCUGUAUAUGUGAGCAGUGUUUGUGCAUUUGAAUGUAAACGUGUUUUUGUAUAGACAAUAUGUGUGCAUGGAGGGUUGUAUACGUUUGUACUCUUGUCAUUGGAAUGCAGGUGUUUGUAGUAUUUCAAUGAAUGGUUGUUUGUAUAUAACUUUACUAUUUUAAUGCAGGGUGUUUGUAAAUAUUAUUUGCGUUUGAUUACAGGGGUGUGUUUGCAAGUUGUGUUGGUGUUUGAUUGCUUGAAUGUAUGCACACACAAAUAUAUACUGCCACAUACAUACAUACUUACACAUUAACACACAGAUACACAGUGGCAUAUACACACAUAUCCAUAUACACACUGAUACAUACACACAUAGAUAUACACACUAACACAUGCAUACACCUUGAAACAUGCACACUCCUUUACAUAUGCACACACCUUAACACAUGUGCACACAGCAUAUACACACCCUGACACACAGUUGCAUACAGACCCCGACACACAGAUGCAUACACACACUGACACACAGAUGCACACCCAUAACAUGCACAGACACACACACAUCUUGACACAGAUACAUACACCUUGACACAUACACAUUGACAAAUAUAUCUAUAUAUACACACACACACACACACAAACACACACAAUCUGACACACAUAGACACAUAUAUGUCCGAAUUUUUAUAUUUGCAGCCAUCCUCCUAUUAGUAUGCAUUUUGUUUGCAGGCGGGUGCCUUACUUGUCCUUUUCUCUCCUCUUUCCCAUACUAACUCUUCUGCCAAGGCCCUCUCACACUGGGCUCUCAGUUGGGAGGAAAUUACCUUCUUUUACUUCCUCCCAGCAAGUCGAUACUACAGGGGUGGGGUACUACAGCAUACCCCAUUGGAUGGUCCUAUGUGCAGGGCAAACUGCAUGUAACUGUCUUUGUAUGGGACUGUGUGGAAUUGUGUAUCUAUAAAUGAUUGUUAUUUUGUGAUUGUGUAUCUAUGUAUGUAUGUGGCUCUGUGAUUGCAUAUCUCUUUAUGCAGUGACUAUGUGUGUGAUUGUGUACAAAAAUGAACAGUUAGGUCCCCCAAUUUUUGGAUGCAUACAGAGAUGUUAUUUUUUUGAUGUUUAUCAAAAUGAAUUAAAAUUACACUUAACUAAUAAAUAUGGGUUUAAAGUGCAGUCUCUCAGCUUUAAUUUGACAUCCAAAUUGAAGGAAGGUUUUAGGAAUUAUAGCUCUUAAUAUGUAGCCCCUCUUUUUAAAGUGACCAAAAGUAAUUUAACAAUUGACUCGAAAGCUGUUUCAUGGACAGGUGUGGGCUACAGCUUCAUCAUUUCUUCAUCAAUUAGGCAGGUAAAAGGUCUGGAGUUAAUUCCAGGUGUGGUAUUCACAUUUUGAACCUCUUGCUGUGAACCCAUAAAAUGCGGUCAAAUGGGCUCUCAAUGCUUGUGAAACAGACCACAAACGCGUUGGUAAACUCUGCAACACAAAAAGGCCUGCAUGUCCAUGGAAAACAACAGUGGUGGAUGAUUGUGUGACUUCUACAGUAAAAAAAUACACCACUUAACAACAUAUAGCCAAGAGAAGAACACUCCACAGAAGGUAGACAUUACAUUAUCCAAGUCUACCAUAUAGAGAAGACUUCACAAAAGCAAAUACAGAGGGUUCAAGGCGCAAACCAUUCAUAAACCUCAAAAAUAGAAAUGCCAGAUUAGACUUUAACAAAAAACAGCUUUAAAAAGCCAGCGCAGUUCUGAAACAGAAUUCUUUGGAUAGAUGAAACUAAGAUCAACUUGUAUCAGAAUGAUGUGAAGAAAAAAGUAUGGAGAAGGCUUGGAAUGGCUCAUGAUCUGAAGCAUACCACAUCAUCUGUAAAACAUGUUGGAGGCAGUGUGAUGGCACGGGCAUGCAUGGCUUCCAAUGGCACUGGGUCACUAGUGUUUAUUGAUGACGUGUCAGAAGACAGAAGCAGCUGGAUGAAUUCCAAGUACAUGGGGAUAUAAUGUCUGCUCAGAUUGAGCCAAAUUCAGCUAAUUUGAUUACAUUGUGCUUAACAUAAUGUUAAAGCAACCCAGGAGUUUUUUUUUAAGGUAUGGUAGUGGAAUAUUCUGCAAUGGCCAAGUCUCAACAUGAUCAAGCAUUUCACUUGCUGAAGACAAAACGUAAAGCAGAAAGACUCACGAACAAACAAUUGAAGACAGCUACAGUGAAGGCCUGGAAAAAUCAUCACAAAGGAGGAAACCCAGCGUUUGGGGAUGUCCAUGCAUCCUAGACUUCAAGCAGUCAUUGUCUGAAAAGGAUUCCUGACAAAGUGUUAAAAAAGUAACACUUUAUUUAUGAUUGUGUUAAUUUGUCCAAUUACAUUUUAGGCCCCUGAAAUAAGGGGAAUUUGUAUGAAGGUGUUGCAAUUCCUAAACAUUUCAUACAAUACUUUUGUUCAACACCUCAGAUUAAAGCUGAAAGUCUCACUUAAAUUGCUUCUUGGUUGUUUAAUUUGUUUUUUUGUUGUUGUUUCAUUUGUAGUGGCACACAGAGCCAAAAUAAUGAAAAUGGUGUCAGUGUUCAAAUAUUUCCAGACCUAACUGUAUGUUAUUGUGUGUCACUAUGUGUCUUUUUAUGUUUGUGAUCAUGUGUAGUUGAAAAGUCAGUAUAUUGGGUUGUAUCAGUGAGCCUACUGUAUGUCUGUGCAGUUUACUUGACCACCGUUGCAUAAACUGAAGCAUACCAAUAAAAAACAAGUGUGCAAGUAAAUGGAAGUUUGACUUUAUGUUAUAUGAUUGGACGGCUAACCUCAUUCCCAUGAAAGCAUCAUAUUUUCUAGAAGUGAGAUACCAGAUGCAGGAACUACUUCAUGGUGCUCUCUCCUCUGUCAGAUGCAUCGGGUUGUUUUGAAUCCUAAGUGUUUCUCUGGGUUAUGGUCCCGAUUUUUGAUGCUCCCAUCAGGAAGAGUAAAAUUGGAAAUAAAAAAUGUUUUGUGAAUAUUUGAGACUGGGAGUCUAGUUGCAGCUUGGAAAGAAGUGUUUCAUGUGAUUGAUAAAUGAGGCUGUGAGAACAGAGACUCAGGUGUCUAUUGAACAAGGUAUAUGAAUGGAUACAUUUAUUGUUGGAUUGUUGCAUAUAAAAUGGCAUGUAAACUAUAAAUCCUCUCAGAAAAAAAAUUAUAUUAUUAUCACAGGUCAUCUCUCAAUAAUAAGAAAGUCUGAGGAGCAGGAGGAGAUUAAAAUCAUCUGACCUGGAGACGUUUUCCUACUUUUCUAUUGUAGCCUAAGGUUUGCAAGUUAAAUGUUAUGUACCGUCUGCUCACUGGUUAUUGAAUAAACGCUUAAUAUUUAGGACUAUGAGGCAAAAUGGAAGGGGGCUAUUAGAAGAAGUGUGACCCACUUGCCUCUCACAAUGCUCCAAUUCAAUUUAGUGGUUUCUCACAACACCCUAGUAAAAUUAAAUGAUAUACACCCAAUGACAUGUAAUUAUUGGCAUUCUGUAGUUGAUAGAAGAUUAGCAAAUACUAGUUUUUAUAAAGAUAUUGCUAUUUUACAUCUGGUAGUCAUUCGUAAGGGACCUGGAUAUUUUGCUUUUAUUCAGGGAUUUGAUGACAUUCUAGAAACAUUCAACAGAGUUUUAACGACUGGGCGUUAGAUGAACUGUGAAUUCUAUCCUGAGAGAUAAGUACUACUAUAGAAGGCAAUUUUGAUACAAGCCCAUUAGCUCUCUCCAAGGCAAAAUACAGUAAUUCAAAAGGCUUUCUUUAGUGCUUUGACUAGCAGGGCAGGUGUAAUACAUUGCUUAGCUUGUCUCGCUAGCAUAAAUGACUUCAUACCAGUUCUGCCCAGAGCUCAGUAUUUUUUAUAGGCAUUCAGUGAAAUAUCAAGAACAAAAAAAAAAAUAUAUGUUGACUCGGUUUUCUCCAUAUUCCUCCAUCCAGAGUUCCUAUACUAAGGUUUUUUUGGGGGGUUUUUUUUUAAAGUGAUAAUAAUAGUUACCAGGAUCUUAAUCAGCUGUGCAUAGAGUUGAUAAAAUUCCUGUUUGAUAGAAAGAUAGAUGAUAGGCAGGCAGAUGGAUGGACAGAAACAGACAGGCAUAAAUCACUGCUGAUGUAUAUGACUUGUCUACAAGCUAGAUGUGUUUAUAAAAUUGACUUGAUGUUGACUGGACAGGGUCACGAGUGCUGUGAUUUUAAAUAAUCCUCAUCUGAUUUUUCAGCCUUUUGACUCCUUGUGUUCGUAAGCAAGUCCUUAAUUACAUCAAUGUGUACUUAUCUCGUUUGUUUGAGUCAUUUAUUUUUUGAGAUAGGACUGCUGGGAUUAUACGGUGGAUUCCAAUAAAUGGUCCCAGCUAAAAACCCAAAAUAAAAAGAUCCUUACAUACAUUGAUGGAGAAUGAAUUAUUUUACCUAUGCAAUGCUUAGUGAAUAUCCCCCUAGACAUACAGAGCUAUAGAUACAUAUAUACAGUAACCUAUGGAUGUAUUGCAUACUGAGUUUUAAUAGCAUAUAUUAUCCUGUAAAUUUUGCAGCCUUACAUAAAUACAAGAAAUAGUUGACAUUACCUGAUUAUAAUUGCUGGAGGAAUGCUUUUACAAAAAAACAAAAAACAAAAAUGUCCUAUCUACUUUGAAAGAAAACUUCUAUUCAUAUUUUUAUUACUAUGGAGGAUGGAAUAUUCUUGCUUACACUUUCUUCAUGGGGGCGGCCAUCUUUAGUCCCAAAGCAAAACGUAUAUGCUAAUUCCGUGUUCAGCUGGGUGCAUUGUUGAUAUGCUGAUCAUACGCUCAAUGUUAAGAUAUAGCAAUGCACACUAACGCCAGAUUACAUGCACAGUUUUUGUUGCCUAAUAAUCAGUGCUUGGGACCACAGUGACCUCAUGGCCAACCUAAUGAGGGUGCAUUGAAAAUGCUAUUUAAUAAAAUGUAUUGCAAAAUAAUACACAGAGAUGUUAUAAUAAAUGUAAUUUUGUAUUUUUAAUAAUUAAAAAAAAAAUGAUAGUUUGUUUAAAGGUACUCUGUAGGCACCAAGAGAACUUUAGCUAAAUGAAACAGUUUUGGACCUGACCCUGCAGUCUCACUGCUCAAUUAUCGGCCAUUUAGGAAGUAAAUCAAUAUAUUUAUACAACUGUAGUUACAAGUCCCUGCAUGUGACUUUUAAGGUUCCUGUAUUGCACGGUCUGUCUAACCUAGAAUUUCUUAUUUCCUGCUCUGUUCAUAGCAUUCUAGACCCCUCCUUUUUGUGAUGAAAGUUACAUUUACAGAUGCAGGAGAGAAACUUUCAGACACUAUAGUCACCAAAACAAUUUUAGCUUAAUGAAGUAGUUUUGGUAUAUGGAUCAUGUCAAUGCAGUCUCACUGCUCAAUUAUCUGCCAUUUAGUAUUAAAUCACUUUGUUUAUGCAGCUCUAGUCACACAUCCGUGCAUGUAAUUGGCAAAGGCGUCUAAACACUUCCUGUAAAGUGAGACCUAAUGUUUAAACUUCCUUUAUUGCACAGUCUGUUUAAUUCAGAAUUUCUUAUCCUGCAUUGUUAAUAGAUUGCUAGACCUUCCAGUAGCCUCCAGUGUGUGAUUAAAGUUCAGUUUACAGAAACAAGAGAUAAAAACUUCUAAAUCAAGUCAACAUCUAAUUGAAAUGAAACCAUUUAUUUUCAUGCAGGUUGUGUCCGUCAUAGUUAGGGGAGGUGUGGCUAGAGCUGGAAAGACAGAAACAAAAGUGAUUUCAAUCCUAAAUAGUAGAGAAUUGAGCAGUGAGACUGCAGGGGCAUAAUCUAUGCACCAAAACUGCGUCAAUAAGAUAAAGUUUUUUUGGUAACCAUAUUAUUUCUUUAACUGCCUGCUAACUAUUUAUUGAUUAGAGGUUUUACUAAUGUCUAAGAGUAGUGGUAAAUAUUAUGAAACACAUUAGAAUCUUUUGUCCUGUAAAAGGAAAUGAUAAAAUAAUUAAACUUACUGGUGCCAGAGGGAUGAGACAGCUGGUUUACACCCCUCUGUAAUGCUCAUUGGAAUAAUGGUGUCAUUAUUUAGCCAUGUCUGGCAGCUACUAAUACGAAUGUUAUUACCCAUAGUAAUGUUUAGACUUGUGCAUGGAUGGAAAAUCCUGAUUGGCCAACUAGUUGCAUCGGAAAACAAAACAAUGAUUUGACCAAACUGAAUUGCAUCCAUGGUUUAGCUCAGUUCAGCCAAAAAAAUUUAUUUGAGUGAGAGGUUAAAAAUGGAAGCGGCAGGGAACAGACCUGCUUCCUUCUCCCACCCCUGAAUGGGUUAAGUUAACAAAUAAAAAGCCAAUGGGUUCAAUAUACAGGAGGUUUAAAACCUCACUCAUGCCUCCAUCUGUCAUGCUGCGGGUUGGGGCUUGUCCAGUGGAUGCUCACUGUCAUAAAAGACUAGCAACUGGUCACACCUAUUAAAUUAAAAAGCUCAGAUUUAAAUGGACACAAAAAAAAAAAACGCACCGAAAAACCCCAUAAUGCGUAAAACAAGAUCCAUGUUCCCCACUGAGGGCUCCGUGCCCUCUGUGCCUGCACAGCAAGGAAAGACCUUGUAAGGGCUUUCAUACACUAUGCAAUUUCAAUUACAGUUCUUUGAUUGGUUGGUUUGUAAGAGCAAUCUGACAGGUAAGUGUGCGAAUUUAAUUUUGUUGUUGUUUUUUUCAGAUGUGAUGGUUUUUAUUAUGGCUAUGUCAAAUGGUGGUAUAAUUCUAAUACGUCAAAUUACAAUGCCAGAGAAGAACAAGUGUAUAAUAGUUUUAGAGAGCCUCCUUUAACAAUACAGACACCCCUAGAAAUCCCCCCAGUGUAUAUUUAAUGUAACCCAUUGGGGGAAAUAAGCUACGGGGAGCAGAGAAGAGCUCCUUGCCGCUUCUAUUUUUACAUGAUCUAUAUACAGCGAGGGAGCUAUUGUAAUUAGACAAAUAAACGGAGUGACUGGGCAAAUUUUCAUCCAUGUUCACUUUGGUUUUCAGUCAGUUCUGUCAAAUUGCUGUUAGCUGAUUCAUGUUUCAUACAACUGAACUAAUUACGGGAGAUUCAGCUGAAUUCUCAUUUGCCCGAAAACAAAUGCUCAAAUCUAGUAAUGUUUAUAUCAGGUGUGACCAAAAGGUAAACCUUUAUAUCUGGGAAAACUAAACGUUCCAUGAUGCGUUAAAAAACUGUGUAGUUCACAGUUAGACUGCUUUUUGGUCACAUUUUGUUUGUAUUAAUUGCUAUUAUUUUAAAUAUAUUUUUGUUCUAUUGCAGGAGGUGGGGAGCAUCAUUGGAAAGGUCAGUGAGUUACCAUUUCAUCUACCUGCUUUCAGAUUUCUAAGCUUGCCAUACAAAAGCACUAAUUUUUGUAAUUUUGUUUCCAUAAUAGAAAGGUGAAACGGUUAAGAAGAUGAGAGAAGAGGUAAGAAAAUAGAUUUCUGUGAUUCAUCCUUAACUUCUGUUUCCAAAGGAUGUUUCUUCUAUUCUAUUACAUUGUGUUUUGCUGGAAAAAAAGGAGAAGAGUGACACUUAGUGGCCAUUGAUAUUAUUACAUUAUUGUAACUUUAAAAAAAAUAUUUUUUCUAAAUAGCUUUCAUUCACUUAAAGGGUUAAUCGACUUAUAAUGUUAUUAUGAAAUAUUUGGAAAUAUUUCCUUUCUAUUGUUUUCCAAUGGAAAAAGAAUGAAAAAAAAAUGUAAAUGUCACAUUUGUAUCUUAAAGUACUUGUUAUUGGUUCUUCAGUUCUGUUAAAUCAACCAUGUUAAAGAGACAAAAGAUGGCUUUUAUUGCUCUUUGUUAUAAUGUCUAUUUCCCAUGGAGCCAAUUAUGGUCUGUGUCUAAAGAUGGAAUGAUCAAACACGUCUUGGAAAUGUAAACUGCAGUGUGAUCAGGUUCCUUUAUAUUUAAUCAAAUUCUUAGCAAUCUAAGUAGAAACAUUAAUGUGGCCACAAGGAAAAUGAUCAUGGUUUCAAUUAUAAAACCCAAAUUAGUGCAUCAAGUGUAAUGGGUUGGAAAUCAACAUGGGAGCCAUGAGACCUUUUGGUGAUGCAGUAUUGUAAAAGGAAAUAAUCAUCUCUUAGCUCAACAGUGAUUUGGGACAAAUUGGGAAUAUGGAACUUUCCAAUCUAAAGAAUGCAAGAUACACCUGCUGCACUAUCCACCUACCUAGCAGGACAUAUGGAAUGUAUACAUCGCUAUGAUAAGAAGAAUGCCUGAACUAGCUAGAACUCCAACAUGACAAUAAUCGGCUCAGUUUCUCUCCACUAUUAAUAUGGUCUUUAGCCAAAGGCAUGCUGUUGUUAGAGUAAGUUAAAGGGACACUCCACUGCCCAUAUACAACAAUAUUUAAAUAAAAAUCACUAUUUAAAAUAUAUGACUCCAAUGAAAACGAGCAUGGAUCUAAUUAUGCAUUUUUUUGACUGGAUAUAUGUAAAAACAGUUUGCAAAAUCUCCAGUUCUCAUGUCUAAAGCCUUUGCAAGCCCUCCCCUUCUAACCCGAUCCAGAAUUUCUGUGACUGUCCAAUCACAGACUUCCCAAUGCAGCUCAAUAAGGAGUCUAUGCAAGUCAGGCAAGGAGUCCUUGAGUUUAGCUCUGAGCAAAACAGGAAGUUGUCUGAUGGAAAUGUAUAUGGACAGGGGGUGUAACAAAGUUAAUUUAUAAACUAAUUAAUUUAUGUCUAUUGAAAUCUGCACUGUUUGUAAAAUGACAAAAGAGAAUACAUUCUUCACACUUACAGUACUUCAGCAAGCUAACGCACUCUAGAGGUCUGGGGUGUCCCCUUAAGAACAAUAGUUGCAGUAAUUUGGCUAAAAUUGCUGAACUGUAAAAACUUUCUUUGAAUUGAUCAGAUGUGGAGAUGUUUGUUACUGCUGUUCUGUUAUUCCUUAAAUUUUGCACCUCAGUUCUUUACUUUAUACAACUUUCAGUUUAGUGAACAGACAUCAUAGUAAUAUCAUAUUGACUCCCACAGACUUUUUAAGAAAAAUAUUUUCCUGCUGGCUGGUACUGACUGCAAUUUGUCAAAAAAAGGCAUUUUUCAACAGCUUUUGGUUGUGGUUAUUUUCAAGUCUUAUAUUCUCUAUGAGUGGUAGAAUAUGAUAAUAUAAAGUAAAUAAUCAAAUUUUGAUAAUUUUCAAACCUCAGUAAUUCAAUCCAAUAUUUUUCAUCUCCUGAUAAACCUUUAAGGGCAGGUAUCAAAUCAAUAUGAAUCAAUAAAAGUAUAAACAGCAGCCAUUAAUUUGCAGAUACAAGUGAUCAACUGAUACGUAAUCCAGGCCUUAGUGAAAAGCUAAGAGUCAGAUACCUAUGCAUGGAUGUGGCCCCCUCCGAACAUUUAAUUGUGCUUUAUUUUAUGUAUUUGCUUUUAGUAAUCUCUUUUUUUUUAUCUUUGGUCAUUUUAUGAUUAUAUUGUUUUAAACAAAAAAUAUUAUGUACAAUCAAUUUAACAAAUAUUUUUUUUUAAAUUAGUGCAUCCCUAUAUGUUUGCAAUUAUAGAUUUUGUGAGCAUAUGUCAAGUGCAGGAUAGUGCCAUCAUUUCCUAUAUCUUAUACCCACUAUUUGUUGUUGUAUGAAUUAUUUAUUUAGCUCACAUUUAUAAUCUUUCCUCUUAGAAGCCCUUCUUAUUAAAAUGCAUAUUCUAAUCAUUUGCUGAAAUCAGGCUCUUAAAUGGUGUUACUGAUCAAAUUGUCAGAGCAUGAUUAGUUUUUCCUAAUUGGAAAGUGAUGUCUAACCAUGGUUAUUGUGUUUGACAGAGUGGUGCUCGAAUCAACAUUUCAGAAGGCUCCUGCCCGGAACGAAUUGUAACAAUAACGGGACCAACAGAUGCAAUUUUUAAGGCAUUUUCAAUGAUUGCACUCAAAUUCGAAGAGGUAACAAAAUACAGACAUAUAACUAUAUAAUUCAAACAGGCAAGCAGAGUAAUUGUUUUAUAUAAUGCCACACACAGUAUACUAAUAGAAUAUGAUAAUACAAUAAUUCUAAGGGGUUAGCAUUUUAUACUCAAAUUAUUCGAAUAAUCUUUGAACUGUGAUAGUUAUAAUAAUAAUCCAGCAUAAUUUGCUAUAUUCUAUAUUCAAAGGAUAUAAAAAAACAAAUGAUUCUGGUAUUUAAACUCAUGUAGAUUCCUGUCAAUGUGACAGAUGUUAAGUCUAGGGUGUCAUGUCUCUAGUUUUGGCAUUAUAGUUACACUUGAUAAUUGCUUUAAAGGGCUUUUAGACAUUGUCUAUUACCAGGGACCAGAUCAUUUCUUGUAAAAAUAUAUUAUUAUAAAAUGAAAGUUUUGUUGACAACAUGGCUUUAAGAGAGAACUAAUAGUUUUGGGAAAAUACUAUACCUGUCCCGGGGCGCAACUAGGAAUCCCAGGGCCACGGUGCAACAAUAAAAGAAGGGCCCCACUCCUUGCUCCCUCUAAGUAUUACACUUGAGUGCGGUGUGUGUGGUGGUUAAGUGGGAUUAUGCAGGGGUUGGCUGGGUGUAAUUCCGUGUGGGGCUUUGCUGAGUGUGAUUGUGUUAGUUGGCUGAGUAUGAUAUAUGUGUAUGGAGUUGGCAGAGUGUGAUUGGAUAUGGGGUUUGGCUGCGUGUGAGUGUGAAGUGAUUGGCCCGGCUUGGGGUCACUUCCCUAAUCGUAGCAAUCUCCAGUACUAAUGCUAACAUGCUGGCUUCACUGCCAGCUCACUGGCAUCGGUGGAUCCCAAACUCCCCCAACAAGCAGCGGCAGUGACACACAGGUCUAAUGUUGAUGGUUUAAUUGACAGUUAGGGAAAGGACGAUAUCACAAUGUACAGUGGAAUUUAAUGCUCCUUAAUUUACCCUUUUUAUGUACACUUUAAUAUAAUACAUAUUUAUUAAUAAUACAUGUAUAUGUAUGUAUGUGUAUAUAUAUAUAUAUAUAUAUAUAUAUAUAUAUAUAAAAAAAAUAUAUAUAUAUAUAUAUAUAUUAUAUAUUUACACACACACUUAUCUGCAUAUUACUACAAAUAACAUGAAUUGAGUGAAAAUAUUAUUAACACAUUCUCACUGACCCAUUGGCAAAUACUGGACAAACACAUUCUCACUGACAGACAAAAGCUUUCACUGAUACACAUACACUGACACACUCACUGACAGACAGACGCACACACUCACAUACACAAACACUGACAGACACACAAUCUCACUGAGAGACACACACUCAUUGACAGACACACACACUCACAUACACAAACAGACACAUACUCAUGAACAGACACACUCAGUGAUUCUGACACACAUUCUCUCACUCACAAAGUAAUUGUAGUUAUAGUUUUAUUAAGCCCACCCAGCCUCCCUACCUUUAAGAGAGCUGGGUUGGACACUCUGUACUUCUACUAUUGGUCUAGUGUGGGGCUGCUCUGACCUCCAUGCUCUUCCAGCACUGCUCCCUUGUAGGCCAUUUAGUGAAGAACACAAGUGAAGGAGCAGAGAUGGAAGCGCAUGAAGAUUACAGCUCCCUCACUGCCCAUGCUCAGCCCCUCCUCACACAUUAUACUUUGCACAAAGCCAGCCACCUUCUGGAGUGGCCCUAAGUUGGCCAGCCGGCCAGCUCAUGGACCCUCUGACAGAAUUCCUAUUCACACUCACAACCUCAGUGAUCCCUGUUAUUUUCCAUCACAGUGUCUGUCUCUAUAGUAGUUGCAAUAUACAUCCUCUUUUUUUUCUCUGCAGAGUACAGACUGCUACCUAUUAACAAUGAUUGGUAACUGGCUCAGUUUAUGAGCUGCUAGGCAUGUCAGAGUCACUUAAUGAAAACAUUUAUUCUGAAUAUAGACCUUACACAUGCUCAGUCAGCUUGUUUAGCUCAUGGUAAGGUCCCCCAUUCAAUUAUGUUAUGGAGCUUGGAGACCAUAGGGAGAUGCAAGCUCUCUUCUUUAGUUUCCUUCAUUAGAUUAACAGUAGUUGGCACACCCCUUCUCACUCAGACAAUCUCACUGUAUUAGCUCCCCCUCCUUUCUUGGAGAGCUACAGAAAAAAAGGGACAGCUGGAGUCUAGGGAGAGAAAAAUGAUAAUCUGAGCUGUGAGAGGGGGUUUAGGUCUUAGGACACAAGAGUGACUGACCUUAGUAUUAGUUAUUUGUAAACCUCUUUAACCUCAAGGACCCCAUGAUUACUUUGCAACUAUCUGAAUCUGGCCUUGAAACUCUUUAUGCAAACAUGGAAUAUCCUGUCAUUUUAGCUAUGGCAGCUCCGUACACCCCUGUUGUCAUUACUUGAGUGGGGAAUGUUAUUGCGGAACAUUGCAGAACUUAAUCUUCUGACAAAAAAGACCGCCAUCAGUUCUUAAGGGGUUAAGCUCUGAGAACACUGACUAAUUAACAAAGACAGCCAUGUUUGAUGCAGCAAUGAUGCACGAGUAGACCUAUUUUGGCACUUUGACCUUUAUGGUUUAGUUGUGUGUAUUGAUCUUGGUAUUUCUACAAUCUACAUUAUGUCUGGAGAGGCGUGCAUUAUUUUUGAUAAGCUCACUCAUGUUUGUUUUAAAGCUCCAUACAAAUUACUUAAUGCUCUGUUUAAUGACAAAAGGCGUCUUCAUUCACUUAAAACGCUUUUAGCUGUAACAGUGCUGGAAAAGGAAUAAUGGGUCAAUUUGCAAGCUAUUUGAUCCUUUCUUUUGCCUUUCUGUAGACUUUAGGGAGAAGCAAUUGCUUCCAGUAAUGCACAUUAAUGGCAAAGAAAAAAAGAAACUCCUUUACAGUCUGCUCCCAAAGCAGAUUGAAAUUGAAAGAAUAAUUGCUCACUUUCAACUCCAUAACUGUAUGAUUCAAUUAUGUAUGGAUGUUAAUGUUUUACAUUUCACAACGUAUACAUUUCACUCUCCCCAGGUCCAUGCCAUAUUCCUGCUUAAUUUAGGAGAUUGUGUAUGUAUUAUGCAUGUUACAGAACAAUAAAUAUUUUCAGAGAAAACAAAGGACAAAAAGCCUGUAGUAUUUCAUUCUGUACAUUUACAGUAUGCUUCUAAUAAUUUACGAUGGCACGGGCCAUCUGUUUACAAGUCAUUAGUCUAAAAUGAUGUAGUGGUGCAUGAUAAUCACAGGUCUUGAUGCACAGAUGGAGUAAAGAAGAACUGGUUAGUGUGUUUGUGAUUUUUAUUGAGAUUGACCAGAUUUCACAGGGAUGUACAAUAGAACAGAGUAAAAAUCUAUUUCAAGUUCAAAAGACAAUAUAGAACGUGCACAAAGCCACGUAGUAGCACAGACGGACAGUGGGCUAUGCAAUACAUACAUAUAAUAAGGAGGGGGGUUUAAGUUGAGAUACUCAAUGGUAUCUUAAAUAUAGUUUGAGAUUUGCGAAUUUGUUUGUAACUAAUGGUGAAAUGGGUGAUUUAUUGUUCGCCUUCCUGACUUCCAAUUACGAGCUUUAAAAGUCAUCCAAAAACUAAUUACGACAGUGCAAGAUGAGGAAUUCCGGAGGUGCAGCAUGAGAGAAGUGCUGAAGAUGGAGAGUUGAGGGGUGGUUUAGUGACUGUGGCAGAAUGGUGAGUCUGAUAAGGGAGGGAGAUACAGUAAUGCCUUCUUUUUAAUAUAUAUUUGCCCCCUCCUGCUUUCUUCCUGUGCAGGAAGGCAUACAAUAAAUCACCCAUUUUACCAUUAGUUACAAACAAAUUUGCAAAUCUAAAACUAUAUAAGAUACCAUUAAUGAGUAUAAAACCAGGAGUUAAAUAAUACAAGGGUGAAAAAAAAAGAGAACAUAAAAAAGGGAGAUUAUUUGUUUUUUGUCACGAGAGAAUGUAAAGUUGUUUCAGAUGCUCAUGAAGGAACACUAUUGGCAUCAAAAUAACUUUUUAUAUAUGGUAUAAUUUCUGGUGUGUAUGUGUGUUUUGGAGCACUCUAGUUCUUAACCCUUCCUCUUCUACACUUCAUUAGGAAGCUACUGUGAAGUAUAGUUCAGGUAACAAUUUCCAUAAGUAAAAAGCUGGUUACAGAACUAUAGCUCUUAAAAAACGUGAUUGGUUUAUAUAGCUGGGCUCUACAGGGAUCUAUUGCAUAAAUUCAGCACUUUGAGAAGUGCCUUACAAUGUUACUGAAGCAUACUAAUUGGCGGAUCACUGCCUUGUCUGGGAAAUGCUAACAGCUUGUAAUACAUGUGAAUUUAAUGCAAAUACAUCAACUUCAUUUGUAAGUAUCUUUUAUAAAUUGUAUUACUUUAAAGGGAAACUGUAACUGCCUCAAAUUUUUAAUAUUGUGUUUAUUUAUCUUUAUGUUUAACAAAUAUGUAUUUGUGUGGUAUAAAAAAUAGAGUUAAAGCAUAUACUUAAAGAGACUGUCCCUGCAGUCUGUAUAGUGCAGGGAUGGGGCUGUGGUCAAAAAACACCCAUAGCUUGAGCCCAAAAAUAAUUUGGUGUGUGUCUGUGCUGGGGAUGUGUAGGGGAUGUGUUAUGGGAUAGGGGCUGUUGUGUGCGCGGAGGGGGAUGGGAGAUGCUGAUUGGCCACCGGAGCAUAUGGCUCCACACCCCACCUCCUUGGCUGAGAUCAUCAAAAUUGACAAUAUCAGACAAUCCAAUGCUUUCCUAUGGGAAUACAUGGCUCACCGCUAACUCCAUCUGGAUUUGGCUUACUGAGACUAAAACCACAGAGGGGUCCCUCGCAGUCAGGUUUGAGUCAUUUUGAACUAUUUGAAUUUUUUGCGAGCACGUUAUAUCUCACUUAUCUACUGAUUAUUCUCGUACUUGUCAUGCUAUGACCUUAUAGGUCAUUAUUAGUGAUGUGUAAUGAUGUCCCGAACGGUUCGCGAACGGUUCGCCACGGACUCAUCAUUGAGUAAACUUUGACCCUGUACCUCACAGUCAGCAGACACAUUCCAGCCAAUCAGCAGCAGACCCUCCCUCCCAGACCCUCCCACCUCCUGGACAGCAUCCAUUUUGAAGCUGCAUUCUUAAUGAGCUGUCCAGGCGGUCGGAAGGUCUGGGAGGGAGGGUCUGCUGCUGAUUGGCUGGAAUGUGACUGCUGACUGUGAGGUACAGGGUCAAAGUUUACUCAAUGAUGAGUCCGCGGCAAACCGUUCGCGACAUCGCUAGUGAUGUGCUAUUAAUAUAUGCAUACUUCUACCCAUACCUGUCAGAGUUUUUAUUUGUAUGGGGCUCUCACUAUCAUAACACCAUUUAGAAGUGAAACAGCCCUUUUUUGUAAACAUCUAAUUUUAGGCUGCUACAUGCUGCUUCAUUAUAUUUGUUUGUUUAUGUGAUUUACUCUGGGUUCAGAAUUAUAUGAGGUUUGAUAUGUUGUAUUAUUUCAAUUGUGAUACAUUUGGUAUGAGCCUUAGUGCUAUAUCAAUUCUUAAUAGAUGUUCAUUGUUGGAAGUUGAAUCCUGAGCUUGUUGAUAUUUUAAGUUUAUUUUAAUUUAAUUAGGUAUAGUUUGUAUUUAUUUGUAUUUAUAUUUUUGGUGCACACAUGGUAUUUUAGGUUUGAAUUUCCUAUAGGAAUGCAUUGGAUUUGCUGAGAUUGUCAAUUCUGAUAAUCUCAGCCAAGGAGGAUGGUCAGGGUUGGGGCCAGCAGCGGCAGACUAGCGGGCACUGGAAUAAAGGUAAGUUUUCUACUUAUUUAAGUGGAGCAAGAGGGCACCAGGGGCACUGAAUGUGUUUUUAACACUGUAAGAUCAGGAAUACACGUUUGUAUUCCUGAACCUAUAGUGUUCUUUUAUAUUUGUAUAUUUAUACAGUGUAUAUGUGAAACUUUUAUGAUUAAAUUUUUAAAAAAAUACUAUUUAAUCCCCUCUCCCUCUGGUUUAACCUUAACCUUUGGGUUAGGGAUGGACACAUUGUGCAGAUCCCUGGUGGUCCAUUGUGUGUAGAGCUGCUGUUCUAGAUCCCUGGUGGUCCAUUGUGUGUAGAGCUGCUGUUCUACCUUUGCUGGGUUCAGACUUUGAGUAAAAGCUCUCAAAGCUCUGGGCUCAAAGUAUCAGAGCAUUGGCAUGGUAACCCACGGCAAUUCUCUGAACUGACAGGAGCUCGCUUUCGCCAUAUAACAGCUCUACACCCACCACAGGGAUAGAUCAGAGCUUUUCUGGGAUUCUCCUUCCUUGCGUGGGGACUACAGACCAGUGAGGGAGAUCUUUGUAGGCAGAGCACUGCAGCUGGAGAUGAAAAGGGGGGGAGUAGCCUGCAUAUAAGUAAACUGUAAAUCUCUCUACACUUAGCAAUACAUGUUUGUAUUCCUUAUGUGAGGGUAUUGCUUUAAAUAUCUAAAUCCACAUCUCUUUCUCCCGGAAAUGGGUGCCUCCAUCGUAUCCCUUGUCAGUCAUUGUUAUAAGCUAUGUCCUGUGAACCUGUUAGUCAGCACAGAGAAUGCCUACAAAAUAGGAGGAGAAAUGAAACAGUUUGCUAAAGCUAUAUUACAAAGUUAAGAGAAAACAGCGUCACAUAAAGAAAAGGUGGAGACAAGCUGAUAGAUGAUUUUCAGAGUUUUUUUUAAAUGGUGACAAUUCAAGCGAUGUGACAGUCGCUGUUUAAAUUGACUUUAUUUAGAUAUUUGAUAUUUUUGUAUUUCAAGACUGGCUUUGUGUUGACGCUCCAUUCUGGUCAUGUGGCUGACUGUCUACAUUUUAGAACAUGAUGCCUGAACAUCGGGCUCACAUUCUGCUUAACAACAAAGAAAAGCAAUAUCUCAAGCUGCAUGCAGAUUCCGAUAGCAAAAUUCAAAACAAAAGCAGAGUAGAACUAUAAGGGUUUAUUUUGGCUUGUGCAUGCCAACUCCCCUGCUUAUUUGUUUUCUUUAGAACUUUUUCACUUUUGCUGAUCCUCAGCCAAGUAUUGAAUGCCGAGUACCUGUUUUUUAUUAGGAAAGAUUUCAAGCAUGUAAAAAGCAGCAGAGUAUAUUCACUAGCUAGUGUGGCUUGACAUUUACAGCUGAGUUUAUUUGCUUAACCAAAAUUAAUUAGUAUAACCUGUUUUUUCUUUAUUGCAUUAGUUUGUACUUUGUUUCAUUGUGGAGUGAUUUAGUGAAAAAUUACCAAUUUAUUAAAAAUGUAAAUGUUUCUUGUGAAUUCUCCACAAUUCACAGUUUAGCAUAUAACUCAAAAUAUGUUUCCUUUAUUACAAUUUUUUAUAGAGAAAAUCAAACAUUUGUAGAAAUGUACAAAUAAUCAUAUACAUGUAGAGAACAUUCUGUACUGUAUCAUGCAUCAAAAUAUUAUAUUAUUUUUAUUUUAAAUUCCCCCCUCCCCUGCAAAAAAAACCAAAAACCUUCAAUUGGCAAGGUUGCGUAACCAUUCAAUGCAAUGUAGAAAAACCAAUAUGUUGUAAAAUAGUUGCUGAGAAGGAUGGUAAGUGCUUGUCCAUGUGAGAGUUGUUUUUCUGGCAAUAAUGAAUAGGGAGGAUAUUUUGCAAUUUAGGCUGAGAAGUAGAUUGUAUUGACUGCAUGCCAAAUAGUUUUUAUUCCGAGGAUAAUUCUGGAGCCAUCAUGUGUAAGGAUUGUAAGAAUCAGUGGAGGCUCAUCCAUAUGGGCACUUGGGGCAGUGCCACAGUUUUUAGGUGGGGGAAAAUACUAUUUGCAGUAGCUUAGAAACAGCUUAGAUUCUUUUUCUUGAGGGAUGGGUGAUAAGCCAAAACAUAUGGGAAAACAUUGGUGUCUCUUUAAUUCUGUAAUAUGUUUCAGUUCUGCAGGGCCUCUCCCCCCCCCCCCUCAUUGGUAGCUAUUUGGAAAAGCUUACUUGAGACCAUCCAGACAUGUCAAAAAAAGGGACAGGUUUGAAAUCUGCCCUGUUUAGACAGGUUUUGCACAUGCCUAGUAUUCUUUAUGAAGGAAUGUUAGGAAUUUCCAUUGAGUUGCUAUUCGGGCAACAUCAUCUAGUCUGGAUUCCUAAUAUACACAGAAAAUGUGAAUUGGGGGUACACCUAGAACAUGCAUUUCUCAGCAGUUGUGCUACUGUAAAGAAGAAACUUUAUUCAAAACACAGAUUAAGGAACAACGCACACAAAAAAAUACAGUUUUAAAAUGUAAAAGGGUAGAAAAGAAGGAGGAGGGCACAGAUAGGAGGAGAGCACCGCUAUGAUGACCACAAUACGAAACAAAGAUUUGAAUAGAUGAAAGCCGAGUCUGGCAUGUAGUAUUAUCCUAAUGGCUGAUGCCAAAUGUAUUUGUAUCUGAAUGGGGAUGUCAUAUUUGGGCAAAUGUAGUAGUGUGGUCACUGUGAUAGUGUUGCCAUGAACUCAACUAUGUUGAAAUGUAUGCUUCUUAUUAGCUAACUGCAGAGCAUUGGAAUAAAAUCUAAAUAUAUUUUCUUAGCAGACUAACACAAGAAAUACAUGAUUAGUUAAUAAAGAAAGCCACUGUAAACAUAGAACAAAACAUUGUGGUCACAUUUUUCAAUUAAUUUGCCUAUGUAAUGCAUAUCCCAAGCAUUCUUGAAAUAUUUAACUGGAUUAUACAAACAAACAUUUCUAGUAAGUUGUAUGUCAUCAUUAUUAUUAUUUUAAGAGCCAGUUAUCCACAGCAGUGCUCACCUCAAGAACAGGGUAGUUCAAGAUUGCAAAACAAAACUACAUUUUAUCACACAGGUCAAGUCAGACUUCUCGACCAUACUCAUAGCUUUACAAUUUACCAUGGGUGGUACCUGUAAAGAACAAAAGGUUUGUGAGUCUCAUAUUUUUAAACUUACACACUAAAUAAGCAAAAAUCACAUAACUCAUCAUCAUUUCUGGACCCAUCAGGGCAGUCCUUGUUUGAUUCUCAGCUAGUGACAUGUCUGAUUUUCUAUGGUAUCCACUUCUGGGAUCACCAGAAAACAUUGCAUGAAUACAUUAUUAAACCAUUGUCUAGAAAUUCUGGCCACAGAAUUCAACACAUGUUGAAAACCAGUUGACUUGCUGGCAAGGGUGUGCGUCAUAGGAAAAACUUGUCUACCAGCUGCAUCAAGCAACUAACAAUUACAGGAGGCUAAAAGAAGUAUUAAUCCAUUUAAAAUACAGAAUGCACAGCACAGUGAUUGAGCAAACUGAUAGCACAGCAAUGAGGUUACAAGCUAAAUGCACUUUGCACCAACACAAGGUUCUUCUCAUAUCUCCUCUUUAUUAUAUAUAUUUAUAUAGUGCCAGCAAAUUCUGAAGUGCUUCAUGAUCAUAGAAUGUGGAUAACUGACAACAUGUCCUACAUACAAAAACAAUAACAGAGACAAGAGACAAAGAAGGCCCUGCUCAACCAAGCUUAACAUUUCUGAUGCCCUUUCUAUUAUGUGAUCAGUAAUGUCAUAAAAUAGGCAUGACCUGAUUUAUAAACAAUAGUGGUUUAACUAUAUAGGCGCUUGUCCCAUCAGAUAAUUGAUGAAUAAUUAAAUAUUAGAACUUUUUAAAAAAAAUCUAUUGGGCGGAGCCUACGCUCAGGCUGAAUGGUCGCGUAGAGUAUGAGCUCCCCGGCCGACGGCUACUACAGCAUUACUUACAGUGGCUAAUCAGCUAAAACUACUUCAAUAAUCCGGUGUACCCAAGAUGUCACAGCGGGGGGCACGAAAAAUGGCGGAUGCCAAAAAGAAAGACAAAUUUUUGCGGCAAAACCAGCAAGCACGUGGACGGCCAUGCUGCAAUCCCAAGAUGGCGACGGCAUUGACGAAGACAGUGAUCUGUCUAGGCCCCAAUCCCCGCAGAAUACUAUGCAAAUCCAGAGUGAUCUGUUCCAAAACAUGCUAGAUGGCAUGGCAGCUAAAAUUCAAGCUACAUCACAGUCAGCAAUCUUGGAUCUAAGGCGAGACCUUAUGGAAUUGGGUAACCGCACGGCCCACAUAGAAAACAAAAUGGUGGAAUACACUGAAGCGCACAACAGCUUCGUGGAUAAAGUGGAGGAACUGGAAACCAGACUGGAUAAACAAGAAUUGAAAUCUAUGGAUCUGGAAGACAGGUCCCGAUGCCAGAACCUGAGGAUAAGGGGAAUUCCAGAGGAAGUACAACUGGCAGACCUCACCGCUUUUCUGACAGGACUAUUCCAAGCCCUGGCCCCUGAUAUCCAACCCUCCAUAUUACUAAUACACAGGGCACAUAGAGUGGCAAAACCAAAACACUUACCCGCCUCCACCUCCAGGGACGUGCUGACUAAACUUCAAUUCUACCACAUAAAAGAGGCUCUCCUUCGCUACAACAGACCCCAGCAAGAUUUACCGGAGCCCUACAGAAACAUCCAGGUAUUUGCUGACCUUUCACCGGAGACGCUUUGGCGUAGAAGAUCAUUCCGGGAAGUCACCUCUAAGCUGAGAAACAAGAGGAUCCCUUAUCGAUGGGGCUUCCCUGCAAACCUCCUGAUCUCCAGAGAUGCCAAGAUGCAAGUUGUAUCUGAUGUUGCACCCGACUACUACACAGCUGGGGUAUCACCAAGGGAACAGCAGGAAAGGGUGCCAAAAGGCACACAGAGAUCCGACAAGAAUGGAGGGCUGUUCGACAUCCGAAAGCACCCAGGGUCGUAGAGGUCCAGUGAAAGCUGAUUGAGGCAGACAUUCCCAUUUUUCCUACACACCAGGACUUUACUUUAUAAGGGAGCGUAAAGAACAUUGCUUCACACCAAGUCUAUCUAAGGCUGUGCGGUACGGCACAGACAUGACAGCAGUCGGGAAUGGGUAAUAUACAAUCCCUCACUGCUCAGAUAUUUACUAUUACUCUGCAAGGGAAAUAUCCUGCAAUGUUUUUAUUUGUGCAAUAUGGAGUAAGGGGUAGGAACUUUAGGGAGCACUCAGUCUAAAGGGGCGUUCCGACACUACCUCUUAUGCUCUCAUGGACAGUUUAGGGUCCCAACAAGGUUACCAAGGAGGCCAAUCUUCCCAUCACGUAACGCCCAGUGAAAACAAGAAGUUAUUUUACCUCCUCCCCCUAUUCCCCGACACUUUCAAUCCACUAUCGGACUUUACCAGGCCAACCUCCACCCCAGAUUAUGGCACAUUAAAAAAAAAUGCAAAGCCCUUAUGACAAUGGUGACAUCCUUUGGACUACAUGACAUAUGGAGGGCACUACACCCGGGAGACAGGGAAUACACCCAUCACUCAAGGGUGCAUAAUACUUACUCAAGGAUUGAAGGCUACCUUAUGCAUGAAUCCACUUUGAUGAGAGUGCAGGACUGUGACAUUAAGCCCACUGGGUGGCCUUAACACGCACUGGUAACAUUAACAAACUUCUACGAAUACAAACACAGAAACCCCUGGCGCCUCAAUGAGAGCCUAUUAAAUGACCCGAAAUUAUGCACACAAAUAGAGACAGAAUUGAAACACUAUUUCGAAAGAAACAAACAGUCAGUCAAAAACCCACACAUGCUUUGGUUGGCACACAAAGCGGUAGUGAGAGGUACAUUGAUAGGUAGAGCUUCCAACCUCAAAAGACAAACAGAAUAUGACAUAACCCAAUGGAAGCUUCAACCAGAUAAAUUACACAGAGAGAACCAAACACACCCCUCUACAGCAAAUAAAUCUAAAAUAACAGCCUUACAAACUAAAAUAAACGAGGUACAUCGCACUAAAUUUGGACUUAUGCUGAAAAGACUGAAAUCACACAUGUACGUACAAGCUAAUAAAGCAAGCAAACCUCUAGCCCAAAGUCUGAAGGACAGACAACUACAAACAUGCAUUGCAUACAUAAUCAAUAAACAGGGCCAAAAACUAUUACUUCCCACGCAGAUAUGUACAGAAUUUGCAAACUAAUAUAGUCAGCUUUACAACCUCAAAGAUGAUCCCAACGUUCCAUUCCCCACAGCCUCAAGCAUGCAAAACUACUUAUCUGAGAUUCCCCUACCGAUACUGACAGCUACUCAGAAACAUACCUUAGCAGCUCCCAUUACCGAAGAAAAAAUCUUAGACUGCAUCAAAUCACUGCCCAAAGGAAAGGCCUGCGGACCAGACGGUUACACUAACACAUAUUACGCAAAAUUUAAACACCUUUUAGCCCCGCACAUUAUUAUGACAUUCAACCACGCGACCCAUACGGGGUCUUUCCCCUUGGAAUUCCUAGCUGCAAGAGUAAUCACGCUUCCAAAACCAGGCAAACAACCUACUCACUUUUUGGAAAACAAUCAAAAUUUUAAUUUAUUAAAAAAAUAUAAUCUAUUAGGGUCAGGUGAGGGGAGCCAGAAGGUAGCAUGUCAGCUCUGGUGAUUUUAAUUUGAUUUCUUAUGUUUCCAUGCUUAAGUAUAUUUCAGUUAUGAAAUGUAAAGUGCAGGGGUAGGCAACCUACGGCACUAGUGCCAUGCACGGCACUCGAGGUGCCUUUGCACGGCACUCAAGGCUGCUAGAGCCAAACAGGCACUGUCCUAUCAGGAGUCCCAGUAAAACUUCAGAUAUCUGCUAAUAUGAAGAGGUGGUGAAAGACAAUCCUCAAUUUAUGCAUUGCAGCACAUAGAGGAAGUGAUCUCAGAUCACUUCCUCCCAGCACUUGUGAAUGGGAAUCCACACUGUAGCAGAGCAGCCUGCAGCUGCUGUUGCAGCUCCUAUACUUGAGCUAUACCUGGCCGGCCUAGUCCCCACUGGAACCCAGGGAAGCCACCCACACUGCUAGAUAUACACUUAAAUGCAGAAUAACCCUCCCCUCAUACAAAUAAUACGGACAGCCCACACACAAAUAUGCACACAAUCCCCACAAACGCAACACCACUAACAAUCCACAUACAUGCACACAACCCCGCAUGCAGCCUCUCACAUGCAAUACCCCAAACAGCCCCCAUACACUACCAAACACACAAUGUGACAUAUCCAUCCACACACAAUUCCACAAGCAGCCCUCAUACACAGCCCAAAUUCAUAUGUAUCAUACACGAUACCAUAAACUACUAAUGAACAUAUACAAUAUAAUAGCUCAUAUACGCACAAAUACAAUGAUACAAGGCAAUUACAGUAAAAAUAACACAAGCAGAAUAUGGCAGCAUACACACCUCAAUUUAAAAAAAUAGGAUUAGCAUCACAAUCCUAUAUCGGCACAGUGCUGCUAAAAGGUUGCCUACCCCUGGUAUAGUGCAAUGCUAAAUGCAUGUCAUCUUAACAUAUUUUUGAAUUGAAGUUUACACCAAUUCCUCCUUGUUUGUUUAUAAGGUAUUUUAGGACUAGUUUGGAAUGAGGCCAUUGUUUAACAUGUUGUCCUUAAUGGGACACUCUAAACCACUACAUCAUGAUAUGGUUCUGGUACACAGAUGAUUCCUAUUUUGUCUGGCAGAGUAAAAAAUGAUUAAAUUAUAUUAAAAUAAUAGUGUUCCUUUAAAGAGUUUUAAAUCAAUGACUUUGAAAAGCAAGGAAAAAAAUGAUUUAGUUUUUUUCACCCAACACUAGUUUAUUUAGAAAAGAUUGUAAAAAUUUAGGUUACAUUUAUUCAUGAGAAGGUAUUAGUAUCUGAAUUAUAAUGGUGUGCAUCCAAAUGUUAUUCCUAUAUAAGACAUGAGCAUAGCCAUAAAAUGUAUUUUAGAUUUGAAAAAAUAACCCAUUUUCUAAUUCAAUAUACUUGUUCUUCAUUUACUUGCUAUUUAUUCUUUAUGUAUUCCAUUUGCUCUAUUUCAUGGUGCAUAUUUUCACAUUCACCAGAAAAAAAUAGCCUUAGACAGUCGCUUUCUUUUAUGUUUGGUCUCAAUUUAACAGUACUACAGCUCUCCAGAUAAAAGUCAUUGAGGAUUUACUUUCAUCAAAAACUAAUGAACACUCUACACUUCAGUUCUUUAAAGUGUGAGCUAUGGCUUGCUGUUGCCCUACGCAAUUUAAGCUAUGUAAAAUUAUUCAUUGCUACAGUUUGAACCUGUGAAGGUCAGAUUACAUAGACUUUACAGACAGGAAUUUCAGACAUUAUUGUCGUCUCUCUCUGAUCCAUAAAAAAGGCAACAGGAUUGUCUUGGCACGAACUGGACACGUUAAAAGCACAGUGUGUCAUUUGUAAAAAAUAAAAUAGCCCUUAAGCCAUAUCUGUACCCGAUUUUAUCUCCUCAUUCAUCCUAUUUCACAGAAUUUAAAGAUUUAAUAAAUGCCCUCUGUUUGUAGAUUACUGUCAUUAUAUUAUAUUCUAUUCAUUUAUGAAAUAUUGAAAGAAAAACUCUGAUAUAUCUGUGGGUGACAAAUCAUCUUUCCCUCAGCACGGUUAUAACUGCUCGAGGUACACACAGUGGAUACAAAUCAUUAAUCUCCUGCACUGCAUCUCCAAGUUAUUGACACCACCACACCUGGUACCUUAACCUGUGUAAGUCGGGCAGAGAGGCUCCCAGUAGUAGGUUAAAGGAUGGCCGAUAAUGACAGGCUUGUUGUGGCGGGCACGCAGUAGAAGAUGGGAGAAGAAUGAACAUAAGAUGAGAAGGUGAAAUCAGAGAAGGAGUCAGUGAAUAAUCUGCUUCUUUUGUAUGAUUUUUGUUCUGGCAGAGGUUAUCAAUUUCGAUUUUAUUUUGCACUACUUAUUGGAAUUUCUCUGCCAUUUUUUUUUAAUUUUGUUAUAUUUAUAUUCUAUUUGUUUUAACAUUUCCAAUGGUUUGCACCAGAAAAGUAUUGUCGUACACUAGUAUGAUCGUGGCGUACAAAGCAAGGCAAGGCAGGAUGCUCACAGAUACUCACACAUUAUUCUUAGUUACUGGGUCAUUGUGAAGGUGCAUAAAUCUGUCAGAAUAUACAAGGAAGAAAGGUGACAAUUUUUUAGACUACAUUGAAAACACUUAAAUAAAUUGGAACAGAUUUUUUUCAACAUGUUGGUAAAUCUCCCACAUUGAGUGUGCAUUUGUGACAUCAUAUGAUGUUCUUUAGACCAUUUGAGGCAAAAAUGUUGCUGUCUUGAGGAAAUACCUAUUACCCAGCUGAACACUGAACAAUGGAAAUUGCUUAUAAAAGUGAAAAAAAUUGAUUCAAAAACUGAAUGUUUUGCACUAUUAUUGCAAGAACAAAAAUUAUCUCAGUGAUCGUUUCAUCCUGAUUUAUUUAAUGUUACAACUGCUAAAUGUCAGUUUAAAAAAAAAAAAUACAUAUAGUUUCCAUCCUGUCCUACUAUCUGUUUGUCUGUAUGUCUGUCUGUCAAUUUAUCUACUUUCUGGUCCUUGUGCAUUAUAAUCCAUGGCUCAGUUAAGAAAAGCUAUGUUAGAAAAUGCCCCAUUGUUAAGGGCACCUGCAGAAACGGGUCAAGUCUGCACUGGUCAAGUCUGCACGUUGCAAACUUCACCCAUGGCACCUGGGUCAAGUCCGCAACACAAUGCAUUCCUGUACUGCUGUGAAUGUUGAGCUGGGAAUUCUGGGCCAGUUGUGGAAUUUCUGUGCCCAAGGUCGAUUUCCCAAAGUCCAAUUUGAGAUAUGUAGGUGACGCACAACAAUAUUUUUUCUAUCUUCAUUGAAUUAUGGGGAAUUUUAUGUUUAGUCACAUCACAAAUUAUUUGACACGUAGUUAUUUUUCUAUAAAGGGAGUGUGAGAGAGAAACAUAACCCUAAACUGUGUAUCGUGUACUAUAGUAUACUCUAUACUAUAAACUCCAAUUUGGGUCAAACUAGGAAAUAUAUGAGCCUUAAAUUCUGCCUGUCGGGUGGGAGCCGAGUAGCCGGGGCAACCUCACCGUCAUUAAGGAGGCGCUUUUAUAAGUCACCAACCCUGCACUUCCUCAGUACUGCAAGGACACAUACUGUCUUCAUAUUAGGUGGUUGCUGGUCACAAUGAGUGCUCCCUGAGAGCUCUCUCAAUUCUAAAUGCCAGCUGCCAUUAUAGACUGAUUGUCUGACUAGGAGUGCCCCCAUCCGAGGUGUGUCACACCAUCAACCCAUAAGACCACCAGGGAUCCUGUUAUACCCAUCAGGCCAGCAAAGAUUGUAACCCCCUAUUACCAAAGUUAUGCAGGAGGGCAGUAAAAAUAUAUAUAUAUAUAUUAUUUUAAGGAAUAAUGUGUGGAAUCUCUGCCCUCCGUGCAUUCUCACAUACACAACACCUCUGAGCCAACCCACUGACACACAUCACACCAAUUCACACAGCACUCACCCAACAGACAAAUCCUAAUCUUGAACAGAAGUCGAACAUAAAUGUGUUUGUGCGUACACAGCAUCUGAUAUUGCAGGAAAAUGUCUAUUUCUCCAGGUGCUAUGCACCAAAAACCUGCAUUAAUUGCAAAAAGUGAUUAAUACACACUGGUUCUUUUUAAUGUGGAUGGAUGGCGUUUUUAAACGUAAUUAUAAUGUUACAAAUAUUUCUCUAUAUUUCUGUAGAGAAAGCAGGUGAGCUUCUAAAACUCUUUGUGGAUAUUAAUUAUGUCUUUAUAUCUAUGAGGAUCAUCUAUGGUGCCAAUUCACCAGCUCCCUUUCUAUCUACACUAUAGCAGUCAGUCCUACUACCUGAUAUGGUAACAUAUUUUGGACUUUAAAAGGCAUUUUCCUGCUCCAUCACAAUACACAACUAAAACCCCUGGAUUAAACACUCAGAUUCCCAAUGAAUGGAAAUAUGUGCACAGAAACCUCCCCAUGGCUACAUCCCCUUCUUAUUUAUUAUGCUCUUAUAAAUUGUUUGCAACACAAUGAUUAAGAACUGUAAUAAAACUGCACUUAAUGGCAAAAUACUGCAGCUAGACUAAGUUUUACAUCCUCUGUGUCAAACUAAAGUCCCACAAAUAGGUUGUAUAAACUUUAAUCUCUCCGCACAGUUUAUAGAGGGACAUAAUCCUGUGAAAUUAAAAAUCAAUAUUCUUGUUGUGAAUUCAAGUUAACAUUGGACAUCCUGUAAAUCCUGCAAAGGAAAUCUGUUAGAGAGGCCAUUCUGUCAACAACAGUAGCUAAAUUGUUCAUUGACCACGGUGGUAAUUUCAUACUGUCCAAGUGCCUUUAUGUCUGAGUUAUUGGACGUGUUUUUACAGCUGCAUCUCAUCACUUACACUGCAAACCGAGAUGCCUGUCUUAUUCAUUCCUAUCACACUUCUAGUUUGCCAUUAUCUUUUAUACUAUAUUUAGUACCCAGGGCAAAUACUGUGCUCCCGGAGCUGCGAGAACAAUGCCAGACUUAGGUUGCUAUGACCCCUUAGCACUUGUUUGUAGAACUGUGACAUUCCCCACUUCAAUCCAUACAUCAGCAGCCUUGUGUAUUUGCACAUUCCACCAUAAUGUAACACUAAAACAGCGUGUGGUGGAAUAGUUUAGACAUGCUUUCAAAUUACAUGUUUGUUUUAUGUUCAUAUUAAGUAACCUCUACUAGAUAUAUAUGCAAGGUCAUAUCAUCAGCUGUUUUGACCCUCUCCUCCCCCCACAAUACUGUUGUGAACAGUGGCUUGUGGCCUGUUAGAUUCUAUUCUACUUAAAAAGUAAUAGGUAUACCUAUUAAAGCAACGUAAACGGGUUACAUUGUUAUCAUGGUCAGGUGUAAUUCUCACUAAGCAUUCUGUAGUACAUAUUAUCGUUACUAAAGGGGCACACAAAAUACCAAAAGCACUACAGCAUGUUGUAGUGGUUAUGGUUUCACAAUUACCCUGGUGAUUUCCCACUGUUAAGCGUCAAACAGUUUGGCAAUUACCUAGGUACCUGGAAAGCUGCAGUCUGGCCCCUUAUUUCAUAUGUCACUAAAUUUUAAGUUUUCCUUUUUCGUAGAAAUAUCAGUUUUGUGCAAUUUUAGAUAGAAUUCAUUGGCUGAAAUAUUGCUAAUGCAGAUGUCGGUGAAGAGGUAUUGGAGCGUUGGCACACAGGGGGCCCAGGUAUGUGUCAAACUAUUCAAACACCUUAAACUGCACCUUUAACCCCUUAAGGACCAAACUUCUGGAAUAAAAGGGAAUCAUGACAUGUCAUACAUGUCAUGUGUCCUUAAGGGGUUAAGCAAUAUUUAUACUCUGAAGGUAUAAAUUAAAUGGACAUUUCAUUGUUUAAACACAUUUUAAACUAAAUGGGGCGUUGACCUCCUCUCGUAAUGUAUAUUUAAAGUCUCCAAUUAAAUUGUUUAUACAACUACUGUGCUUCUAAGAGUUUCUACAUUCAAGUAAUUACUUGACUAGUAUUAGUUCACACUACACCAAUUUCUCUUAUGUCUUACAACCCAAUCGGGUAUUAGAUUUGUUCACGAAACUGAGGAUGAUGGAGUUAUUGAAAGGUUACACCAACCCCCAUGACCACGUCAGUAUGGUGCUUGGAGUCUGUAUGUGCAGUGUUUCAGAGUGAACUGUACUGUACACACAGAAAUACAGAACUUUGCUGCUAGAGAUGUAAUUCCAUCUCCCGCAGUGUCAUUAGCCAGCUUGGAAGGAGAGUUUCAGGUGGGCGAAUGUUAGUUCUGUGCAUGAAAUGUGUCAACACAGCUUGCUGGCAACAGACAACCUUUGUCAGUAUGCCUUGCACCCAUUCAUGCUGCCCAAGUCUGCCCAUAAGCCCUUCCUCCAGAAGUCCCUUCCCCUGCAAUAAGGAAGAGUGACAUCCCUGAAGGAGGAUCUGACUACAGGGAAAUCUUGGCCCUAGCGUGUGAUUGCUGGUAAGUUAACCCUUAAUUUAUUUUAUUUUUUAUUUUUUAUUUUUUACUGUGGUGGGAGGCCAUGCCAACAAGGCUUACGUCAUCCAAAAACAGUGUUUUUACAGGACUGUCAUGGUUUAAAGGGAUUUAUUUAACUCUUUAUCAUGAAGAUUUUAAUAUUCUUAUGUGUUGGGUACUAUUCUGUCAUUCACAACAGUAAACAGAGCAAAAUAGAACGGACAAUAUCUGUUCUAUUAUUCAAAAUAGUUGUUUCGUUACAUUAGGGUAUAAAAUAAUAAAUAUUUGGAAUACCUUGACCUAACUCAAGAACAUUCUGUGAAAUUAGCUUAUACUAAUAUAAGGAAUACUCCAAGCUCCGUAACCACUAGAGCAGCUUCAACAACAUACUAGGCUGCCACCGGGCUUCGAUCUGCCACCUUCCACCUAGUUCUGUUGUGCAAGGCUGCACUUAUUGGCUGUGAAUGUCUUCUAAGCGCUCUCGGGCAAUGAGCGUGGCCUUGCACAGCUGGUUUUAGGUCAGUGGCAGGAGCUUCCAGCAGCAGAAGCAUCCGAAGGACCUCAGAUCAAUUUUCAAAGUAUUAUCAAAUGGUUUGACUACUUAGCAUACUAAACACUACAAUGUGAUCGGAGUCUUCAUUUAAAGAUGAUCUAUAUAGCAAAUCUGAAAAGUUGUUAAUUUCUCUAAAUAUAAUUAUGUGCAUUCCUUUGCAUUUUGUUUUAUUGUGUACUAGAAUCCGCCACCUACUGGUGCUGAAACUUGUUCUAGAUUCAGAUUGAAUGGAUGGUUGAAUAGAUUGAUGGACAGAGAGAUGGAUGGAAAAUACAUAUGGAUUGGUGGAUAAAUGGACAGACAGAGGAAUGGUUGAAUAAGGGAGGGAUUGAUGAAUAGAUACUCUGUCUGUACCACUAGAAUGUUUAAUUAAGUCUGACCUAAUAGCAAUUUUUCCUUCUGUCGUUACAGGAUAUUAAUGCUUCCAUGACAAACAGCACAGUGACAAGCAAACCACCAGUCACGCUGAGGCUAGUAGUCCCUGCAAGCCAGUGUGGUUCACUUAUAGGCAAAGGGGGUUCUAAAAUUAAAGAGAUCCGAGAGGUAAGACAAGGCACACUGUUUUAUGGUUGAUCAUUACAUAUACAUGUUUGAGUUUUGUAUAUAGUGGUUACAAUUUAGAUAAUACCACGUGAGAAGUAAUUGAAGGUAUAUUCUUCCUUCUAAACUAUUUUAUUUCAAUUAAGUUGUUUUGAGGGGUGGGUUUCCAUGGCUCUUACCUUAAAGGGAUAAUCUGAGCAUCAAUGCCAUUUUAGCAUAAAGGAACACAAAUGUGUUGAACUAACUAUUUAGCCCCCCCCCUAACUAUUUAGCUAGUAGAAACUCACCUUAUUUCCAGUGCUGCACGGGUCCGCCAGGAUUGGCUUUGUCUCCGAUCUGCCUCCUUGGCUGAGUUCAUUAGAAUUAAUGGUCUCAACCAAUCACAAUGCUUUCCUAUAGGAUUAUGAUCACAGAAUUGGUGACCUCAGUAAAGGAAAGGGGCGAGGCGGAGCCAAAUGCUGCACUGGCCAAUCAGCAUCUCUUAGAGAUGCAUUGAACCAAUGCAUCUUUAUGAGGAAUGUUCAGUGUCUCCAUGCAGAGUGUGAAGAUGAUGAAUGUCAGUGCCCUCUGGUGGCUGUCUGAGUGACUGCCACUGAAGGUAUCCAUAGGUAGCAAUGUAAAAACUGCCUUUUCUCUGAAAAGAGAAUAUACUCACUGGAACAACAACAUUAAGCUGCAGUUUCACUGCUCAAUUAUCUGCCAUGUAUAAGCUAAAUCACAUUGUUUAUACAGCCCUAGUCACACUUCCCUUGGCUGUGAAUUCAGCAGUGAGACUGCAGAGGCAGGAACCAUAUACCAAAACCAGUUAAUUAAACCAAUAUUGUUUUUGUGCUUAGAGCAUCCUUUAAGGAGUGGGCUGCUCUCACAGUAUCUGGUCCUUCUUGGCUCAGCCUCUGUACUGAGCAGAAAGAGGAAUCAUUGAAAAUCCAAUGAUUGGCUGAAAGCAUGAGCCUAUCACUGGCCAUCGUUGCGAGUAAAGUACUGUUACUUCUAAUGGGCGUCCAGUGAUAGGCUAAGAGCAUCAGCCCAGGCUGCCUGACAGUCAUGCAGACAAGCCAACUAAGGGCAGACUAUGUAUGCAGACAGAUUAGUUUAAGCGCCUUGAGCUUUGCAACAUAUGUUCUUGCUCUACGCUUUCUGAGAAUAGUUUCCUGAUGUCCCCCAACACUCACUUGUCUACUCCUCUCGCAAAGUCAGCUUUACCUUAAAGGGACACUAUAGUCACAAAAAAAAUUUUUAGUUUAAUGAAGCCACUUUGGUGUAAAGAUCACGCCCCUGCAGUUUCACUGCUCAAUCCUCUGCCAUUUAGGAGUUAAAUACCAAAACUGCUUUAUUAACCUAAAUUUUUUUGGUGACUAUUGUGUCCCUUUAACUAUUUUAUAGUCAGCCAGUCCAUGCUAGUUUUGUUACCCUACAUCUCUCGUAAGAUCCCAUACUUAAUUCCCUUUGCACAAAGCAAGAUCAUAUGAAGAGUAGUAAAAUAAAUUAUAUUGGCAGGUUAUAAUUGCUUGGAAAUAUCUUAUUUUUUUUUUACUUCAAAGCUUGUUACAAACACCAUCCUUAAAAACUAACAAAAAUAAUUGCAUUGAAAUAACAUCAUUUGCAAUUAGGCACAACAUGUUACCAAAAGGGAUGAAAAAAAAAAAAAAGAAAUUCUACAGCCCAUAAAAGAAGCAGUCGAGAAGAAUUAAAGCUGUUGUACUGGCUGCAUGUUUGUAGUCCGAAGAAGAAAGGACCUUUUAUUCUUUUAUUCUGUGGCCUGCAAAGUGAUUUUCAAGACUGCUAUAGCCUUUAGGGAACUUUCUGCAUUUCUAUUAUUCAAGAUGUAAUUUUUCGCCCAAAAAUUAAGCAGCUUUCUUCAAGUCUUAGAAACAGAAAAAAGACCUUGUAUAUAUUCAGUUUAUUUAUAGAAAUGCCUUUAGGUCACAUUGAGAGCCUUCUGGAAACAUUCAUUAUGAUCGCAGACUAAUUAUAUAUUGCAACAAGUUAGAAAUGCCUGUAAGAUGCUUGGCUCUCAUAAAAUAGAAUUUAUGUAACAUAUUCUUAGACUUUAAAGGGGAAUUGUCACUUAAAUGACUUUAUUGAAUAAGACAUUAAAACUCAUAACUUGUAUAUUAAAGAUUUAACAAUUGACAAACCUAAGGCACACGUUGCCCUCUCUCUAUAGUAACAGAGAGGUGCAGAGGAUGGAGUUUAUAACAGUCAUUGACAAGGAAUCAAGACGGGGAGAUCUGUUCCAGAAAAUAGUAUUUUUCACUUAUCUUCAUUGCCCUGCUCAUUCCAGUAAGUCCUUCAUUCUUUUUUACUGGAAUGAGGGAACAAGGAAUUUUAACUUCAGAGAAGUAACAGUUUCACUUCAACUAUCUAUGUAGUAAGACCUAAUGAAUGUAAAUCAGUUCCUCAGUGGGCAGACAUACCAGGUUUUAGGAUAGUACUUAGCACCUUUUCAUUGGUAUAACAUUUAGAUGGUUUGCUUCCAUAUUGUCUGCCAUACAUCCUUAAAUGGACACUCCAGGCACCCAGACCACUUCUUGGAGUGGUCUGGGUGCCAACUCCCACUACCCUUAACCCUGCAACUGUAAAUAUUGCAGUUUUCAUAAACUGCAAUAUUUACAUUGCAGGGUUAACUCCUCCUCUAGUGACUGUCUACUAGACAGCCACUAGAGGGCACUUCCUGGUUAAUAGCACAGAUUUUCUGUGCUAUAGCGUCGCUGGACAUCCUCACGCUAUGUGAGGACCUCCAGCGUCGCUAAAUUCCCCACAGGAAAGCAUUGAAAGCAUCUUUCAAUGCUUUCCUAUGGGGAGGUCUUGCCGCGCAUGCGCAUUAGGUCUCCCCCGCCGCCGGCCACACAUGCGCAAUAGGUCUUCUCCACCUGAUGACGGCGGGGGAAGAGCGUGAGCGGACCCUGAACCAGCGCCUGGGGGACAUCGGCGCUGGAUAAAGGUAAGUCACUGUAGGGGUUUUCACUCCUUCUGCAACUUGGGAUGGGGGGUGGGAGGGAGAGGGGAACUGCAGUGCCAGGAAAACAGAUUGUUUUCCUGUCACUGGAGGGUCUCUUUAAUUCUAGUCAACUCAUUAAUAAUGGUGCCUGUUCCAAAAUAUAAAAUAUGAAAUUUUACUGUUUCUUCAGUAAUAGAAAGAUACUAUAAAUUCCUUAUUUGAAGAGUUUAGGAUGAGCAGGAUUCCCAUUUACAACAUAUGUAUAAGAAAAGCAAAUAAUAUGAAAACUCUGAGAACGGACAAAAGCUUAGAGAAACUCACUAUUUUGCCCUUCGAUAAAUCCCUGCUCAGGUCUCAAAAUAGCUUUUGCUCACCUGUACCCAACAGGGGAAAGGACAGUAUGGAAAAGGGUGAGGGCUCGACAACUGAAACAUUGCCUUGCAGGGAGUGGUGCUGCAGGCCAUCUAGGUUAGAGAUCCUAUUCCUUUCAUGUAUGGGACGAUUGUGCCUUGCAUGAGCUUGUCUCCAUGUACCCUGUCCACAUUCCCAUCCCCUUUUCCUUCCUUUCCCUGCACUAUUACAUGCACUUCACUACCUAACACUCCUCUAAGUCUCUCCUUUUUUCUCUCCUGUUCAGUCUCAGUUUAAUCCUCUUUGCCUUCUCUUUCCCCUAUUGGUCUUCUUGCACUGACUCACAGUGCUCUGCGGGCUGGGCAGUCCUGCUACAAAUUGUCCCACCCACCCCACUGUUGAACAUUGUUAAAUCAGGUCCAUGUCAUUGGGCCAUGGUUCCUUGCUUGUUUGCCCGGCUCUUUGGGACAUUGUUUACUUUUGGAAAUGUUUUUCUACUAUGUUAUAGAUUGUCAAAUCGGAUCUACUGCUGUUUUAUUUCUUGUUUUUCUUUAGUAUACAUCCAUGCAUACUGCACUACUUUUAAUGUUCAAUAAAGGCAGAAUGAAAAAAACAAAGUUGAUAACUGAACCAUAGCUUCCAGAAAAUGCUGUCCUUCAAAAAGCCCCGCUUUGAGAAAUGCCAUAGAUGCAAUAGAAAGUUAUUGGAGCAUCCUGACUAUCUGGGCAGUGUUAACAAUGUACAUUGAAGCUAUUUCAAAUGCAGUAACAAAGUGGGCAUCUUUUAUUAGUGUGCUUAGCCUAGAGCACCUGUUUAAGCAUGCUAUGUUCACAAUGAUUAAGAACCAUGUUGCUAAAAUUAAAGAUAUCCUAAUAUGGGUACUAAAAUGGUUUAUUUUACUUUUCGGAGGGGUGGGGGGAGGAAACUCGUUUCCUUUCCACCAGUUUUUUCCAAUCCUCUUGAGUGGUGCUUCUUUAAAAAUGGAAAUAAGAUUAUUUUGUUCUCUGAAUGUAAGCCAUAGCUAGAACAUAUAUUACUAAACCUAGCUGUGUAAGUAGGUCAACCGAUUUCUAAUUCUUUCAUAAGAAAUUCCAUAGGCUCCAUCAGAACUGUGGGACUUAUACACAAGGGCUUUUAAAAUAAUUUUCAUGAUUGUUGGAAUUGUUUUUUGUAAUGAUGAGUUAAUUUUAGCAUGCCUAAGAGAAUUUAGUGAAUUGAAUUUCAUUUCAAUGAUGUUGAUAAUUACUUUUUUAUAAUACUGCCUCUCCCUUUAUGUGGAUUUGGGUCUUGUUGUUUUAUUUAUGUUAUAGUUGUACAAUUUUCUUUAUAUUUUCUCUUUAUCUAAAGCGUCUUCAGUUUCCAUUCAUAGGGUUACAAUUUUUAUUUUUAGAUUGUAUGUUCUGAUUUGUUUUGCUUUGGUUCCCAUCUAUGUAGUGGCUGUACUUUGUUUGCUUUUUUUUUAAUCACAUUUUUAAAUUUCUGUUUUGUUUUGUGUUUUACAUGUGUUUGAAACUCUGUUUCUUCUGUAAAUGCCCUUGCCAUCUCUAACACUGGAACAGGUUCCCUAUGACACAUUAAAAGAGAGAUACUGUUAUCUAAGGCCCGAGAUAAUAACAUAUUAAAUCCAAAUGGCAAAACUGAGGUAAAAAUUGUCAAAUUAAAGAAACUAAAAACUGUGGGGGAAUAUUACCUUUGAACACUGGGAAGUAUGACGCUAGAACAAGUAUCAGAAAUUUGCAUUCUGGGCUGAGUCAACCUACUCAGUCUGGACAUGCAUUUAAGACUGUGAAAUCAAUCCUGUAUGGGCAGAAAUGCCAUGCGGUUGGCAUGUGUAGCUGUGAGAAUAUUUAAUUGUGCACUUGUGCUGAAAUUUGGACAUUUCCUGUUGUCUCCAAAAUACCAAAUAAAAAACUAGGAGGACAGAGGUCCCAAACUGCGACUGUUCUUUUAGAUCUGGGGACCCUCUUGACACUGAAAAAUAGAACUCCAUCUGUAUUUCCAAAAACCACUCUAGUUAGCAGGUGGCAAAACACGGCACACAAGGCAUGUGACAUAUAUGAAUAUUGCUUAAUAGACAAUAUACGACUUCUCUCUUAAUACCUAAAAUAUAAGAUUACAGUAAUGAUAAAGUUACACUGGCAUAGUAAAUGUUUUUCUGUCUCUGUUAAGUAAGGCUUUUUAUGGCAGGGUUAUGCUCUUCUCAUUAUUAUCUGCUCUUCUUAUUAUUAUCUUAUUAUAUCCAGUUAAGGUUUGUGUUUUAUGUCUUCAAAUGGUGAGAAUGUAGUAACUUGUAACACUGGCAUUAACUCUUUUGUUUAUUUGUAUCAUAGUAUAUGCUUUUUAUGUUGUGUAAAUCUGUCAGAAUCCUGUAUUUCUCCUAAAUUCUGCUACAUCCCUUCUUAGAUCUGACAUUAUGCAAGCGAGUAAUAAUUACCAUUACCACUCAACAAUGCAAGAGUUAAUUAUGUGGUGCCUGGUCAGCACUUGCAAGCCUGCCGCCGCAUUGAAAAAAUAAAUAAAAAGCCUAUGGGGUCUAUAACACCCUCAUAUAACUAAAAGGGGAGAGUUGAAACCUCAUUUUUCUCCUAGGUGCCAUGCAGCAUGUGGUGGCAUGUCUAGAAAAGGCAUCAUGCCAUCCCUUUUCCUGCAUCCACUGGUGGACUUCAGCUGUGAGACUUUAAAACAAGUGGCAGCAAGGGGCUUAGAGCAUACUCUAAUACAAAUAAGUGAUAUACCAUUGCUACAAACUUUUCUGGAUAUUAUCGGGAAAAAAAACUAAAGUUAUUCCUAUAAUUUCCAGAAAACCCACAAUAUCCCAUAAUAUCAGCUAACUCCUCCAAAGGUAUUGAUGAUUUGCUGCGCUUGACUCCGCAAACGUGGCCUGCCAAGAUUGCGCCCAGAUGGGAGCUCUCAGACUACACAUAUGGUGAGAGUGAUCACAAUGGCUCAGUAGAAAUAUCUAUAGAAACAAGCAAGUCUCAAAACAGCACCGGAGAAUUUACCAGCAAGUAAAGCUGAUAUCCAAAACCUCCGCAAAUCUCUUUUUGUAGCUAAUAUUGCUGUUGUCUGAAAGGACGUGGAAGUUAUGACCAGUCAGCUGCAGACAAUGUAAGAUGACAGUGAUAUUGCAAUUCCAGAAUGGCUACUUAGCUAGUAUUUCCCAACCCACCGGCCUAUCCCCAUUAAAAAUAAAUGCCCCUACCUACUUCCACCCUCGCACUCAUAAUAGUGAGGGGGGGGCAAUAAAACUUAAUACCUGUACAUAAUUAUACUUGUCAUCAGAAGUAUACUCUCUUCUUUUCUUCAGCAGCAAAAAAAGGCCAAAUAAAAAUUCAUAAAUCCCAUCACAUCUAAUGAAAAUAAUUAAAAAAAAAACAAUUUGCAAAAUAAAAAAAUAAAAAAAGGCAACCUAAAUUAAUCUAUCUUCACCCUGCGUGUGUUUGCCAUACACUGAGCUCUCAUAGCCCUAAAGGUAGACUUAACCCUGCAAUGCUUUAUAUUGCAGGGUUAAAAGGACAGGAACGCUGCACCCAGAUCACAUCAUUGAGAUAAAAUGCUCUGGGUGGGAGCGGAGCCUGACCUUCACACUGAUAAGACGUGUCCUGUAUGAGCUCCUGUUCUCCGCGCUGUUUUUCUGAUGAUAACCCAGGCUACCGGGCUGUAAUCGAUACCACAGGGUGCUAUCCAAUCUGGGAUAAGACACCCUGUGACAGAACAGUGUGGCCUGCAUGUCGCAGAGUUGGGCUGAUUUACCCACUCUUACUUCAGCCAUACAGCUCCAUUAUUCACUCCCCCCGGGGGAUAUACCAGUCCCUGCUGAAGCUGACCAAGCUGACUUGCCUGCACUCAACUCCUUAUCCAAGCUACACUCCAGCCACGCUUCAACCUCUCUGCAUUUACAAGAUGGCGGAUCAUCCCCGCUCAGUCCUGCAGGAGCUGGGCAUGUCCCGGCAGCCCCAUCAUGGAUCUCUAGACCACAUGUUGCAACACCUUGAUAAAAUAUUUAGGGACUUCUGGCAGAAGCUAAUGGAGCGUCAGAGAGUCUAUGGCCAAGCUGCAAGCACACUGACGAUGCACCAUGAGCUGCCAAAGAGUAGACCCCUCGGGACAAAAUGAGACAGCGAGCACACAACUGUCCUACUGUCUACCCUCCAAGGCCGAGAGCCUCAUGAGGCUUAGCCCCAGCACAUCGACCACGAGGUGGGCUUUCCUCCGGCACUGCCCAACCACAUAUGAUCGCCUUCUGCCAUAAUCACCCAACUAGGCUGAAGACCACCAGGGGUAAACCACCACUGCAUCGAUCACGCCGGCAGUGGAGUGAAUGCAAACAGCGGCAAAAGACCACUUAGCUUCUCAGCUAUAUCCCACUUGGGAAGGACUUGGACACUGGGGGUUUACAAGUCCGUGGCUCACUGAUGCAGGCCUGGGGAUGGUGGGAUGCCUGUCCCCCUCAACAUCUCUUUGCUCAGGAUGCUGUGGGGGGGAGUUGUGACUCUCCAUCUGCAGGCAUUGGCUGAGGGGCAUAAUGGCAUUAAUGGCAGUUAGGCUGAUAUAGUUACAUAGCUGAAAAGAGACUUGCGUCCAUCAAGUCCAGCCUUCCUCGCAUUUGUUUUUUGCUGUUGAUACAAAAGAAGGCAAAAAAACCCAGUUUGAAGCACAAUUUUGCAACAAGCUAGGAAAAAAAUACCUUCUUGACCCCAGAAUGGAAGUCAGAUUUAUCCUUGGAUCAAGCAGCUAUUACCCUACAUUGAAAGAUUAUAUCCUUGAAUAUUCUGUUUUUGCAAGUAUGCAUCUAGUUGCCGUUUAAACAUCUGUAUGGACUCUGAUAAAACUGCUUCUUCAGGCAGAGAAUUCCAUAUCCUUAUUGUUCUUACAGUAAAAAAACAUUUCCUUUGCCGUAGACGCCUCAAAGUGUAGUUGACCUGACAAGUUUACGUUGUUUGACUUCAAUACUUUGUCUUAAUUGCUUUAAUCUUGCCUAUCAACCUAGCGGUAUUUACAUAUUUUAGCCUGCUUUUAUUUUAAUCUGUGUUCAGCGUGUUUCUACAUUUGUUUAUUUCACACAAAAAAAUUAGGCUGUUUGCUCAGGAGUAUAUAUAUCUUCUGCAUUUCUGUAUAUUUGCAUAAUACAUCUCUCUUUAUUCUGCAUUGCAUAACACAAUGCCUCAGUAAAAUAAAGGUUGACAAAAAAAUGGUCUGGGUCACUAUAGUGUCCCUUUAAGUAUUCUUCCACUAGCUCCAGUGAGUAAAGCCCUGCCAUGCCAUGGGAUUGUAAACUGAAACAAUUUUACUGCGGAAAGCGUAAACAGUUUGACUCCAUACUGUGGGAUAAUGCUAGGGUACUCCUGGUACCAUAACUACUACAACACGUUGCAGUGCUAAUGGUGCCCUGAGUGUUCCUUUAACCAAUUGCCAUACUUUCCAACAGUUGGGAUGGAGUGAGCGAGUCCACAGGUCUGUGCCAGUAAGACACAUUAAUGUUAAAGCACUCUCUGCAUGGUCCUAGUGUCCCCAGUACAGUGCAAGGACAUCUAAUGAUGCACUCACUGUGUGCUGCCUGAGGACAAUUCCCUGUUAAUUUCAGAGAACAAAAUUGAGAUGGAGCCCUGAUUUACAUUUUAGACAAAUGCUGCUGAGUUGGAUCUUGAAUAGCUAUUUAUAUUAGUUCUCAGAUAGCAUGUGACAGGCAUUAUGAAAAAGAGGGUGUAGAGACUGCAAGCUACAAAACAUAAUCCAGUGCAAUGUGACAAGAUAAAUUUACAGUGGGCAACAUUAACUAAAGGUUCAAUAAACAUCAGCCAAUUUAUGCAAUCUCAUUUAACAGCAGGUUGAAUAGUCUGCAGAGUUGGGUCCAGUUUAAAAGCUUCAAAAUUACAUUAAAUGGCAUAUUCAUCAACUGAGCUUGGCAAGGAAUGAUUACAAAUUUGCAGUUAAAUACAACUUGGUAGACACAUUAUCAUUAGAACUUGCUGAUAUUCAGGACAAUGACAUUGAUAAACUCAUUGUGAAUUCCACAUUUAAAAGAGAUGUAGCAGCUAUACAGUUGCAAGAAAAAGUAUGUGAACCCUUUGUAAUGAUAUGGAUUUCUGCACAAAUUGGUCAUAAAAUGUGAUCUGAUCAUCAUCUAAGUAACAACAAUAGACAAUCACAGUCUGCUUAAACUAAUAACACACAAAGAAUGAAAUGAUGCCAUGUUUUUAUUGAACACACCAUGUAAACAUUCACAGUGCAGGUGGAAAAAGUAUGUGAACCCCUAGACUAACGACAUCUCCAAGAGCUAAUUGGAGUGAGAUGUCAGCCAACUGCAGUCCAAUCAAUUAGAUGAAAUUGGAGGUGUUGGUUACAGCUGCCCUGCUCUAUAAAAAACACACGCCAGUUCUGGGUUUGCUUUUCACAAGAAGCAUUGCCUGAUGUGAAUGAUGCCUCGCACAAAAGAGCUCUCAGAAGACCUACGAUUAAGAAUUGUUGACUUGCAUAAAGCUGGAAAGGGUUAUAAAAGUAUCUCCAAAAGCCUUGCUGUUCAUCAGUCCACAGUAAGACAAAUUGUCUAUAAAUGGAGAAAGUUCAGCACUGCUGCUACUCUCCCUAGGAGUGGCCGUCCUGUAAAGAUGACUGCAAGAGCACAGCGCAGACUGCUCAAUGAGGUGAAGAAGAAUCCUAGAGUGUCAGCUAAAGACUUACAAAAGUCACUGGCAAAUACUAACAUCCCUGUUAGCGAAUCUACAAUACUUAAAACACUAAACAAGAAUGGAUUUCAUGUGAGGAUACCACAGAGGAAGCCACUGCUGCCCAAACAAAACAUUGCUGCACGUUUACAGUUUGCACAAGAGCACCUGGAUGUUCCACAGCAGUACUGGCAAAAUAUUCUGUGGACAGAUGAAACCAAAGUUGAGUUGUUUGGAAGAAACACACAACACUAUGUGUGGCAAAAAAAAGGCACAGCACACCAACAUCAAAACCUCAUCCCAACUGUGAAGUAUGGUGGUGGGGGCAUCAUGGUUUGGGGCUGCUUUGCUGCGUCAGGGCCUGGACGGAUUGCUAUCAUCGAAGGAAAAAUUAAUUCCCAAGUUUAUCAAGACAUUUUGCAGGAGAACUUAAGGCCAUCUGUCUACCAGCUGAAGCUCAACAGAAGAUGGGUGUUGCAACAGGACAAUGACCCAAAGCAUAGAAGUAAAUUAACAACAGAAUGGCUUAAACAGAAGAAAAUAUGCCUUCUGAAGUGGCCCAGUCAGAGUCCUGACCUCAACCCGAUUGAGAUGCUGUGGCAUGACCUCAAGAAAGCGAUUCACACCAGACAUCCCAAGAAUAUUGCUGAACUGAAACAGUUCUGUAAAGAGGAAUGGUCAAGAAUUACUCCUGACCGUUGUGCACGUCUGAUCUGCAACUACAGGAAAGGUUUGGUUGAAGUUGUUGCUGCCAAAGGAGGUUCAACCAGUUAUUAAAUCCAAGGGUUCACAUACUUUUUCCACCUGCACUUUGAAUGUUUACAUGGUGUGUUCAAUAAAAACAUGGCAACAUUUCAUUCUUGGUGUGUUAUUAGUUUAAACAGACUGUUGUGACUUAGAUGAUGAUCAGAUCACAUUUUAUGACCAAUUUGUGCAGAAAUCCAUAUCAUUCCAAAGGGUUCACAUACUUUUUCUUGCAACUGUAUGUCCACUACAGACUUCACUCCCACUGAAUAAAAUUUAACAAAGGCAUUCGCUGCCCUGACAUGUAUACAUAGGGGAUGAUUUGUCAAAGUAUUCUGUCCUAAAAGUGAUAUAAAGUGACAGAAAGCAUACAUCCCAACUCUGACAUCCCAGUGGUUGGGGAUAAAUGGGGCGGGUCAGUUGCCCAAAGGUGGUGACAUGCCUUCCAAGGGGCCAGAUCAUGCAGUCAGGGCCGGAUUUACAUAGGGGCUGAUGGAGCUGCAGCUCCAGGCCCAUGCCCAUGAAAUAGGCUCAUUGAUUUAAAAAAAAUAAAUUACACAAUACUCUUAGGGUUUGUUCCUGGCUGGUAUUUUACUGGCACAGCAAGGAUUUGAGGCUGCCUGGCCGGUGCCGAUAUUGCAGUCAUACUGGCAAUACAAAUGCUGGUAUUUUUGAUGCAGCGCUGUGUGUGUAGUGAGAGGCAGGGAUAGGAAGUUCCAGAAUAUCCCUCCCUGCCUAGCUCUACUCACUGAUCCACAGGGGAGCAGCUACAGAGAGUCCAGACAGCAACUCCCAGCCUGCAGAGACAGCCUACAGCUCAGGGAAGUGAGGGAUGGCGGGGCGCUGAAGGAGACAUGGGGGCACUGGGAGAUAUGGGGACACUGAGACACUAAGGGACACUGGGAGACAUUAUGACACAGACACUUGAGGACACUGGUAGAUAUGGGGACACUGAGACAUUAAGGGACUUUGGAAGACAUGACACAAACACUUGGGGACACUGAGACACUUGUGGACACUGGGAGACAUGGGGACACUGAGACACUAGGGACACAGUGUCCUCGUGUCUCCCAGUGUCCCCAUGUCUCCCUGCCAGUGUCCCUAGUGUCUCAGAGUACUUGCUGUCUGUGUCCCCAUGUCUUUAAGUUUCCCCUAGUUUCCCAGUGUCCUCCAGUCUCCCAGUGUCCCCAUGUGUCCCAGCCAGCUAGUGUCCCAGUGUCCCCAUGUCUCCCAGUGUCCCUGGUGUCUAAGUGUUCCCAUGUCUCCCAGUGUCCCCAAGUGUCUGUCUCCUCACAUCUCCCAGUGUCCCUAGUGUCUCAGUGUCCCUAGUGUCUGUGUCCCCGUGUCCCCAUGUCUCCCAGUGCCCCAAGUGUCUCAAUGUCCCCAUGUCUCCCAGCCAGUGUCUGUGUCCCUGGUGUCUAACUGUCCCCAUGUCUUCAAAUGUCCCCUAUUUUCCCAGUGUCCCCUAGUCUCCCAGUGUCCCAUGUGUCUCAGCCAGUGUCCCCUAGACUCCCAGUGUCCCCUAGUCUCCUAGUUUUCCUGGUGAUUCAUUGUCCCCAAGGGUCUCAGUGUCCCCAAGUGUCUCAGUGUCUUCAUGUCUCCCAGUGUCCAUAGUGUCUCAGUGUCCCUGUGUGUCUGUGUCCCCAUGUCUCCCAGUGUCCCCAUGUCUCCCAGUGCCCCAAGUGUCUCAAUGCCCCCAUGUCUCCCAGCCAGUGUCCCUAGUGUCUCAGUGUCCCUGGUGUCUCAGUGUCCCCAUGUCUUCAAGUGUUCCCAGUGCCCCCUAGUCUCCCAGGGUCCCUAUGUGUCCCAGCCAGUGUCCUCUAGUCUCCCAGUGUCCCCUAGUCUCCUAGUGUCCCUGGUGUCUCAGUGCCCAAGUGCCUCAGUGUCCCUAGUGUCUGUGUCCUCAUGUCUCCCGGUGCCCCAAGUGUCUCAAUGUCCCCAUUUCUCUCAGUGUCCACAUGUCUCCCAAUGUCCCCUGUCUCAGUGUCCCCAUGCCUCACAGUGUCCCCAUGUCUCUGUGUUCCUAGUGACAUAGGGACCCUGGGAGACAUGGGGACACAGACACUAGGGGACACUGGAAGACAUAGGGACAUAGACACUAAUAGACACUGAGAGACAUGGGAAUACAGGGGGACACAGGGAGACAUGGGGACACUGGGUGACAUGGAGACACAAGAGGGCACAGGGAGACAUGGGGCAUUGAGACACUGUGAUACAUAAGGACAUGGGGACACUGGGAGAGUAGGGGACACUGGGAGACAUGGGGCACAGACACUGUGAUACAUAGGGAGCUGUGAGACCUGGGGUAAUCGACACAUGGGGACACUGAGUCAUGAGGGCACUCGGAGACUAGGGGACACUGAGACACUGGGCGACAUGGGGGGAACUGGGAGACAUGGGGACACUGAUACAUAGGGACAUUGAGACAGUGGGAGACUUGAGACACUGGGGUCAGGGAGACACUGGGAGCAAUCCAUCUAUACAGCAGAAUCAAACUGUAAGUAGUUUUUUUUGGGUGAUUUUACAGCAUUUUCUCAUGUCACUCCUUGUGAUUUACUUCAUGUGAUGUCACCCACACACAAUUAAUUAUGCAAAUUAGUAAGGCCAGUAUGUUUUUCCAAGAAAGGUGGCAACCCUAACUACUUUUCACAUAAUCUUGCUUAAGUAUGGAAACUUAAGAGUGAUGUAUGGGAACAAAACUUGUGUGGACUGGCUGACAAUGGAAAUAGUUAGGGUGAUGCUGACUUUGGUCUAACACUGUGGCAUGUUCCCUUUCUUCUACACUCACUACAUACAGCUUUUCUCCGUCCCAGACUAUAUACUAGGAGUUCUUCCUGCUAGUAAGAAGGUAAGGAGACAAGUGGACCAACGAGUGCUAGGGGACAGACCUUAGAAAGCGUUGAGCAAGCGCAUCAUUAGACACACAGCGCUCCCUCCUGCCAGGCACUCUGUGUAGCGUGGCCGAGCGGAGCAGCGCGCACCGCGGUACAUGAACUUCAGUUUCCUUUACCCGGCCGGACUGAAAGUAAGUGCUCACUGAGAGAGCACUUCCUGUCAGUCCAGCCGGGUACAGGAAACUGAAGUUCCUGUACCGCGAUCUUCUCCGCUCAGCCAUGCUACACUAAGAACACUAUGGGUGGAAGAACACUAUGGGACAGGAGAGGGGGUGGGUGGUAAGGAACACUAUGGGACACAGGAGUGGGUGGAAAGAACACUAUGGGACACAGGAGUGGGUGGAAAGAACAGGGGAGGGGAGUGGGUGGUAAGGAACACUAUGGGAUGGGGGAAGAACACUAUGGGAUGGGGGAGAGCACUAUGGGACGGGGGGGGAAGAACACUAUAGGACAGUGGAGGGGGAAAAAGAACACUAUGGGACAGGGGAGGGUGUUGUUAAGGAACACUAUGGGACAGGGGAGGGGGAAUGUUAAGGAACAUUAUGUGACAGGGGAGGGGAGGUGGAAGAAUACUAUGGGACAGGUGAGGGGGUGGAAGAACACUAUAGGACAGGGGAGGGAGUAAAAGAACUCUAUGGGACAGGGGAGGGGAGAAAGAACACUAUGGGACAGGGGAAGGGUGGGGAGAACAUUAUGGGAAAGGGGAGGGGGGAUGAACACUAUGGGACAGGAGAGGGGGUGGGUGGUAAGGAACACUAUGGGACACAGGAGUGGGUGGAAAGAACACUAUGGGACACAGGAGUGGGUGGAAAGAACAGGGGAGGGGAGUGGGUGGUAGGAACACUAUGGGAUGGGGAAGAACACUAUGGGAUGGGAGGAGCACUAUGGGAUGGGGGAAGAAACACUAUAGGACAGUGGAGGGGAAAAAGAACACUAUGGGACAGGGGAGGGUGUUGUUAAGGAACACUAUGGGACAGGGGAGGGGGAAUGUUAAGGAACAUUAUGUGACAGGGGAGGGGAGGUGGAAGAAUACUAUGGGACAGGUGAGGGGGUGGAAGAACACUAUAGGACAGGGGAGGGAGUAAAAGAACUCUAUGGGACAGGGGAGGGGAGAAAGAACACUAUGGGACAGGGGAAGGGUGGGGAGAACAUUAUGGGAAAGGGGAGGGGGGAUGAACACUAUGGGACAGGGGAUAGGGGGAAAGAACAUCAUAGGAUGGGGAAUAACACUAUGGGACGGGGGAAAGGAAUACUAUGGGACAGGGGCAAAAGAGGGAGGGGGAAAGAGCACUAUGGUAUGGGGCAAAGAACACUAUGGGGGAAAAAACACUAAAAAAGAGGGAGGGGAGAGGAACACGGGGGGAGAAAGAGGAACAUUAAGGGGGGCGAAGAGAAAAGGAACACUGGGUUAGGGGGCGACCACUAAAAGAGAAGGAAGAGGAACAUUAAGGGUAAUGGGGGUGACUAAGAGACAGGUUAGGGGGGAGAGGAACUCUAAUGGACAUGGAGGGGAGGAGAGAGGAACACGGGGGGGCCUGAGUGAGGAGAAAGACACACAAAGGGACAUGAGGAGGGAGAAAGACACACAGAUGGGCCUGGGGGUGAAAAAGCUCACAGAGAGGCUGGGGAUGAAAGCGCCACACAGAACGGCCUGAGCGUAGAAAUACAAAGGGGCUGGAGAAGAGGAAAAAGAGACACAGACAAGAGAAACACACAAAGGAGCUGGUAAGAGUAAAAGACACAAAGGGGCUGGGAGAGAAGUAGACACACAGAGGGUAUGGGGUGGAGUAAGACACACAAAGGGGGGUUGUAAGAGAUACACAAGGGAGGUGUAAGACACACAAUGGGGAAAAUAUGGGAUAAGAUAAACUAAAGGGGGUAAGACAUUUACAGGGUUCAAGAAACAAAAGGUGGGUGAAGGGGCACACAGAUGAAGAUGCUUUUGGUUGGGUGGGUAGAGGGUGUGGGGAGCGCCAAAAUCAUCUUCGCCUGUGUGCCCUAAAAAUCCUUGCACCAGCCCUGGUUGAAAGUAAGGCAAUAACCAUGAAAAGCAGUGGAACAAGCAGGCGCAUUCCAUUGUUGACUCCUCCCUGUUUAAGUUUUUGUACCACCUUUUAGAACAGAACACUUUGACUAAAAACAAAAAAACAAACAUGGUCUCACUGCACUUAGCAGUUAAUCGACAAGCUUAUUGAUGUGUAUUGAUAAAUCACAACUCCUGUUACUACUGGGCAGAUACUUGAGAGCAUCAUAUAUAGCAAAAGACAAAAAAACACAGAAGAAAGGUGUGGAGCAACCAUUGUAGAAAGCAGACUUGCUUUACACGAGCUCUGACUUCUCUACUUCACUUUGUACUUGGGCGAUAUUUCACACCGAAGUUAUCCAUAAUUGAGACCCUGGUCAAUAUUAUUUGUCAUGGGGAGGAAAUAAAAGAAGCUUCCCUGGAGCUAGUGCUCAUGAUAUUUUAAAAUCUGAAUAUGUGCUCACCAAUCGAUUGUUAAAAAAUUGUAAAGUGUGUUCAAUGGAUAUGAGCGCUUUAUAAGUACUGUUUAAUCCAUUCAUUAAUUCAUGUUUCACCCCCACCAUCCCAUGUGCUAAACUUAGUUUUUUUAUUUAAUAUUUUUCACUUUAUGCCAUAUGAUUUUAUGUUACCCCAUCACCCCAUAUGACAUAUUUCACCACGUUAUCUCAUAUGUCAUCGUAUUUCAUAUAUCAUUUCUUCAUCCCUUUUAAACACCUGCUAGUGGUGGAGUCAGUUACAAUGAAAAGGUGCAUGAGCUUAUCUCUAAGUAGCCCUAUAAGGGAUGGCAUCUGGUUACUGAGCACCAAAAUUACAAUGUCUCUGUUCCAUCCACAAACCAAGUAAAUGGCAACUUCAAAAACAAGAAAAGAUUGAAGGGCAAUUUGUGGGAGGAAGGGUAUCAGCAAAAACCAUUGAAUUGUUGUAGCACGAACUUCAAACCUGCGGGAGAUAAAAUCAAUAUGUGAUUUUGUUCAUAAAUACAUUAUUCUAUAGCUAAAAGCCUGUUUAAAACAUUCAUACACUACCAAAAACAGUGUAUCCAAUUUUGAGAAGCAUGCUCUAUACACUAAAACUGCUUUUGUUUAGGAGACUAGUGUUCCUUUAAAUAAAAAAGGUAGAUAAGAAUUGUGUGUAACAAAAGAUGGUUAAAAGAGCUGAAAUGAAAACAAAUCUCCAAGUUUUCAUUUCUGCAGUUGUGCCCUAAAAAUUUAAAUAUAUUAUGAAAUAAUUCAGAAUCUCUCACACAUCGCUUUGCAAAUAAUCCACCUUUGCAUAUUGAACUGAUUUUCUUAAACUGAUAAAUUUCGAACAGUAUAUAUGGAUUAUUGAAUAUAUUGAUUGAAUCCAGUUAAUUCUAUUAAAUUGCACUCUCUCUUUUAUUCUCAAGUCCACAGGCGCCCAAGUUCAAGUAGCAGGAGAUAUGCUGCCAAAUUCCACAGAGCGGGCUGUAACUAUAUCAGGGACCCCUGAUGCUAUCAUUCAGUGUGUUAAACAGAUCUGUGUGGUUAUGCUAGAGGUAAGCCUUCAUCCAUUUUUAAAGAUGCAAAAUAUUAUUUUGAGAUUGCUUUGAUUAACAAGAAAAUAACAAAAGUCAGCAACAGGUGAUAAUUAUCAAAACACAACCCUUUUCAAGAGAUUUUCAGGAAUAUUGCCAUUAAAUAUGAGAUUAUAUGGAAACUGGAUGUUGAAGGCAAGCAUCAAAGGCACUACAAUCCACUGUAGUAGUAAUAAGGUGACAUACCUACCAGAAUUUCAAAUGGACUAAGAGUUACAAUUUAAUUUCAGAAGUGUGAGAUGUGUAAUUUAGAACCAUAACAAUGUAUGUUAUUUACACAGACUAAGUACAUUUAUUUUAGUUUAUAGAUACAUUACUGUGAGUAUUACUGCUAUGGAGCUCUGUUAUACAUUUAGACACAUUGACAAUAUGAAGUCCCUAAAAAAGAGGGGCAUUAGGCUAGAAAAGAGGGACACAGAGGGAAUUGGGCCAAAAAUAGGGACAGAGAAAAGAUUAGAGAAACACAAUAGCUUGCCCUUCAAUUAAUCCCAGCUAAGGUCUCAAAAUAGUUUUUGCUCACUUGUAAUAUUACAACCAUUUGCAUAUGGCCUCAGGACAGUACCCGGCGCUGGGUUCAGGUAAGUAAAUAAAGGGUUUUUAACCCUUUAUUGACUGGGGAGGGGGGCACGCGAGGGAGGCAGGGGGAGGAAUAGUGCAAGGAAUACAGCUUUGUAUGCCUGGCCCUAUAGUAUCCCUUUAAAAAAGGUCUGUUCUAAGGUUAACCAAGGUCAAUUCGAGUGCAAAAUGUAUUUGUCUGAGCUGCAUUAACUGCUGUACAGUAGGAUUGUAUAUUGGGUACUCCCAAUCCCAAAAACGUACGGAUCUCUGCAGUAUGGACAGCUUAGUCCUAUACAUCUUCCCUGCCAAAAUAAAUCUGUUGAUGUCCUUUUGAAUUGAAACAAAAUAUGUGUUAAUGAUAUUAUCAGGGAUCAUGCGUAAAAUAUAUAACAAUUUGGGUAACACAGACAUCUUAAGAGCCAGGACAAUUGAAAUUUACUCCACCGGUUAGGUUCCUUUCUCAAUUCCAUCCAUUUAUUCUGAAAAUUAUACUUAAAGAGAUAUUUUGGAUUUUUUGUAAGAGACAUACUCUAAAACUAUAUUGCUUGUCCUACAGUCACAUAAUUAUUGGUUACAUAAAGCCAAUAAACACUCUGAAAUAUGGAGGGCUUGUGUUUUGGUAUAUUUAACUUAUAGAAGAAGCCAAGUCUACAUCCUAAAAAGUGUGAUAUAUCUAUUUCUACCACACUGGGGCAAAUUUACAUUAAUUCCUACUCGCUAUCUACAAAUCUUGCAGGACAGCAUUCAGCCCUGUCCCCAGUCUGAUUUUCCUAUAAUCAUUCAGCAAUUAUCUAUAAUCUGAGCAUCAAUAGCAUUUGAUGUUUAUAACUAAAGAGUCCACACAUCAAACAUUCCCUAAAUUGAUUAACAGCAAUUACCUCCUUCCAUGUCCAUAAGCCAUGUUUGUAAUUCCCCAAAGUUGUGUAUUGCUGGUAUCAUAAAACAACAGAAUGAAAUAUUUAUUCGAAAUUCUAUAUUAGAUUGUUUAUUUAUGAGAAAGAAAUCUUCAUGUUAAUACAUUUUAUUCCAUGUCACCUUUCUUAAAAACAUCCUUUUGCUACUUAACUGAUUUAUAUUGUGAAUAUGCUUGACUUCCUAUUCCAUGAACCCUUUUUGGGAAUAGGAAUUGGGAAAAAAUCAGAGGUGAGUAACUUUAUUCAUUUGGCAUUUUCUUCUCCAUAUUGUUCCUAGCCUGGCUUGUCUUUAUAAAAAUAACUGAAGAAGGUAUAUUGAAACAGUUUAUUUUAUAUAACUGACCAAAUAUUGCUUGUUUUGUGUUUGUCCCCUUGUAGUCGCCGCCGAAAGGUGCCACUAUCCCUUAUCGCCCAAAGCCUGCCUCUGGACCUAUUAUUUUUGCUGGAGGCCAGGUAAGAGCGGACACCAUUUUGGCCUCAGCUGGAAAUCACACCGUCCUGGCCCAACCUCAGCCAGCACCUGUUAGUUUACUUUCUUUUUCCUGGUAUAGUAUAUGAGUACAUGUUGUUUCAGAAACAUUGCUUGCCAAAAGUAGAUAUACAGUCCACCCAUAUCUCUUUUGGUUUAUCAAGAAUCUUCACAAUCGCAACUGUGAUAAUGAAGGCUUCAUCCCAAGUGGUUGUGAAUUUCUCAUUAUUGUGUAUGUUGCCUGUCCACCUUUUUAUAAAUCACUAGUAACUUAUAUCUCUAAGUAGUUUCAUCACCUUCAUCACCUUGUCUGCCAGAAAUGUCAUUGUCGAGGAUACUGCUAUCUUCACUUUAAUAUCAUUAUUUCAGGUGUGAAUAUAUGAAAACUGAAUCCUAGUACAGAAAAGAAAAUACAAGUGGUGGGAAUUGACAUGGAAAUUGCAAUGUUUAAGCUAAAUAAAGCCAAACUGGAAACGUUCUUAAACUCAACCAUUUUUCUAAUUCUGCAAUUUCUGGUGUUGCUGAGCUAAGCCAACCCCUAGUUUCACCUAAAUUGGACCACACUUGGAGAGCAACUGGAGAUAUAGGGAAAGUAGUGGGAAAGUGAUUGAAUUGAAAAAAAAAAAGCAGCAGUUGUUUAACAUGUGUAUCCUGGAUCUGACUUGAGAUUAAAGAAUCCUUAAAGGCAAUGUCUGGGUUGCAAAAUGUACAAAUGUUUGUAUUAUUUUGAACAAUAUAGUUGGGGAAAAAAUAUUAUUUUAUUAGUUAUUAAAAGUCAUUUUCUAACUUCUUACAAUCAUAUAUUUUCUUUGCAUUCUGCAGCUAAGCCGUACCAUCCCAUUUUGCCCAGCAUAAACGUCCAUGUCAAAUGCUUUGGAUAGAGGAGUGUGAACACAGAGAGCAUAGUAUAACAUUAUUGACAAUUACUCAAAUAGCAGUUUAGUGAAUAUACCCCAAACAAAAUAUACAUGAAAACAGAUAUUAGUUUAAAUUUUUUUAUAUAUAUAUAUUUAUAUUAAAUACAAGCUAUUUUACAAAUAAUAUAGAAAAAUAAUAAAUUACUUUAGCUUUGUUGUAUUAAAGUUCUUUUAUUAGACGUAUGGUCUGCAGCCUUUUUUUCUGAGUUAUUUAUCUCACACAGUAGGCUGCUGAUGGGCAAAGACAACGUUUUGUUUUGGUUUUUUUCCCUAGAAAUUAGCAGUCAAUUAACAGAUAUAUGAAUGUUUUGUAGCUCUAUGAAGUGAAACAUAAAAUAGAAUCCAAAUGAUAUUUGUUUAUUUAUUUAGAAAGUGUAAAUAGAGGCUAUAUAACUUUUAUCCAGGGAAGUUGUGGCCAGAGAUACAGGGAUAAUAGACAGAGACUUGGUCAGUGAGACUCCUGGGGUCAGAUUUAUGCACCAAACCACUUUAUUCAGCUUAAGUGAUUUUAGUGCUUAGACUGUCUCUUUAACCUUAUCAUAACUGCUAACGUAAAAAAAAAAAUAAUCAUGUACUAUAAAAGACAUCUAAAGCUAAAUUGCAUAUACUAAUUACACUCCAUACCUCACUAUAUAUGUACUGUAUGUAUUUUGGUUAUUAUGACAGUAGGGUUCAUGAUGUAUGAAAAAGCAGACUGGAUGGCAGAAUCAUGCCCAGGUUGAUUCUCUAGCAAUUCUCUUAUAAACUACAUCAUUCUUCUGCACUCUUUACAAUAGAUCAUUACUAUAGCAGUAAAUCUGCCUGCGUGAAAAUGCUAAAUGAAGCUCAAGUGUAACUUUUAUUUACUUGUCUUUUUCCAGGCAUUUGCAAUUCAAGGGCAGUAUGCCAUUCCACAUCCCGACGUGAGUCCAGCGCAUGCCAAUUAUACCUGACUUACAACAUCUAUUUGUUCUGGCCAGUGUUUACUUUCUACAAUAAAUCUCUUGAAUGGUCCGUAUGGACAUUUGCACACAGCCUGAAUGUUGGCUUGAAUUUACUGCAUUUAUAGAAAGCACAAUGGCUCAGACACAAAUAUAUCUGUACCUCUGUCGUUUUCCUGAUUUAAUUAUAUGUUUUGCAUGGAUUUUUAGUUUUUCCUUUGUAGUAUGUUUUUUGUAUGUUAUAUUAACAGUAGCCAUUACAUUAAAUAACAAUAAAUAUGUAAUUUUUCUAUUUGUUAAAAUGUCUGUACAGUAGUUUACAAAGAAUGAUUGAUCCUUUUUUUUCUCUUAAUUUGAAUAAUCCAGUUUUUUGUUUUGUUUUUGAAUGAUAGAUGAUUUUCUGUACUCUGAAAUAAUUACAUUUGAUUGGUUAGUUCUAAUUUCCCAUCCUGCCCUGCAGUUGACCAAGCUUCACCAGUUGGCUAUGCAGCAUUCCCCUUUUACUCCCCUUGGGCAGACCACCCCUGGUUUCCCUGGUACGUACCCAUGACCCCCUGAGAAUGCCCUUUUCUUAACACCUUUGUUUUCCCAUGGUCAUUACAUCAUUUCUUUUACUAAAUGCAGUCAAUGACCUGUUCCUCUUUUGUUCUUACAAAAUGCACCUUGUUUCAUUUAUCUGUGCCUUGUUUACCAUUGGCCCUCUCUGUCUAAUCCACUUUGCUUUGAUUUGUACCAUUAAUAUAAGCUACGUGUAUUUUUAUUUGUACCAUCUAUUAGAGGAAUUAUGUAAUAAAGGCAUGUACCAGUGUACACCAUUCAAUUGCUCCACGUCUUUUUGCCUAUUUAACCUCUUAAGGACACAUGAUAGAAAUUGUCCGUCAUGCUGGCCUUUUACUUCUGAAGCUGUGUCCUUAAAGGGUUAAAAUGUGCUGUGAACUAAGAGCAAGUAUGCAUAUUAUUCUCUGAGUACUCUAGAACCCAGCAGUGUAUCUUAAUUAAACAAAUACAUGUAUUUUAUAUCCUGGAGACAUUUUACAUUUGGUACAUGCUUAAGAAAAAUACCUUCUUUUUUUUAUCACGUGCUGUUAAUAUUUCUUUAACACUGACUACUGUUACCAAUAUCAUAGCACUACAGAACCUGAUUAUAAUGAUUAGAAAACAAAAAUAACUGUUCAUGUGUAUAAUAUUUUUAUAUAUUUAUUUUUGAUUAAUGAAAAGAUUCAGCAUAUUACAGAAGUACAAUUACCCAAAAAUUAAAAUGUCAAUGUAAAAUUAAUAUUUUAUGUAAAUGUUACAGUUUCUAUAUUUUUCCUCCAAUUCAUGCUGCUCUGUUUUAAAACACAUCAGUUCCUAAACACGGUUAAAUAUGAAUACAAUACAAAUAUGAGAAAUUCAGCGUGAUAAAAAAAAACACACACAAAAACAUUUUUUUCAAUAAAUCUCUGCUUGCUUUGUGUUUGCCUGUCCUAUUCCUUGGAUUUACUGCUGUUGCUCUGCUCCUUAUUUAAUGUUUUACGUGCUUCUCUAUAAAUCUAGCAAACCCUUCUUGCUUUUCCCCUUUGUCCUUCUUUCCUACCCAGAUAAUGUAUGCAACUUACAGUAUUUUCUAUAUCUUAUUUUCAACAAAUCCUCCCUAAGAUUUCUGAUACACCACUAAUCCUUUUUUUUUUUUUUAAUUCCACUAGUGUUCCCUGUUUGUCCUGCCCUAACCCUUCACUAUUUUACUGCCGUCACUAUUACUUUUGUAACCCUGAAUACUCAUUAUUUACAUAUUUAUUUUUAAGAAAUGUUGUCAGUUUUUUAAACGGACAGGAAGGGUGUGCUUAAACAAUCACCCUACUUUUAGAUAUGUAUUCAAAGGCAUAAAGAAGCAAUGGGUUUCACAUAAUUUGAUAUUAAUCUAGAGGGCUACAAUGUCAAAUACAAAUCGAAAUCUAUGCAAGCAUUUUGACUGUUCCCUAUUUAACACCCUCUUUUGUGUUGCUGUAAGUUCUGUACUUUUCUUUGCUGGAGUCUUUGAUCUUUCAUUUAUUUUCUCUCAAUGUGUGAUAAAAUAUAUAUUUCCUUAUGUUUUCUCUUUGCCCCGUUGAAAAUUUGGUUAAUAUUCCUUCUCUAUUUUUUCUUUUUUUCCUGCUUGUAGGGCUGGACGCUACUUCACCAACCAGUUCCCAUGAACUUACUAUUCCAAAUGAUGUAAGUGAACUAGUGUGAACGCUGUGUAUGCAUUAGAAUGUUUGACCCUUUCAAAACAAUUAAGCCAACAAAAGCCACAUUGAGUUGGGGAUCAAACUUGAGAAUGCUAGUAACUUGUUGCUCGGAGAUAUUAUUUAUGUUUUGAUGGAAUGAGGAAUGGCAUAGUCCCAGCAGAAAGGGGAUGCCAAGACAAAAGCCACUGGUUCAUUCUUGAAGUGGGUGAAGAAGCAAUAUUUUGAGAAUUAUGCAGCUAGUGAAAUGUACUAAUUGACAUGAAUCCAGCCACAAGUUUAAUGUUCUGCCAAUCGCAGACCUAGACCAAGGUAAAUUCAGUGACUUCCAAAGCACCCAUAGCAUUUCAAUGUUAGCAUUAUCUGUUUUGUUUUUUGUCACUUUUUAUUUUAGAAGAUAUUUUGCAAGUGUAGACACAAUACAAUACAAAUACAAAACAUGGGAAUUAGGAAUUUUCAACAGCAGAAUUUCACUAUUGGUAUCAUGGCUUUCACAAUAGAUCUAAAGAGCCUGACCUGUGACCCCGUUGAUAAGGUUAGAGACUUUUUAUCUUUAGUUAUAUCUAUUAAGCAUAUACAGUUAGUGGAAUCCAAUCAUUAAUGAAUAGACAGCUCACCACACUUCUCCCACCUGACAGUCAGUUCAUGUAGCAUGGCGGAGCAGACCACGGAAUCAGAAGCUCCUUUACCACGGUCCGCUCUGCCAUGCUACAUGAAGGGAGGUUAGCAGGCGGUUAGCAGGAAGAAAAGAGGACACACAUAAAGGAAUAGGGAAAGGGACAAUGACACUGAGAGGGGCUGAGAAAGGGAAAUGACACACACAGAGGGGCUCGGUAAGGGGAAGUUGACUUAGUGAGGGGAAGGAGAUAAUGGCACACAGUCAGGGGCUGGAGAAGGGGACAAUGACACAGAGAGGAGCUAAGUGAUAAGUUGACAGUGACACACACAGAGGGGCUGGGAGAGGGGACAAUGAUGCACACUGACAGGCUGGAGAAGGGGACAAUGACACACCGAGGGUUUGGGAGAAGGUACAAUGACACACAAAAGGUCUGGGGAAGGUGACAUUGACACACAGAGGAAUUGGAAAAAUGGGCCAUGACACACCUAGAGGGGCUGGGGAAGGGGACAAUGUCACACAAAGGGGUUGGGAGGAGAAAGAGACAUACUAUGGGCUGGGGCAAGUAAGAAAAACAUAAGAGAGUGAAUGGAAGUAAGAGACAAACAAAGGAGCUGAGAGAAAGUAAGACACACAAAGGGGGAAAGUAAGAGACACACAGGGGGUGUAAGACACAAAAGGGGGGUAAGAUAUACAAAAUGGGUAAAACAUUCAAAAGAUGGGUUAAGAAACACAAAAGGGGCUAAGAAAUUUAAAAGAGUGGUUAAGAGACACACAGGUAAAGAUGCAUUUUUUUUUUUUUUUUGGUUGGGGGGAUGGCAAAAUGCAUCUUUGCCUAAUAAUGCACCAGACCUGAUUAGUCACUGAGCUAAUACAGCAGCAAUGCAUUUUUAAUGUUUACAUCAGUUUAUUUUAUCCAAAUUGACUUCUAGCCUACCAGCUGCUAAGGAAGCUAGAAGACAUAUUUGCACAAAGAGCCUUCCUAAAAGUGCAAAAGUAAUUGACCUUAGAAUAUAGCUUAGUAAAUAGCUUAAAGGACCACUAUAUGCACCCAGACCACUUCAGCUCAAUGAAGUGGUCUGGGUGCCAGGUCCAUCUAGGAUUAACCCUUUCUGCUGUAAACAUAGCAGUUUCAGAGAAACUGCUAUGUUUACUUUAGGGUUAAUCCAGCCUAUAGUGGCUGUCUCAUUGACAGCCGCUAGAGGCGCUUCCACGCUUCUCACUGUGAUUUUCACAGUGAGAAGACGCCAGCGUCCAUAGGAAAGCAUUGAGAAUGCUUUCUUAUGAGACUGGCUGAAUGCGCGCGCGGCUCUUGCCGCGCAUGCGAAUUCAGCCGAUGACAUCAGAAGAGGCAGGAGAGUCCCAGCGCAGAGGGAGCCCGGCGCUGGAAAAAAAGGUAAGGGAUUAACCCCUUACUCCCCCUUCAGCGCCACUGGAGUGGGACCCUGAGGGUGGGGGCACCCUCAGGGCACUAUAGUGCCAGGAAAACGAGUUUGUUUUCCUGGCACUAUAGUGGUCCUUUAAAAACUGUUUAAUUUUUACUGUUCCUACUCGUCAGCGUUGUGUCAUCUUCUUCCUAAUCAUGGUCAAUCAGCAGGGAAGGAGGAAUGACUGGCCGGGGAGUGUAAAAAAUGGUUGGACAAGGUAAAGGAACAUUAUAACAUUGUAACUAACAUUUUAAUGGGUAAGGAGGCAGAGUUCUAGCAGUAGGGAGGGAUCCGGGUAAAAUUAGGCAAGAAGCUAAUUACACCCGAUGUAAUUUUUGAAACGGAAUUGAGAUUAGACAGCCUGGGUAACAGACUCACAGUGCCAUGGGGUGCAACUAACCCCUGGCACAAAAGUGCAAAUAUGUUUGUAUGUGUACCAUUCAAGCAGAAAUGCUGCACAUAGAGAUUCCUAACUCCAUCACCAAUUCUAAAAGCACAAGUGGUCAUGGAGGUUAAAGGGACACUAUAGUCACCAGUGCAACUACAUGUAUUCCUGAUCCUAUAGUGUUAACACUACCAUCUAUCCCCCCUGGGCCCCUCAUGCCUCCAUAAAUAUAGUAAAAAUCUUACUGUAUUCAAGCCAGAAGCUGUAACUCUGCAUGCUGAUGCCUAAAAAAAAAAUCAGUCUGCUGACAUCAUCAGAAGUGGUAGCCUGAUCCAAUCACAGUGCUUCCCCAUAGGAUUGGCUGAGACUAACAAAGAGGCAGAUCAGGGGCAGAGCCAGCAUGAUUCAAAAACAGCCCUGGCCAAUCUGCAUCUUCUCAUAGAGAUGAAUUGAAUCAGUGAAUCUCUAUGAGGAAAGUUCAGUGUCUGCAUGCAGAGAGAGGAGACACUGUGCUGCCCUGUGCUCUGCUGACAGCAGAUCUGAGUGGAUUGGGGAGUUUUAUGCCUCAAUCAACUCGGAAGUCCCUCUGGUGGCAUUCUGAGUGACUGCAACUGGAGGUGUUCCUAGCUUUUAAUGAAAACACUGUAUUUUCUCAGAAAAUACAGUGUUUACAUGAGAAAGCCUGCAGGGAGCUAUAGUUCUCACCUGAACAACCUCAUUAAGCUGAACUUGUUCAGGUGACUAUAGUGUCCCUUUAAAAUAACCCUUGAAGCACUAGCAAACAAUGAAAAUGUUGGUCUUUGUAUUAAUUAAUAAAGUUAUAAGUGUUCUCUUUUUACACUAGAGACAUUUUACAUCUUGUGGGCUUAAUGAGAAUUUUCAGACUAGGCCAUGCGAAAGAGAGUAGAUGUAUUAUAUUAUGAGCAGUGCCAGCUGUAUCACUUUACACCAUACAGGCAUGUCUUCAUUAUGUGUAAAGGACUUCAUUAUAGUUAGCUAGCUCCUCAGGGGAGAUAUUAGAUGCACAGUACUGGUAAAUGAGCAUUGUGGAUUAAUGGAUUAAUUUCUCGGAAAAUAUACAUUUACAUGAUAACAGUGUUAGAAAUGCCUGAGUAACUGUUUAUGAUCUUAACAUAAUUGACUUUUAUUUAAAUGGAAACAAGUUCUAGAUUGCUUGGGGAAUUUAUUUGGGGGAGGAAGGAUUUAAGCAAUAGUCUUGUGUAAGUUUGCACUGCUGCUGAAAUCAUAAUGUAUACCUCACUGGGCAUGAGUGGACAAUAUUGAAUAAAUGUGCAAUCUUUAUUGUUUUGGUAAACAAAAUUUUUAUUUUUGUGAUAGGUCAUAGAGUCCUUCUGGCAGGGCUGGACUGGAAAUGAAAAGAAGUCCCAUUAGCCCCCCAAUUUUUCCCAUUAGCUUCCUCCCAGCCUUGUAUGUGCUUCAUUAGCCACAUCCCCACAUGUGUCCCAUGAGCCCCCCCAUGUGUCCCCUUAGCACCCAGCCCUCCAUGUGUCCUAUAAGCCCUUUCUCCCAGCCCUCCAUGUGUCCCACUAGCCUCCCUCCCAGCCCUUCAUGUGUCCCUAUAAGCUCUUCCCAGCCCUUCACGUGUCCCUAUACCCAGUGGCGUACACAGAAUCCAUGGGUCCCCGGUGCAAAACCGAUCCAUGGGGCCUCACAUCCCCCUACCCACCGCCACCCCAUCCUCCCCACCGCCACCCCAUACAUAGACACACACACAUACAUACAGACACACAGACAAAUACAUAGACACACACACACAGACACAUACAUAUAGACACAGAUACACAUACAUACAGACACACACACAGACACAUACCCACACAUACAUACAGACACAUACAUAGACACACACACAGACACAUACAUACAGACACACAUACACAGAGACACACACAGAUAGAUACAUAUACACAUACUCUGACUCCCUCUCCUUCCUGCGCGGCUCCUGGUGGUUGCUGGGAGGAGUGACCGCGAAAGUCACUUCCUCCCAGCGUCUGACAUUAUCAGAGUGGGCCCGGUCGCGCUGUAACCGGGCCCACUCUGAUGAUGAUAUUAAUUUCCAUCGGGUGGCCCUAACAGCAUGGGCCACCCAAUGGGCCCGUUCACCUGUGGCCCCGGCAAUUAUACUGCGCGGCCGGGGUCGCAACACAUGGCAGCGGGCACCUGGUCGCAGGGGCCCGCAGGGUGGCUGGGCCCCCUGGAGUGACGGGCCCGGUCACAGGGGUCGCAGCUGUGACCGCGGUAUGUACACCGCUGCCUACACCCUCUCCAGCCCUUCAUGUGUCCCCAUAGACCCCCAGCACUCCAUGCAUCCAUAUACCUCCCCAGCCCUUCAUAUGUCCCUAUAGUCACCUUCCCAGCCUCCAUGUGUCCUUUUAGUCCCCCAUAGCCCCUGUGUGUCCCUACAGCCCCCUAGCCCCCAUGUGUCACAAUAUAGCCCCCUCUCCAGCUCCCAUGUGUCCCUUUAUAGCCCCCUCCCCAGCCCCCAUGUAUCCCAUUAUAGCCCCCUCAGCCCCAAUGUAUCCCAGCCCCCAUGUAUGGUUGUUAAAAAGUUUCAUUCGGGGUUUGAAUUUCCAUCCACUCUUUAUGGAGUAAGAGCAAAGCUGUAUUACAGUUACAGUUUGCAGCCUAAACUAAGAGAAGGAUAUAAACAGUUUAGUUUGACAAAUAACAACAAAGUAGCAUAGAAUGGGCCACAACACAAGAGUUUAGUAUAAUGGGGGAAGGGACAUGCAGAUAACAUAUUGUAGAUAAAACACCUGAGGUCAAGCCAACAGAACAUGUUAGCUGUGCAGAUGCCAUGCAGGAUUGAUUUGUUCAAAUAUUUGUAGGUGGAAGCCAAAUAGUUGGAGAUUGUGUGCUAGUGAGCUCUAUCGAUAUGUGACCUGUUAACAAGAGAGGAAGGGCUUUAAAGGACCACUAUAGUCACCCAGACCACUUCAGCUCAAUGAAGUGGUCUGGGUGCCAGGACCCCCAGGUUUUAACCCUGCAGCUGUAAACAUAGCAGUUUCAGAGAAACUGCUAUGUUUACAUUGCAGGGUUAUUCCAGCCUCUAGUGGCUGCCUCUCUGACAGCCACUCGAGGUGCACCCCCGACGCUCAAUGUGAAAAUCGCAUUGAGCACGCAGAACGUCCAUAGGAAAGCAUUGAGUAAUGCUUUCCUGUGGGCGGUUUGAAUGCGCGCGCGUCUCUGACCAGGAGCUGACGUCGGAAGAGGAGGAACGGUCACCAGCACCAAGAUGGCAUUCUUAAAAAAAUUGAGGGAAAAAGAGACAGUUCCUUUUUCCUUUUGCCACAGUAAAUGUUAUUUAAGUACCUAAUUAAUAAAUAAUGCCACAUAGGUAAGUUAAAAAAAAACAACACACCUAAAUCUGUAGCAUUUCUGUGUCUAGAGUGAUACUGAUACCCAUGAUACUGCAUUGGCAUUCAUGGACACCAGGGCAUCUGUAGGAAAAUCCUGUGCAAGUACAUACACACUCAGUUAAUUCUUUAGUAGUUCUCCCUCGUAUGGUACUGUAAUUAAUUUGCAUGGAAUUUGUUGUUGUUUAAAGUGACUGUUCCAUGUAAAUAAAAAUUAAUUAAAUGAUUUAGAUUUUAAAUAUAUAGCACAUAAACAUACGAUUGAUUUAUCGUGAUCCAGUGUAAUGUGUCCAUAAUAGAGCAGUACACAGUUUAGAUGUAUAUAUAGCUAUACACAAAUUGAUAUAAUAUAUAUACAGUAUAUUUGGUAAUAAAACAAAUCAAUUACAUUGAAUUAAUGACGUAUUUGGAACAUGGUUAAACAUUUAUAUUUUGGAGAGCUGAUAGGUUUAAAAAGCAGUGUGAAUUUGAUGUAUUACUUGUUAAAUAUAUUGUGCUUAUCUUGAUGUGUUCUUCCCAUUCAGCUAAUAGGUUGCAUUAUUGGCAGACAAGGAAGCAAGAUAAAUGAAAUCAGACAGAUGUCAGGAGCACAGAUCAAGAUUGCAAAUGCGUCAGAAGGCAAUGGAGAAAGACAAGUGACAAUCACAGGCUCCCCUGCAAAUAUCAGCUUAGCACAGUACCUCAUUAAUGCUAGGUAAGUUUACUCCAAAUAACUUUACUUUGCCAACAACUGAUACUGGUUCCCCCUCUUCCCAAAAAUACUUUGUUGCACAACAAAACCCUGAUGCUGCAUUAUGGCAUAUAACCAAGUCUUUGCAAAGACUUGAAAUUUAGCAUGAUCAGCAGUUAAAUAUAUUAAUGUUUUCCAUUUAAUAUGAGAAACAGCAAGUAUGCCAAAAUAUGUUAAACAGCACGCAGUGCUUGACCGGUAGCAUUUUAUAUUCCGUGAAAAGCAUUUGGAACUACUUUAAAUGGACUGAUUACUAGCUUGCAAAAUUUACACCAGAAUUAACCAAGAAAAAUAAAUCAUCAGUUCCAUUUUUUCUUACUCUUCUACUUUGGUCUAAAAUGUAGAAGUCUGUUGGAAUUCCCCACAAUUCAGUGUUUUGUGAAUGGAUGCCUCUGGUAUGCACAUAAAACAUAUUUCCAGAAUAAUGGUGAACUGAAAACCAAAAUAGCGUAAACAGUAAAUUAUAGUGAUCAUACUUGAGUUGGAGAUUGUUUCCAAAUCUUUUCAUUUUGCCAUUUGGAUUUCAAUUCAAUAUGAUCAUGUGAUAAGUAAAUCAAUCCCACUGUGAUGGGGUCUGACAAUACCCACUCUGUCAUUUUAAUUCUAUGUAUAAACUAAAAUCUGACUAAAAUCAUUAGUGUCAUGUAAGCUAGUUUAACGAUCUGGGUUGUAUAACGAGCACUUGUAUGCUAUAAUUCAAUGAUAGAAAAACAGAUUGCAAGACAGAUUUAAUUUGCAAGCUGAAAAUUACAUCCCAGACUUGUUAAUAAAUAUAUCUGCUCUUGCCAAGGAGACUCUGGGUUUAGCAAUACUAUUAACUUUGCAAAUAUGGGAGAUGCUCCGUAACAACGAAAUUUGUACUUGGCACCCAUCUAGCUGUUAAGAAAAGCUUGUGACAGUUAUCUGGUAUAUUGGGAGUAUUAAAUGUCUGACACCCCAUUCCAAAUCUUGCUAAAUAGCCUUUCAUUAAACUCCUUGUUUAUUGCUAUUUUAGUUGAAGAAUUAGACUGGUUCAUUUUAAAGUGAAUUUUAUAAAUAAGAUUUUGGAUAAAAUAUUUAACACGGACAAUUUUGACAUUAUGUAGGUAGAUUAGUAGAAUGGAAUUAUUUGGUAUGUUUGGCAAAGGUCCAGAAGUGGGAUCUCUCCAUUUCUUUUUUAGUAUGCUGAUACUGGUGGUGAUUUUACAAGGUGAAAUAAAAUUCCCUUGCUUUUUAAAGAACAAUUUACAAAUGUUACUCGCUUCAUUGCUUGUUAAAGAGUAACUAUACUUUAAAGCGUAACCAUCGCUUACACUGGAUUUUUAAUAUUAUGUUUACUUAUUCUCUAUACUUUAUUGAGUCUAUACUUACCAAACAUGUAUUUGUGCAAUGAAAAAAAACAAAAUUACACGUGGAAAUACACAACUCUUUAUCUUUAUCAGCUGGGUGCCUCCAUCUUAGCUCCCUGUCAAUCAUUGUUAUAAGCUCUGACCUGGCAGUCAGCAUAGAAAAAGCAUAAUGAAAAGGAGAACUUAAACAAUGUCUAUAUCUUCUCCUCAUUUCCAGUAUUCCCUUGGCUGUGACUGGAAUGAACUGAAUUGCUAUGUUAUUUGCUAAAUCUUUAAUACAAAUGUAGAAAACUGAGUAUUUCAUGAAAUGUUACCACAAGUUAUAGGUGAUUUUCAAUGUUUCAAACAAUUGUGUAAAUUCCAGAGAAGUGACUGUUCACGUUUAACGAUAACUGUGCGAAUGUUCUGUCUUUACUAACUUUUCCCUGAAGAUAUAAAAAAUGCUGCUUAAUGAAGUGGUCUGGGUGCCUCCUUCCAAGUAAAACUCUGCUAUUUUGAUCAUAUGGUUUUAGAGAAACCAUCUAACUAGCAUAGCUCAUGCACGUGACCAUCGCAAUGAUUUCAUAUGGGAAAGCAAUGGAUUGUUUGAGAUCAAUAACCUUGAGCUACCUGCUACUCCCUACAGAUGGGGGACGGUUACCUAAAAGGCCUCCAUUUGUAUUACUAAUGCUAUAGUGUUCCUUUAAGAAAAAAGUUUGGUUUCACCCAAUAUCAAGAAAGAAAAUACUAGAAUUUUUUUUAUUUAAAAUAAUACAGAUCAAGAUUAAACCGACUCUGUGGCGAUCCAGACCACUUCAUCUCAUUUCCCUCUUGUUUUUUACCACCAGUGUAAAACAUCGCUGUUCUGCAAAAUAGCUGGCAAUGUUUGCACUGCAUUUAAAUGCAUCUCGUGCCUGUCUGUAGCUAGCCAUUAGAGGCGCUUCCAAUGAAAAAACAGAGUAGAGACCAUCUAAUUGGUUCAGUGCCGUGUUAUGCUGUGCAUGUGCUCUACCCUUCCCAAUGAUUUCCUAUGAUCUUAGCCAAGGAGGUGGGGCCAGCUGGGGUUAGAGCAGCAUGGCGAGGGAGAAAAUUACCUUCUUUUUAACUCCUUUCGAGGGGGAACCAGAACCAAACCAUUUAACAUGGCACUGUAGCAUUAGUAAUAUGUAUUCAUAUCAUUAUAGUGUUCCUUUAAAGGGACACUGUAGUCACUAUAACCAUUUCAUCUCUUUGAAUUGGUUAUAGCGCCUGGGCUCUGUCCCUCCAUUCAGUGUUGCACCAUAUUCAUGCAGUAGGCCACAAAAUAAGAGUCUCUGGCUACCCACAGUCCAGCCCCUUCUGUAUGCGUAGCUAAGGCAGAGAUUACACACUUCCUUGUUGUCAUACCCAUUCAUACCAUCAGUUGGAGCUCUGACAGGCUAAAAACAGUCAGCUGACACUCUCAGCCAAUCACAGCUGCCCAUUGCUGCUCAGGCUAAUACUUCCUUAUUAGCCAAAGCAGCACAGAGGGGUCUGACUGCCAGGGACUCUUGUUUAGCAUUAAAAUAUUAAAAACUGUUUAAUGCUGAAAGAAAUGAUGGUGCCAGAGCACUCCAGACACUAUAACCAGUUUAAUGAGAUGAAGCAGAUACAGUGCCUAUGGUGUCCCUUUAAGCUUCUUGCAAAAUAAAAGUAGUGAGAGAAAUUAAAUGACUGCCUAAAAAGCAAUUUUAGGCAUGCUGGCAGCCUUGGUGCUUAGCACAUAGACAGAAUCGUUCAGACGAAUAGCCAAGAAUAUGAAAAAAUAUAGUUUUUUUCCCUAAUAAAAUGCUCUGAAGACUUUUGUGAAAAGCCCUGGAAUUCUCCACUGAAGAGUAACACUGUUUAUGUAUCAGUAUCUUUAACGUAAACUCUAAACUCUAGGAUUAGAUUUGAUAAUAUUUUUAUAUAGAACAAAUUGUCAAAAUAUCCACAGUAAAUAUGUUGAUAUGUGCAAUGCUAAAUUAUUUUACUUAUAAUUAGUAAAGGUAGCUCUAUAAGAUACAAUACCCAUGCAAAAGAGACAAUAUAUUGUUUCAGUAUGUUGCAAACUAUAACAGAGUGACAUUAUAAACUAGGGGACCAAGGCCUUAUACCAAUAUAUCUGCUUUCUGUACUGCAUGGUAAACCACUGAAUUUAAGGGUAGCUAGACUCAUAUUUAGAAUCACAUAGCUGUCAGGAGGUUAUAAAUUAUAAAGUGUGCCCAUGUGCAAUGACCCAGUGAUAAUCAGAAUAUAAAGUUGUGUCAACUGACAAUACGGUUUCCUAACUAUUGUAGCAAUUUAAUAUAAUGUAUAACUAAUUUGAAAAGAGUGUAUACAUUUUUGGAUUACUUUCUUCUGAGUAAAUUUAAUGUGGAUUAAUAGAAAUGCAUUUGGACAGAUAGAAAUUUAUAAUGUAAAAAAAUAAGAAGUAUAUAAGAAACUACUGUCUGGAUCUAAUAUAUAUAUAUAUAUACACACAUUUACUUAUAUGUAGAAAUUCACACCUGUGAGGGUGCAACAAACCCUCCAGAAUUGCUAUAUAUAUAUAUAUAUAUAUAUAUAUAGCAAUUCUGGAGGCUCCGUAUAUAUAUAUAGAUAGAUAUGUGUGUAUCUAUUCUAUAUAUGUAUGUAUAGAUUAUAUGGACAGAAGUACUGGGACACACCUCUUAAUUAUUCAAAUCAGGCCCAUUGCCACAGGUGUGUAAAGUCAAGCACCUAGCCAUGCAGUCUGGGUUGUUAUGAAGUGCUUCGUUUAUUUAAGCGUGGUACUGUAAUAGGAGAUCAUCUUUGCAAUAAGUCAGUGUGUGAAUUUUUAGAUAUUCCACAGUAAACUGUAAGUGGUAUUAUUGUAAAUCAUUUAGGAACAGCAGUAACACAGCCCCGAAGUAGAAGACCACAUUAAGUCACACACUGGGGUUAGCGAGUGCUGAGGUGUAGGGUGCAUAAAAGUUGCCAGUGCUCUGCUGAUUCCAUAGCUGAAGAGUUCCAAACGUUCAGCACAAAAAUUGUGCGGCGGGAACUUCAUAGAUGGGAUUCCAUGGCCGAGCAGCUGCAUGCAUGCAUAUCGCCAAGUACAAUACCCACCAGAUGUAGUGAUGAGUGGUGUAAAACAUGCUGUCACUGGACUCUGGAGCAGUGGAAACGUGUUCUGUGGAGUGACGAAUCACGCUUCUCUGUUUGGCAGUCUGACGGAUGAAUCUGGGUUUGGUGGAUGCCAGGAGUUGCCUGACUGCACUGUACCAAUUGUAAAGUUUGGCGGCGGAGGGAUAAUGAAAUGGGGCUGUUUUUCAGCAGUUGGGGCUACGCCUCUUACUUCAAGUGCAGAGAAAUCUUAAUGCUACAUUUUGGACAAUGCUAUGCUUUCAACUUUGUGGGAACAGUUUGGGGAAAGCCCUAUUCUAUUCUAGCAUGACUGUACCGCAGUGCACAAAGCAAGGUCCAUAAAGACAUGGUUGGAUGAGUUUGGUGUGGAAGAACUUGACUGGCCUGCACAGAGCCCUUUGACUGGCCUGCACAGAACCUUUGGGAACUAGAACAGAGAUUGCAAGGCAAGCCUUCUCAUCCAACAUCGUUACCUGACCCAACAAAUGCUCUACUGGAUGAAUAGCAAAAAUUCCCACAGAAACAUUCCAAGAUAUAGUGGAACGCCUUCCCAGAAGAGUGGAAGCUGCUAUAGUUGCAAAGGGGGGACCAAAUACAUAUUAAUGUUUAUGUAUUUAGAAUGUGAUCUCAUAAACGCCUCCUCUUUUGGUGUAAUGGUCAGGUGUCCCAAUACUUUUGUCCAUAUAGUAUAUAUGUAUUUAUACUGUCCUCUUUAAUGUUUUAUAUAUAUAACAUCAUUAAGAGCACAAUAUAAUUACAGGAAUUCAAGGAGGUGCAUCACUAUAUAUAUAUGUAUUUAAAUAUAUGUAAAUAAAUAUAAAUGUAAUUACAUUUAAAAAAACAACACUUUGGCCUUGGUUCAAUAUUAGCGACUAAACCCAUGAAUAUAAAAAAUAUGAUAAAUAUUGGAUAGUACAUACAUUGUUAAACACAAAUAUGCAAACACAAAGAGGCCAUGGGAAUGAGCUGAACAAAGAACCACCUUUUUGCCUCAUAAAUUACAUGUUAUAGAUGGAUUCUUUGGAAUAUAUGUCUGCUGUACAUAACCAACUCGGGAAGAGAUGCAAAGCCAGAGACCACUAAUGGACAGCUGUUUCAUUGUUAAUGGAACUCAUCAACAUGAGGUUGGCUACUGGCUUGCUAUUGAGACUUGGCAUUACAUGUAGAAAAAAACAAUAGACCAAAAAACUGGAAACAUAGAUGUUGAAAUAAGUGUGCUAUUUGAUGUCUAUUUUUGUGUGCAAAAAAAAUGAUCUCAGUUUUCUCAGGAAUGUUUCUGGCAAAGGUUCUUUAUGCUAUGCCGCAGCUUACAGUAAAUGGCUGAUAGUAGUAACUGCACUGUAAAUGUGAGUUUUAUUUGGGCAAAACAAUUAUUAUGGCCUGUUUGGUGUGUGCAGAUCUGUGUUUAACAUUGUAUUGACUAUACACUGAAUUUCAGGUGGUAGGGGUUUUCAAUCACCUUUUACCCCACCAUAACUAUAUAUAUAUGUGUGUGUAUACAUUAGUUGCCUCACUCGAAGGAGGAUGGAAUGUAUGGAGCCAAUGAGUCAGUGCCUCAGAAAAGGAAGAGCCAUGUCUUAGACAAAAUUGUUGUUUUACAUUUAUACUUACACAGAAAUUAAUGUCAUUCAGUAGCAUGCUGGAGAGAGCCUGUUAGCGAUUCUGUACAAAUUAAGGAGCAAUUUAUUGCACAUUUGAGAUGGAUGAUUCAUUGUUUUCUUAAGGCAAAGUCUAGUCAAUUUUAUUAUAGUGAAUAGGUUCUACAUUGUAAAUUACAUUGAGGGGCAGACCUCAAUGUACUCAUUACAGCACUUGGAAAAAACGCCUCUCAGCGCUUGUGAAGGGGAAUCAACACCGGAGGACAGCAGCCUGCAGCUACCGCCAUAGCCCCUUUCCGUGACUUGGACACCAGGGAAGCCACUAACACAACCAGACAUUCACACACAGCUGCUGAGGAAGCCUCCCACAUUCAAAUAAUACAAAAAGCAAGCACACACAGCCCCCACAACCAGCCCCACACGCCGUAUCUCAAGCAGCCCCCACACAUAAACAUAAUAACACACGCAAUACAACAUAUCACCCUCAUACACAAUCCUAUAAGGAGUCCCACCAUACAGAGCCCACAUUCAUACAUAUAACAUGAUACACAGCCCACAUACAUAGGUAUCACACAAAAUACCACAAACUGUUCAAGCAUAUACACAAUAUAAAACAGUCCAAAUAGAAUAUAAUACACACAAAUACAAUCCUACAAAACAACUGCAGAACCCUUACACAACACAAGCAGAAUGACGCAGCACACAUAUUUGUUAAUUUAGAAAAAUAGGACCAGCAUCCCAAGGGGCUUCAAAGUCUUGUUUUGGCACAGUGCUAAAUGUUUGCUUACCUCUGUUCUAGAUUACGAAAGCUUUAAUUGUUUUCCAGCUAGAAUGUUGAUCUAAGCUAACCAUUUUUGGGUUUACAAUUCACGGCAAAUCACUCUUUGACAAAUAAAUGUCAAUGCCUUUAGAAUUAAGAUAUUUGGUCAGUGUAAGACAAAAAUAUUUUUUUGUUAUUUGUGAGUAGGUAGUGGAAAGUGAUAAAUCUUGAUGAUAUGUAACAAGGAGUAUUGCAUUUUGGUAUAUAAUGGAAUCCACUAAUUGCUUGGAGGAGGUGGGGUAUUUUAGUAAACUUGAUGAUGCUAUAUAUUGCAAUGCAAAUAAUAUGGAUAGAGAUGUUCACUUAUAACUUUGCUUAUGUGAUUAUAAAACAUAUUACAUACCUUGAGCUUAACUGAAGCACAUGUAAGAAAAUGUUUCUUAUUACGCUUGAUUUGGUAUACCAGCAAGUUUGGCUAAGAGGUGCUGAGUAGUCACAAUGUGGAAAAACAAAUCCAUAGACUUAUUGUAAAAAUCUGAAAAUGAUUAUCCCGGGUAUACCUGAAAAAACAAAAACUGAAUCUAGAUUUUAUUGCUAAAUUUAGCUUUGUCAGUGUUCAGCUUACAUUAUUGCAAAAUCAAAUACCUAGAGUGCACAAUAAGUAUUUCACUGCCAGUUCAUAAGAAACUAGCCCAAAAGUAAGUUAAAACAAAUUGAGCGCUAGAGUCAAGGGCCCUAAACUCCUAACUCUUGGAACAGCUGAAGUUAUUUAUUGAGCAGUGAGUUUCGAAAACACUUGUUUGAAAGCAUAAUCCAAGUGAAUUGUAUUAUAGACAGAUGGAGACAGGCAGGCACCAAACAAAGGAUGGACAGACAGGCAGUGGAUAAUAACAUGUUUUAAGUCUGUAUGUCUGAAUUUUAACUUUAUCAUGUUUAUUUUGUAUUUUUAUUCUGCUUUGUAAAAGAAAAGUGAAUUAACUUAUUUUCUAUAUAUUAUUAUUUGUAACAAUAUGUGGAAUACAAUGUAUGUGCUUGCAGGUGAACAUGGGAAGUUGAACCCAAUUAGGAGACUUCUCUUAUGGGCGAUUCUAUUAUUGUAACGACUUGCCCUCUUACAUAAACUAUAUUUGUGGUAUUGUAUUUAACAUUCUGCACUUAUUUAUAAGGAAUAUAAAACAGUGUUAUCAAAAGUAAGGUGGGGCACUAUACCAAUAAUUAGACUUAAAAAAUUCAAAACUUAAAGGCAAACAUACCAGUGAUCAGGAAAUCUAUACAAAAAUCUGUUUCAUUUUUUUUUAAGUUAUGCUUUAUCAUCUUUAUUCAUUCUCUGCAUUCUUUAGAUUUAUUUCUUUCAUUGACAUUAAAAGCACCUAUGUUAACUCUUUGAGUGUCGUAGGUGUAAGUAACGCAAUGCAUUGCCUAUUCCUCAGAUGCUCAAAGGAUUAAGACAUUCUUUAUAGUCUUAUAAAUGUUUUCCUCAUCAAAUCAUGAAAUACCCUUUUGUUAUUUCUCUUCUUUAACACAUAACAUGUUCCUCCUCUGACCCUCAUUUUCCCCUUUUUUCUCUCUUUCUCUCCCCACCCUCCAUUUGUCUGUUCCUUUUGUUGACCCAUCUAACCCAACCCUACUUUGUUUGCUCCCCCUGUUCCAUUCCUUCUCUUCCCGAAUUGAUCCUUGCUUGACCAUCCCAACCUAUUUGUUCCUGUUCCUCUCUUCGUUUGCAGCUUAGAGAUGGCUAAACUGAGCACCCAGACUGCUUCCGUCACGACCCCUGUUGACCUCAACAUGAACCUCUCUCAGUCUACCACCCCUUCCUCCACCCCCACCUCUAUGGCUGUGUUGGCGGCAGCUGCUGCUGCCUCCGCGGUUAACGUCAAUUCCCCUCCCACCCUAUCAACUUUACCGACCACCCACUAUGCUGUUCCUGUCUCCAGUCUGCUUGGCAUGAAAACUGUCCCACUCCUGGCAUUAAAUGCAGCGGCCACUGCGGGGGCCACUGGGAAUUUACCUGCUUAUACUGCCAAAAUUCCAUCGACGAGUGGGGUUAAGAAAUCUGACCGCCAGAAGUUUGCUCCAUAUUGAAGGGAUGAGAACAAAGCUCUACCAAGAUUCUGUGGUAGAUAAACCUAAUGGAAACAAUAUGGCAUUUACUUUUCUUUUCCGUUUCAUUUCUUUUUGUUGAAUUGCAAGUGUUUAUUGUUGCCGAUUCAAUUUUUGUUGUCCUCCUUUUCAUGACUAUUUACCCAAAAUAGUAACUAGUUCCAACAGAUUAUGUUUUGUUUUGUUUUGUUCUGUUUUAGAUUUUUUUUUUCUUCAAUUCAGUUGUUUAUUUUCAUUUGCAAUUUACUUUUAUUGUUUGUUUAUUUAUUUUGAUGCAGUGGGGUGGGAUAAGUCGUGGAAAAUGGUGAGAUUAAGUGAACUGGCAUGUUUGCCUUGCAAAAGUUCAGAAUUUGAAACAUUUUGAAAUAAAGUAAUUAUACUAACAAACUAAAACAAGCAAACACAAACCAAAAUAAAAAACAUAAAUGAAUAAAACAGAAUAAAAUCCAGUUAAGCUUACCUUGAUUAAGUGUAUCAACAUUAAUUUCAGUUGACUUUUAUCUGUCUCUUACUUUAAUGCGUAGUGAACAAAAUUCAAAUGAAUAGCAGUAUGAUUUAAAAAUGUUUAUUUAAGAUCAAUGAACCAGUGGUUAAUUAAUUAAUGUCCUAGAAUGAAGGAAAUGUAUUGCAAAAUUAAUUUCCUCCAAAUUUGCAUUUGGCAUCUCAAUAUGCCUUUAACAGCACGUUAUUCAAAACUGUUAGUUUAAAAUACAAUUGGAAUCUGACAAGUGUGAUUUAAAAUCCCUAGCAGAACCUUCCCAUGUUAAUUAACGCAGUGUGUUCUCUUGAUUGAUACCAAUUGAGAUAUGCCAUUUAGGCAUUGUUUACAAAAAAAGUACCACUUUUAUACAAGAAAGCAAAGUAAAAUACAAGGUUAUAUAAAAUGUAUCCUCAAACUGCUAAUUCUAAAAAAUAGUCAGUGCCUCAUAUAUAAAUUUCAGUAGUACUUCACUCAUUAAAGACCAUUAAACACUAAGCAAUAAUUAUGAGUGUAUUUGAUUUUUCAAUUUAAAGGAUCACUAUAGGGUCGGGAACACAGACAUGUAUUCCUGACCCUAUAGUGUUUAACCCACCAUUUAGGUGGCUUGCCCUCCUCUUAGCUCCCCUAUAAAAGUUUAAAACUUACCUUAUUUCCAGCUAGCGCUGGCUCCGCCCCCUUUGUGACAUCAUCGAAAUAGCUGAUUUUUAUCCCAUCCAACGCUUUCCCAUAUUAAGCUGUAGAUGUUCUGGUGACUAUAGUGUCCCUUUAAGAUACUGUAAUGCUUGUCCCAUGAUAACAACAUAGUGUGACACCCUUUGAUAGAAAUGGUAUCUAGUGGUCCGUUCAAGCAAGGUUUCACCUGCAUUAUGGGAAAUAAAUCAGUGGCAUGUCUAAUACAUUUAUAAACUUACACCAAUAUGUCACUUAUGGUAUGUAAAUUCCUAUAUGAGAAAGUCUGUAAAAAUGUCAGGAUAGCAUAUGUAUUGAACAUGUAGCUAGAGCCCUGAUCUACUGUCCUAGAACCAUGAUAUUAUAACAAGCAUAUCAUAUUAUAGCAGUAGUUUUUAACUUUUUUGACCAGGAACAAAACUAGAAAGCUCUGUGAUACGAUCGUCUUAAUAUAUUAUGUACUAAAUUUAAUUAUCUAAAACACUUUCAUUAGACACAUUUCAAUGGAGUCCCCAUUGAAUUGGAAAUGGCAGUGUAUAUAAAACACUGUUCACUGUGGCCAGUUAAUUGAGGACACAAUAAUAAAAUGAGCUUUUUCCAACACUACAGUAAAAUGGCAUGGAGACCCAGUUUUGGGACCUGACCAAGUAUUUUUGUUGCAUCUCUUCUAAGUUUUAUUUUUGUUUUAGAAACUGCUAAAUAAAAAGAUAAAUUAAAUUCCAGACAUGUUAUCUUAUAAAGGGUUAGGAGAUAAACUCUGGUCUUUAAACGUUAAAUAAUAAUAUACAAUAUGUGUAUAGCACAAAAGAAAUUCUGUUCAGAGUUCUCAUUUUUACUUUUAGAAGCCUUCUUCUUUAACAACAGAGCUAGAUAACAGAUAACCAUCCAGUUGUUCUAAACCAAUGAUUCUCAAGUUAUACAGUAACUGAGGACCAUUAGCAACUGCUGGAGAGUUAAGUGUUGGGCUCUCCCAAUAUUGAAUAAAUUGAGUAAAAAUACUUAGGUCAUUUGUAAUACAAUGCAUUAUCAAUAAAAUAUACCACAUUUAAGAGAGUGUGAAUCCACUAGAGUAAAUGUAUUGCUUCCUUUAAUCUAUUCUCUUGUGUAAAGAAAUCCUCAAAACCCUCCCAAUGAUUUCUGUAACUUCUACUACGACUAAUUGCCAGGCUUGUUGCUAGGGUCAAAAAUACUUGGGGCUGCUUGAGCCCAAAAUAAGUUGAGUGAAAGUCCCACCCCCACCCCUCCCCUGUUAAGCAGCACAGUAAUAGAGAUACCCAGCGAAUAUGACAGUGGUUUCAGCUAAAAUACAUAAUAUAUCAAAUUAUUUUACAAUCCCAAAGAGUAGUUGUAAAUUAUAGUAGUGGCAUUUUAGAGUGCAAAUGCCCUUUGCCCGUAGAGGUGAAUUUUAAAAAUGCCCUGAAAAGUCAGUGUAUAAAUGUUUUUUUCAGAAGUGUCUGUUCUUCAGUCUGCAAUACCCUUUUAAACACUAUGUAUUCAAAAAAGGUGACAUGCUUUUAAAAACAAUAUCUGCAACUGUAGCUGAUAUUUAAUCUGUAAGUGCACAAAUAGUGAAGUUUAUUUGCACUGGUAUAUUUGUGUUAUAUGACUUGUUUUAUUGUUUUAAUGCAAAGUUCAUACUUUAUAUCAGGGAUAGACAAGAAGAGCUAAUAUAGCUGUUAGUGGACCACCACACCUAUGAAUCUUUGCCAUCAACAUGCACAUGCUAGUGCAAAUUGUAGUACUAAAAACACCAUUCACACUUUUCGUGUACUGAACACAGUAUCUGACAUCAAUCCCUAUUAGUCUAGUAAUUUGUUUGCCUUCCUAACCCAUUUGCCUGACAAACUAUUACCAAAUAUGUACUAUUAGAUGCCAUAUUCUGUUCAUACAAUAACUAAUUAACGAGCACAAUUUUUCUUAUUGUGAUAGAAAUUCACGGUGGUCUUUGUUACCAAAUGAUUUGAAGUAUAUAACUGGUCACAGGAGCCAUAGCUAGCUAAGAUUCUCCAACAUCAAAGUGGCACGACUUCACCUAAACACCUCAGUGCCCUGGCUAGCAAUUAAUCCCCAAGAUCAAAGUGGCAAGACUCCACCUUAACGAGUCAUUGCCCAGGCAAGCAAUCAGUCCCCAUGAUCAACAUAACAAGACUCCACCUUAACAAGUCACUGCCAACGCCAGCAAUCAGUCACCAUAAUCAAUUUGACUAGACUCCACCUCAACGAGUCACUGCCAAGGCCAACAAUAAGUCCCUAUAAUCAAUUUGACUAGACUCCACCUCAGCGAGUCAUUGCACAGGCUAGCAAUCAGUCCUUAUGAUCAACAUAACAAGACUCCACCUUAACAAGUAACUGCUCAAGCUAGCAGUCAGUCCCCAUGAUCAACAUGACAAAGCUCCACCUUUAAUGAGUCACUGCCCAGGCUAACAGUCAGUCCCCAUGAUCAAUAGACUGGAGUACACCUUCACGAGUAACUGCCCAGACAAGCAGUCAGUCCCAAUGAUCAAUAUGACUAGACUCCACCUUAACAAGUCAUUGUCCAGGCUAGCAAUCAGUCCCCAUGAUCAGUAUGACAAGACUCCACCUUAAUGAGUCACUGUUUGGGCUAGCAGUCAGUCCCCAUGAUUAGUAUGAUAAGACUUCACGUUAAUAAGUCACUGCACAGGCUAACAAUGAGUUUCCAACUUCAAGGUUCCAAAAAGGCCCCCUUGAUUCAAGAAACAAUUGUAGGCAAUUCAGAUCCACACUAGAAUUGUUCCACGUUCUGUACUAAUACUAAACAUUAAUAUUAAGAUAAAACAAGUAGUGUAAAUAUUUUUAAAGCUAUAUCUGUCCUCACUUAAUAUAUAAUUCACUUGAAUUGGCAUUUUAAUUCACAUAAAAUGCCAAUUCAAUAAAUCAGACCCUGUUAACUACCACACGAUUUUCCCACAUUUAAAAGAAAAAUGCAUGUUUGUAUGUAUAGGAAUAAAACAACCCAACAAAUUAUAAAGUAAUUUAUAUUUAACAUUGUUUUAUUUCAAGGCUCAUAUUCUGAUUGAACAGCUGUCAAUAUGGACAGAAACAUACACAACUUGACAACUAAGAAUGGAAAAUGGCCCCAAUUUAAAAAAAAACAACUGCCUUUAAAAACCAUUUCUACCAUGUUGGAACUAGUUUUUAAUCAUCUUUUUUUCUGUUUCCCAUUCACCUUAAUUUACUUUCAUGACCUGUGUUGCGCAUACCCCUUGGCACCAAUGAUAGACUCUUAGAAUCAGAACAGUCAGGUUAAUAACAACAUGCCAGCCUGGAGUGAUCUACAUAUUUUGGAAAUAGGUGGAGUUUCUAGGGUUACUUUUGUUAAAAUUGUUGGCAUAGGACCAGAUUGGGUUGAUUGUCUUGGAUAUCAUUGGUCCUUAAAGGGAAACUAUCACGAAAAGAUGCUAUUUUGUAGCUUUUACUAAAAUAUGGGCUAGGCUAGUGUGAGGUUCUGGUUAUACUCUUUCAGCUCUUCCUCCCAAUCUAUUUAUAUAUAUAUAUAUUGCCACCUGCUCUUUGAAUUUUAGAUAGUUAGUGGAAAAAGCUGAGGAUGAACUGCUAAGCCAAACAGGACAUGAUGUACGCUUAGCUGUUCUUCUAAUGCUUUUAUUUUGUUGUCCACAUUAUAUUUGACACCGCAAUAAGGGGUGCCACAGAUCCCAGAGAGGUUACCAAUACGGAGUCCAAAACGUCAAGGUAGUGGGAUCACUAUAACCACAAUCCAUAUGGUUACAACUGUAGUGCAGGCAAAACUGUACUAUUAGCUUGAUCUUAUUUGUUUAAAUAAAGUAAUAGAGUGUGUUUGUUGGGUGGAAUAUGUUACAUGGGGGUUCUAGAAAGCAAAUGAUAUACUAAUAGUUUCUAGAUGUGUUGAGCAAUACACAUAGAGUGCAUAUAAAUAUGUAUGGUAGCAGUUGGUAAUAUAGGCACAGGGUGCAAGCGAUAUGAAAAAAAAAGUUUAUUUUUUUCUUGAUAGUUCUCCUUUAUUGGGUCAUACUUGACUUGGUAAUGCAAUAUUGUUCUCCUCACUAUCUCCUCUAAAGUCAGGAUUCCACAAUUUUUCCAUAAUCAUCCACGUUGCACUGCUUAGACACAUAGCUUUAUCAGAUAGACUUGCAUACAGUGCUGUCAAUCUAAUCAAAGUUAAAACCGUACUAUGUAAAUGUAAUACUUUAUUUUUUAUCUCUGUAUAUAAAUGUUGGCUUCGCUGCCGGUGGGUUCAUUGCAAUCUACUCCUCAGCAUUAACCAUGUGAGUAUCAGAGGCGUGUGACACAGGAUAUGUGGCUCUUUCCUUUGGCACCCAUAGGGUUAAAGAAACUCAGUAUUACCGUGCAAGGUCACUUGCCAUCGAGUAUUUUGUGUAACUUAUAUAGGAUGUAGACUUGUUUGCCACAAAUGCACUAAGUAUGCCACUGUAACUUUAUGAAGAGUCACCCAUCAAGACUGUGCCCACUGAUAUGUUUUUUUUCUUUGUUUGUUUUGUAUAUAUAAAAAUAUAUAUAAAAAUUAAAAAAAAAAGAAAGAAAGGAAAUAAUGUCACAGUACCUCGGAUUAUUAACAGCUUGAAAUUAAUGCUGUGCAAUGUUUUGGUUAUUGUAUGUAUGUUUUAUUAAUUGAAGUAAACCGAUUGUCAAAAAAAACAAAAUCAUUUUACCUGCGUUAAUACACUCUUCUUUACUGGUUGUAACUCCAUGGUUUUUUUUAAUGGUGAGAAGAUAUUGUUUUAUUUUAUUUUUUUUGUUUUGUUUUUUUGGUUUUGUCUCCUUCAUUUUGUUUCCAUGUUCUAGGCUUUCAUCAGAAGUAACUGGCUUGGGGUCUCUGUAAUUAUUCCAAGAGGUGUGUAAAGUGUUUUAGCCUCAAGACAGGACUUUCCAAAUGCCCAUCAAACUAUGAUAUCUGUGGACUUUAAGCACCAGAGGGAUAUCAGCCAGUUAUUUAUCAUUCUGACAGAGGGGCAACAUGUCUUUCUUUUUUUUAAUAAUAAUUUGUAUUGUUUUACUCUCUGGGCAACUUUUGCUUCCUAAUUUUCUUGUUGCUUUCAUUACUGAUACAUAUUAAGAUCAUCGUUAUUCUAAUUAAAGGGUUUUAUUUGUCAGUUUUACAUAAUUGACUUGUUUUUAUCUUUUUUUUUUUUGUUUAGUUUUGUCCCAUUAAUCUAAAUAGUUUGCAUAUCAAACAUAAACAAGUGUUUAUUAUUCCAAGAUCAUUCUAUGUAAUUGGAAGUUUGAUGGUAAGUUAAAUUAUUUUACAAUGUGUAUGUUUUUUUCUGAAUAAAGAAAAAAUGAUUCAUUUUGUGGUUUACGACAGUUUAGAUAUUGUAAGAAAAUGGAUGAAAUAGGAAAUGGAACUUAAGCAAGUAAAAACAUCCGAUGAUCUUUGUUUAAACUUAUUGGAUAUUCAUAUUGUUUAAUAUAUAUUUCAAAGAUUUCAAAGAUUUCUAAUUCUAAAAAUCAACUUCAAUUCUAAAUAUUCAUAGUGGGAGCAACAGAAAAUAAAGAGACAAAAUGUGUUACCAUAUUACAAUUAUGUCAAUAAAAAAAUACUCAGGAUGAAAGAAUCUUAUAGUAGUUUUUCCUGUGCCUGCCUUCACUGCAGCCACAAAAUGGGCUGGUGAUGUUACUCAUGGAUGUAACCUAGCGUCUCAUCUGCGCUGUGUUAAUCUUAACAAAUUGAACUGUUUUACAACAGAGGACCUUUCAAUAGUUCUGUAAAUACUGCUGAACCUCUUUAGAAAAUAUAUCAUUUAUAAAAGUAAAAUGUUUGCUUAUUCUGCAUUGAUAAUGAUUACAACUUCAAGAAGCAGCUUAGGAGAACUCAUUUUGAAGAUGUUCCGCUUAUAAUGGGCAACUAUUGUGACCUAAAUUGCCCAAUUGUAUAUUAUUUCAAAACCUAUUGUUGGUUUGUUUAUAUAUAUAUAUAUAUAUAUGCAUAUAUAAACAGGAGUCCAAUUUAUGCUGAUCUGAUGAUCAGUGUCUAGAUAAUCCUUUAUUGUGAUGUGAAAAUACUUCACAUGCAACUUCUGUGACUCUAGCAAUUGAGCAGAUACUGUGAAAUUCACAGUGUCAUUGCCAGGAGGGUACUGUGUCCCAACAUCGACUAGGACAGAACUAAGAAAUAGUUUGUAUUACCAGCCAUAGCCGUAGGCUUAACUGAUAAAACAGAAACAGAAUAGUUGAAAAUUAGGCUAAGGUCAAAAGGAGUAAAUCAUAAUGACAGAAUGUGUAAACAAGCCAAAGUCAAGAUUAGAGAGUUCAGAAUAGUCAAGAAACAACUACAAUCAAUAUCUUGAAAUAGCAAAUAACAUUUAAAAUGCACACUCGGGUUACUAGAGACCAUGACAGGGCACUUGUGUUAAGUGAGUGCAAAAAGCCCUAGCGUUUUGAGUGAUCAGGGCAAUACCUGAACAGUGGCGCCAAAAUGCACCCAUGCUGUCAUAAUUUUGGCUGUAAAAAAUCUAAGACUGGAGUGAUCUGUAUAAGUCUUGAUUAUGGGAUCAUGCACUGUUUAGUCCAGUGUUCCCCAACCAGUCCUCACGGACCACCAACAGUCCAGAAUUUCUUGUGUGGCCCUGUUUUAUUCCAAUGGAGAUACUGCCAAAACCUGGACUAUUGAGUGGUCCAUGAGGAAUGGGUUGGGGAACAUUUGUGACGCUGAAGCAAUACAGAAUGUCCUGCAUCAAAAUUGACACCAGGAUGACGCACUGGGUCAAUUUUUUGAUGCUGAAACGGUUUCCUUGUCAAAAUAGAUGUCAGAAUGACUCACAACAUUGCAUUGUGUAGAAAAAUGAUGCUGAGAUGAGGUGAGUACCCUGACAGUUGCAUUCUGAGUAUACAUAAAAAAGAAACAGUUUAUAUAGAAUAUUAAUGCAUUGAUUAAUCUAUAGUAAUAUUUAUAAAAGUCUUUGACUUAUAAACAUUUAUCGGUUACGUCUUGUAUGGCAAAACCAUGUGAGGAGGACUUUCAGGACCAUAUUUUUCCUCAGAUGAUCAUGUAAAUCCAGUGUGUUCUUGACCCCAAGGUAAUUCACACAAUAAUAAAAACGUUGCAGCUAUUGAGCAGACUUCAGCAAGUGAGAUCAAUCUCAAAGCAAACAACAUUCCAGAAAAAAAUAAAAUCAAGGUAGCUGAUAUCCUAGUGCCUUUAAAGAAGUAGGUACUGUUCAAAUGGAAAUCCAAUCGUUCUGAUAUUUUCUCUUAUCUAACAUAAAACAUUGCUUUUUUUUUUCCAUCACGUUAUACGAGCCAUAGAAUGUUUUGGAAAUUCUUCAUCUAGAAGAGGGACAUCUUGUUCAACAAUCCAUCCAUAUGUAAAAAAAAAAAUGAUUUGUUACCAGUAUUAUAAUUUUGGUCUAUUCUUAUUUAAAUCAAUCAAACAUUUUGCAACAGGUCGACAACAUUAUAUUUUUAUCACGCAUAGCAUUGUAUAUUCAAGAGUUUAAUCAUCUGGGCUUGUCUUACCCAAAUAUGUAGACGUUCAUUAUUAAUGUGGGUACAUCAAUAUUUCUAAUCCGAAGAACGAGAAAGGAUCUUGUGUAUAAAUUAUACAUUUUAGGGUUGGACUUUAUAUAUUAUAAUGCAUAUUACAUACAGUACUGUUUUAUCAAAGUUAUUUUAAUUUGUAUCUGUAUACAAUAAUUGUACAAUAAAACAGCAUUGACAUGAUUUUUUUGUAUCAGUGUAUUGUGUUUUAUCUCUAUGUUGGAUAUUUGAGUUUACAAUUUUAGAUACAAUUUUUGUAUUAGAUUUGUAUUAAUUGAAUUGUUAAUAUAAGAUAAACAAGGGUAAAUGUUGUUAUAUCUACACACAUAAUUGUUAAUUAUUCCCUAAGCAUAUAUUCCAUAAUAUAAAAUGGAAAUGUGCUGAAAUAUGGAUGUCCAUUAAGUAAAUAAUAUUCUGUGUUGAGCUAGUAGGGGACAAAGUAGGAAUAUUUAUAAAAAGCUUCAACUUUUUCAUGAUUGAUUUGAAAACAUCACAGUAUGCUACCUCUUCUUAGUAAUAAGAUGCUUUAUUUUAAGCCUGUAGUUGAUGUUUUGAUAAAGUGGAUCUUAACCCUUGGGUCAGGACACAAAUGCCUCAAUUUAAUAUUGUUGGAUAAGCUUUCCAGAUGAUUUAAUAUAUCAAAGUAUAUAUCAUAUAUAAAAAUACAUAUCAUAUUGUCAGACAUAUUCAUAUCAAAAAUGUAAAUCAUUUCCAUAAUAUCAAAUCAUUCUAGAAGUUUAUCCAAAUAUAUUAAAUCAUUUGGCAAUCUUAUCCAACAAUAUUAAAUCAGUUCCAAAACUAGAUCUAGAAUUAAUAUCAGCGGGCCACUAACUGCUGGAUCAGACACAUUAUUUCCAUCAGGCCCCAUUCAGCUGCCCACAAAAUAUUGUUUGUUGCAGCUGUGCAUUCCUCAUUAAAGUCUGUUUGUCGGAAUGGAAAGCUCCAAUGCAAAAUGUAUUGUGUUGAAUUUUAUAUAACAAAAUGGGCAAUUGAAUUGGGUUAACAUUGUUAAGUUGCUUGGUUAAUUCCAUGAGCAUAAUCUGAGUCUAUGGAAAAAGAAAGUUAUAGAGUCAGGAAUACAAACAUUUUCCACACAGCAACCCUCACACACUGCACCCCACACACACACACACACACACACACACACACAGCACCCUUGCACACUGUACCCCUCACAUACACACAGCAUCCUCCCACACUGCACCCCUCAUAUACAUACACAUAUAGCACCCCUCACACACUGCACCCCUAACAUACACAAACACAGCACCCUCAUCACUGCACCCCUCACAUACACACAUACAGGAGCCUCACAUACACAGAACACCCUCACACACUGCACUCUCAAACACACACAUUACCUCUCACAUACAGCCCCCCCCACACACACACAGCACUCCUCACACACAGCACCUCUCAAACACACACUGCAACACACACACACACACCCAGACUCCCCUCACACACACUGCAACCCCACAACAAACUAUACCUCUCAUACACACUGCAUCCCUACACACAUUACAUUCCAGACACAACUCUGGAUCAUCUACACACACACACACUAGAUCCCUAUAUACACUCUGAAUCCGCUCUUUAAAUUAAAAAAAAUAUAUAUAUAUUUACAUUAGUCUAUCUCCCCCACACAUACAUCACCCUCACACACACACAGCACCCCUCACACUCAGCAUCCCUCACACACACACACACACACAGAAACCUCACACACAGUGCCCCCUCACACACAAACCGCCCCCUCACAUACUGCACCAUUAUCACACACACAGCACCCUUACAAACACACACAGCACCCUCACACACAGGACCACCACCCCACACACACUGCACCUCUCUCUCACAUACACACACAGCACCCCUCAUACACACAUUACAUUCCAGACACACACUAGAUCCCUUACACAACUCUGGAUUAUCUACGCACACUGUGUGUAUAGAGCAUUGUAUAUAGGGAUUUAGUGUGUGUAGAUGAUCCAGAGUUGUGUAAACGAUCAAACACACACUAAAUCUCCUAUUCAUGCUCUGGGUCCUUCAAACACACACUAGAUCCCCUUCACACACACUACAUUCCUGACAUACAAACUGUGGAUCCUCUAUGCACACACUGGAUUCCUUGUAAGCACACACAAACUUCAUUCCAUAAACACACACACUCCACAACUUCUAUACACACUAUGCUCCCCAUACACGCUCUCUCACUCUGUACAGCCCCUAGCCACACAUUACCCCACAAACACAACACAACUGAAACUGACCUAUUUACACAACAUCACACCAUAAUCAGUUCACUUUACACACACACAAUCCCACAAGCAGGCUCCAAACACAGGCACAAUACUCUUUCCUGGCCCUUUUGUCUCCUGGUAUACCACUUAUGGAGACACCAGAGACAGGUUACAAGCAAACACAGCACAUGCAUGUUAAUAAAAACUGCUUGCGCUGUGCAGAACAAAUACUGCGCCAUUUUCUCAUGCUAGAGCUCUUUAGCAGAGCUCUGUGCAUUGUCUACCCUUGAAGAACAUUGAACCAACAAGUUCACCGUGAGAGAGGGCAUGUUUGCCAUUUGUGAUGACAAAACACCCCCCCUCUGGCCAUGCCCCCUUCUCAGUGGGCCGCUGUGAUUAAAAAAUGCCAAGGUCAAAAAAAUGUUCUAGCCCUGCAGCCAAUCCAAUGCUUUGGAGGGCUAUAGUGCACCAAUUGUGCAUUGGAAGGCUGUACUGCACCAAUCAGGAUCUCAUUUAAAUCAAUGCAUCUCUACGGGGAAUGUUCAGCGUCUCCAUGUAGAGCAUGAAGACGCUGAACGCCAGUGCUGUAUACUGUGCAUUACUGAAAUAGGAAGCACCUCUAGUGGUCCUCUGAGUGACUGCCACUAGAGGUAUUACUAAGUAGCCAUGGAAACACAGUAUUUUCUCUGUAAAUACAGUAUUUAAAUUGAAAAGCUUGCAGUGACAGGAUAUAGACACCAGACCCACUACUUUAAGCUGUCGUGGAUCUGGUGAUUAUAGGGACUCUUUAACCCCUUAAGGACCAAACUUCUGGAAUAAAACGGAAUCAUGACAUGUCAGACAUGUCAUGUGUCCUUAAGGGCUUAAAGGAACAUACAAAACACAUAACACACUUCAGGCUGCCUAACAGUCAUCCAAAGCUGGCCACCAAGGAACUAAGGCCUCAUUUUAAUAAUGUUGGAUAAGAUUUUCAAAUGAUUUAAGAUUUUUUAAUAAACUUUUAAAAAUAUUUUUAAAAAUAUUAAAUAUAUAUAUGAAAAUAUCAAAACAUAUCAAAACCUUACGUAGUUUAAAUAUUUGUUCAUUUUACAUCGUUUUAAAGGUUUAUUCCAAACUAUUAAUUAAUAUUAUAAUUGGCAUUCAUAGAACGCCAACUUAUUCCGCAGCACUUUACAAUAUUAUAAAAAGGGGGAAAUUUAACGAUAAAUUAGACAAUUACAAGAUGUUACAGGAACAAUAGGUUGAUAGGGACCCUGUUUAAACGAGCUUACAGUCUAGAGAAGGUUGGGUAGAAAAACAAUAUUAAUUAAUUUGAAAAGCUUUAAAAAUUUAAUUAAAUUGCGACCCAAGUCAGGACGCAGGACAGGACCUGAAAAUCAGGACUGUCCCACCAGAAUUUGGACCGUUGAGAGGCAUGUUAUAUGCAUAUUUCUUUGGAAGUGUAUCUACUAAAUUGUUAUUUUUUUAUGUAGUGAUCCUUCAACAACAAGAUAUUGAAAGUGUGCUGCAUAUAAACUAAUUAUUGUCAUCUUGACAGUUACUAAAAAAUAAGUUAAUUUGCUUUGACUACUCAAUAAUGCAGAAGUUACACUUUUGCGUUAAUUAGUCUUAGUAGUAGGAGUUUUCCUACUAAAAUUAGAUUUGCAGCUACUUUGUGUAUGCAAUAUUGUUUUUAAUAUUGUUAUAUUUUGCUUAAUAUUUUAUAAAGUGUGUACUUUCUAACAGUAUGUACAAAAAUCAAGUGCUUAUGUAUUGCAUUACAGGAAGAAGAAUGCAAUGACAGCCAAUAUAAGUGCUUGGGUUUUAAUAUCAACCACAACACAAUAUUAAUAUCACAAAACAAUGUUUAUAUUUAUAUAUAAGUUAUUAUGUAUUGUCAUUAUAUAUGUGUAGCAUUUUGUAAUGCUGUACCCAUUUUGCAUUGUAUGUCAACAAGCACAUAAAUUAUCUUGUUUUGCUACACCAUAUCACAGUUUGGGCUACAGACAGCUGUGGUAAGCUCAGUUAUUGUGUUCUAACGUUGAAAAGUCACUAGUCAACUCUCUGUUUAAUGAAUAUUCACCUGUGUAUUCUGGCACAGUGACUACUAUAGAAUUGGUCCAUUUUCUCUGGCAGCUCUAUGAGAUUUUGGCAACAUAAUUACUCAGGUAAAUGACUGGUUUGCCGCAGUUUAUACCCAGUCACAAGAACUAAUUUCUGUAAUUAUUGUCAGCUUGACUAUGACACUUGUGAUUGGACAUUACUACUUUGUUCCUAUGGAACAAAGGAAAUUGGUGCUAAUCGACACAAUAAAAAGAUAUCAGAAAAAUAAAUAACAAUUCAAACGAAAUCAUGCUUAAAACUAAUGUAAAAAACACAGUAUACAUACAUACAGUAUGAGUCACUUGUAAAACACGUUUAUGUUUGAAUAACCUAUGUUUUUAAGUUUAACUUUGUUUUAAAUGUGAUAUUAUAGAUUGUUUUUGUGUUGUUGCACAGUGAACCCUUAUUGGUAAAAUAUGUUAUAAUAGUACUCCUUCCAGUGAGAUAGAUAGGUACAGCGCUACGGAAUGUGAUGGCGCUAUAUAAAUAAUAAAAUAAUAUUGUAUUGUGGCAUGUCUAAUAUGUAAGACAGUAUAGUGACAGACUUAUAGAUAGCAUGAGUCAGAUAAGCAGAAGAAUUAAUAAUAAGAUAUUAGACUUUCCAUUUGGUCAAUAUUAGAUAUUCAAUCUCUAUGAAUAUUUGUAUGCCAAAUGACUUGCAUGAGUUAUUGCUGUGGUUAAUAACAUAACUUUCUGGUUAAAAAAGAAACAAACAAGUAAAUAAUAUUCAUAUUUCCAUAGGUUAGGGUGUACAGUUUUUAAUCAGGUUUAAUUUAGCUGUACUUUUGCUGUGCAAAGCUUUCACUUUGUCUAUUGAGCAGGCCCAACAGUGGUAUACUUUAUCAACAACCAAUGUACUGCAUAACUUAUUUGAAAGUGUAAAAUACUGUAUUUCCUACUAAAAUGUUUUACUACACAAGGCCCUUUAACAUGGAUGAUUCAUUUUCAAGUACAUAAAAAAGAAGAAUAGUGUAUAUAUUUAGACACAUUGGAAACUAUAAAACGCUAAAUAUAUACAAUGCAUAAAUGUAAAAAAACACUAAAAGUCACUUCAUGAGAAAUGUAAAAACUGAAACAUUUCAAUUUCUGUAGAGAUAAGUGCCAUAAGUCAGUCUGUCUGUCUAUCUAUCUAUCUAAUCUAUAUAAUCUAUUAAUUUCUAUCUAUCUAUCUAUCUAAUCUAUCAAGCUCUAUCUAUCCAUCUAUCUAUCUAAUAUAGCAAUCUAUAUCAAUCUAUCUAAUCUAUCAAUCUCUAUCUAUCUAUCUAUCUAAGCUAUCUAUCUAUCAAUAUCUAUCUAUCUAAUAUAAAAAGCUUUAUCUAUCUAUCUCAGCUAUCUAUCUGUCUAUCUACCUAUCUAAUCUAUCAAUCUCUAUCUAUCUAUUUAUCUAUAUAUCUAUCUAUCUAAGCUAUCUAUCUGUCUAUCUAUCUAGUCUAUCAAUCUAUAUCUAUUUAUCUACGUGAUAUAUCUAUCUAUCUAUCUAUCUACUAUAUCUAAUCUAAUCUAUCGAUCUAUCGCUAUCUAUCUAAUCUAUCUCAUAUAUAACUGCAUUUAGGCAACCAGCCUGCACUUUGCCAUACUGUUUGCCCUUUUAGUUUUGUUUUUAGAGUCUAUGUAUUAUGGGGUGAGUCUUAUGUUUAUAGCAGUGCAUCAUACAGACUUUUGUUAGGUUUUCUUAAACAAUGAGGCAGUCUGCUUCUUAUUCAAUUGGCUGUAGUUUACAGGACACUAUGAACAUCCAGUAACAUUUUUAUGUAUUUGGGUUUAGACUCAUUAAUAUGCUGCAUGUUUGGCAUGCUCAAAUCAUUUUUGGUUUUGCAACAAAAAAUAUUUUACAAGAAUGCUGCACAAUAUGCCUGUCUCCUUAGCCACACACCCUCAUUCUAGAAAAAGCACUUCCUUGUCAAAUGUAUGUACACAGCUCAGCCAUUGAUAACACAAAGCAAGAGGACACUCAGGAAGACAAAUCCUAUGGAUAUCGCUACCUGUUUGUGGUUUCUCUGACUCUGCAGUCAGGUUGUGAAAUAAAAGCAGCUCAAUCAGUGCUGUUAAGAGGCUGAUAUGUGUACAUACACUAAUAAGAAAGUAUUUCUGGCAUGAGGUCACUUUGCUAAAGAGUGCGAAAACUUUGAGACUUGAGCUUAAAACAAAUACAGUAUAUUAAUGAGGCAAAAAACUGUCAAAUGCAUUUUUAAAUUUGUAUUGGUAUUUGAAGUGUUCUUUUAAUUAUUUUAAUUGAACAUAAUUAAGUAUUUGUGCUUGUAUUAUAGAAACAUAUCAAAGAUAUACAUAUUUCCAUACAGAUAUGCUUAAUGAAGCAGGUUUGUUGUAUAGAUCAUGCCUCUGAAGUUAUCUGCAAUUUAGGGGGUAAAUCACUUUGUUUCUGUCCAUGCAGCCCUAGCCACACAAAAAUCUUUUAAUGUUCAAAUAGAUGCUAACUUACUUUAGACGUUUUUAUCUCCUGCUCUGUAAAUUUAAUUAUACACAGGAGGCUCUUGCAAGGUCUAGCACGCUAUUAAACUGUGCAAUAAAGUAAGUUUAAACAUUAGAUCUCACUUACAGGAAAUGUUUAGGAAGGCUGUGCAAGUCACAUGCAAGGAGGUGUGACUAGGACUGCAUAAACAAAGUGAUGUAACUCAUAAAUGGUAGAAAAUUAAGCAGUGAGAGUGUAGGGGCAUGAUCUAAACAACAAAACUGCAUUAAGCUAAAGUUGUUUGGGGGACUAUAGUGUCCCUUUAACUUGCUCUGUAAGUUUUUAUCUGCUGCUCUGAAAAUGUAAAUUUAAUCGCACAAAGCAGGAUCCAGAAUGCUAUGAACAGAUUAGGUGAUAAGAAAUUCUGAACCAAAACUCUUUCAUUUAGCUACAGUGUCCCUUUAAUGUUUUAAUGUACACCAAAUUCACUGUUCCAAAAAAAAAAAAAAGGAAACUUAGUGGAAACUAAUGAUCCAUAUUCAUUCUAAAUUACUCUAGUUUUCCUUUUGCCAUUGGACACUAAUAAAUAUGGAAAUGGAAAAUUCUUCUGGCAGAUUAUAUUGUAUGGGACCAUAUUGUAAUCAAUUGAUUUGAUGAAAAAAAAUCAAAAUCGCACAAGGCAGUCCAUCUAGCACCAUAAGUGCCGGAUGCAGCCAGCUAGAACUUUGAUAUGGUUGUCUGUUUUAAUCAAAACAUAUGGAUAUGGAUUGUGUGCACUUUAUUGUUAUUUUAAUAGAACUCAUGAAUAAUGAUUUCCAUCCCAGUAAAAAGUUGGAUAGCCAUAGUCUAGCAUCAAACAUUUUUGUUCAAUAAAAAUACUUGUGUAUUUGUCAAAGUACCUGCACGCUCAAAAAUACCCUGACCACAAGCAAAGCGUUUAACUGUGAAAUACCAUAUUCAUCAAUAAAACUGUAAGAAAACUUUUCUCUUCUUUUUGCAGUUUCUUUUGGUGA